CGGUCGGUGGGCAGCCCUGAGCAGAGUCAGCGUUCCCGGCCCGGACGCCUCGGCUGGAGGGACUGCUGUCAGGAGGAAAAACAGAACUACACGGCGCUGGCCUGUAGUUUUGUUUUUUUCUGAGGGCUUCCUGCGCCGCUCAGCUGCUCUUCUGGACUUUCUGACCCGUUUCUGGAUAAAGAUUUUAGAUUUCCUGCACCGCGCCCUGCCGUGGGCCCCCCAGGCAUCCUUGCUCUGACAGGGUGCCGACCACCAUGUCAACACAAGCGCCGACGUUUACUCAGCCGCUGCAGAGCGUCGUGGCACUGGAGGGUAGUGCCGCUUCGUUCGAGGCUCAAGUUAGUGGUUUUCCAGUUCCUGAGGUGAGCUGGUUCCGUGAUGGCCAGGUUCUUUCCGCCGCAGCUCUGCCCGGCGUCCAGAUCUCGUUCAGCGACGGCCGCGCUGUUCUGAGCAUCCCCGCUGUGACCGCCGCACACAGCGGACGCUUUUCUGUCAGAGCCACCAACGGCGCUGGACAAGCCACGAGCACUGCCGAGCUCCUGGUUACAGCCGAGACGGCGCCACCUACCUUUAUUCAGAGACUCCAGAGCUCCACGGUGAGGCAGGGCAGCCAGGUGAGGCUGAGCGUCAGAGUCUCGGGUAUCCCCACACCUGUGGUGAAGUUCUACAGGGAGGGAGCCGAGAUCCAGAGCUCCGCCGACUUCCAGAUCCUGCAGGACGGAGACCUGUACAGUCUGCUGAUCGCUGAGGCCUUCCCAGAGGAUUCUGGGGCGUAUUCUGUAACAACCACCAACAGCAGCGGGCGGGCCACAUCCACCUGCGAGCUGCUGGUUCAAGGUGAAGAAGCAGUUCCCAUUAAGAAAACAAAGACGAUCAUGUCCACAUCCCAGAUGGAGAUGUCUGGAACUACAGUGGAGAGGAAAUCCAUGGAGGCCAGUUUCCAGGCCACCACCAUGAUGGAGAUGCACGUUGAAGGAGGAAUCAUGACUCAACACAUUGCUCACAAAACCCCACCGAGGGUCCCACCGAAACCCACAUCCAGGUCUCCGCCGUCCUUCGUCUCCAAGGUAACGGGAGGUCGCCAGCAGUCACCUUCUCCUGUCAGACACGUGAAGGGGCCAACACCCGCACCUGUCAGACCCGUCUCUCCCUCCAGCAGGAUGUCCAUCUCUCCCAUCAGACCUGUCCGGUCUCCUGUGAUGACCAGAAAACAGGUAUCUGGCUCCGCUGAGGUUCUGCCGCCCUGGAAGCAGGGAGAUUACAUGGCUGAAGGCUACACCAGUAUGACCAGCAUGACCAGUAUGAGCAGCAUUAGCAGCUCCACACAGCUGCACAUGGAAAAACAGUGGGAGCAUCAGGUGGCUGGCACCAGAGAGACUGAAGGGGAGAAAAAAGCCGAGGCGGUCGCCACCGUGUUGGCCGCCGUUGACCUUGCUCGUGUUCGCCAGCCCAUUCAUGAGGAAGGCGUCUGGGCUGGAGAGGAGGAGGAAGAAGAAGAGGAGGUUCUCGAGGUGAAGCAGAAGGCAGCAGUGAUAACAGACAAACAGGUUGUUGCUGCAAAAACCAAAGAGCAACGACAAGUCCAGAUCCAGGAGGUCCAGCAGAUCCAUCAGAUUCAGAAAACAGCCGAAGUCUCCUCCCACGUGGACACCGGCGUCGCUCCGUCCACAGUCCCACAUUUCAUGGUUUCUAAAGUUUCCGUUCCUAAACACGAAACGAGCCGGGAGGUGUCCAUCACCGGCUCAGCCAUCGCUGCUCUGCACAAAGAGCUGGCCUCUCCCUCCGCCACCAGGAAGAUCAUCAAACCGGUCAAGUCUCCUAGUCCGUCUCGCAGGUCGGUGGUGGAGGCCAGAGUGACGCUGGAGCCCCUCCCACCGCCGUUUAAGGACAUCAGAUAUCAGAGGCAGUUUGAGGGCGGGGCUUAUGCAGUGAGUGAGGAGGAGUUUGAGGACUGGGAGCCUCAGGAGGCGGUCGCUGUGCCAAUGAGAGCCCAAGAACCUGCAGUCCCUCCCACUAUCAUGGCAGGCCUGAAGAACCUGACAGUGACAGAGGGCGAGUCGGUGACCCUGGAGUGUCAGAUCAGCGGUCAGCCCGCCCCCAUCAUCAUGUGGUUCAGAGAGGACUACAAAAUCGAGAGUUCGAUCGACUUCCAGAUCAGCUAUGAGAAUGGCGUCGCCCGGAUGAUGAUCCGCGAGGCGUUUGCCGAAGACAGCGGUCGCUUCACUUGCACUGCCACUAACGAGGCCGGAACCAUCAGCACCUCCUGCUACCUGCUCGUUAAAGUUUCAGAGGAAAUAGAGAGCAGAGAGGAGAUGGUGACUGUCACAGAAACUGGGCUCACACAAGCCAAAACCGUUGCUGUCGAGAUGAGGGAGCAGGCAGAGAUCAGCGCAGGAGAAUCUGCUGCCCCCUUCUUUAUUAAGAAACCCACUCCCCAGAAGCUAGUGGAGGGAGGAAGUGUUGUGUUUGAGUGUCAGAUUACAGGAAACCCAAGACCUCACAUCAUUUGGAAGAAGAGCGGCGUUCCGCUCACCACUGGAUACAGAUACAAAGUUGCCUACAAAAAGGAAACCGGAGAAUGCCGACUGGAGAUCUCAAUGACCUUCGCUGAUGAUGCAGGAGAAUACUCCGUCUUUGCUAAGAAUCCUCUCGGAGAAGCGUCAGCCACUGCCAUCCUGCUGGAUGAAGAACAAUAUGAAGCCUACAUGAAGCAGCAAGAUGUGACAUAUAAAACCGAAGUGACAACGACUGUGGUCCAGGAGCCCCAGCCGGUCGUAGCUCAGUAUGAGUUUGAACAAAGGAGGGUAACGACCCCCAUGAGCUUCGUCUCAGAAACGGAGUUCAUGAUUUCAGCCUUUGAGGAGAGAAUCAUCCAGGAGAUUGAGAUCCGUAUCUUGAGGAUCACCUACAGAGAGUUGGUGACUGAGGACGGAGAGCUGAUGGUGACUGUCGCAGAAGAAGAGGCGCUGCAACCGGCCUUUGAGACGCCAGUGAAAAACUACCGGAUCAUGGAAGGAAUGGGCGUCACUUUCCACUGCAGGAUGUCUGGCACGCCGCUGCCUAAGAUUGUUUGGUACAAAGACGGUCAGCGCAUCAGGCCCGGUGGCCGGUACCAGAUGGAGGUCCUUCAGGAUGGACGAGCCAGCCUCCGUCUGUCUGUGGUUCAACCAGAGGAUGAAGGAGUGUACACUGCCUUCGCCUCCAACAUGAAGGGAAAUGCCGUCAGCUCAGGGAAGCUCUACGUGGAGCCUUCUGGAGGUGUAACCCCUCCCAGUUACACACCACAGCCAUCAAUGCAGAGAAUCAGAUCCACAUCUCCUCGCUCUCUGAGCCGCUCUCCCGGCCGUUCAUCCAGCCGUUCACCUGGACGUUCCCCAGCUCGCCGCCUCGAAGAGACUGAUGAAAUUCACCUGGAAAGACUUUACAAACCCGUGUUUGUCAUGAAGCCCUCCUCUAUCAAAUGCGCAGAGGGCCAAACUGCCAGAUUUGACUUAAAGGUUGUAGGAAGGCCAAUGCCUGAAACCUACUGGUUCCAUAAUGGACAACAAAUUGUCAACGACUUCACACACAAGAUAGUGAUUAAGGAGGACGGCACUCAGUCCCUGAUUAUUGUCCCAGCUGUGCCAAAAGACUCUGGAGAAUGGACCGUCGUUGCUCAGAACCGAGCUGGACGAACAUCUGUUGUCGUUAAUCUCUCUGUUGAAGCCAGAGAAAGCGUAUCCAGACCUCAAUUUGUUGAAAAACUGAAGAACAUCACCGUGAAGCAGGGCACAUUAGUGGAACUGGCUGUCAAAGCCAUCGGAAACCCCCUGCCAGAUAUUGUUUGGCUGAAAAACAGCGACAUCAUUACUCCAUCAAAGCACCCACACAUAAGGAUUGAAGGAACCAAAGGAGAGGCCAAAUUCCAGAUUCCUUCAUCUGCUGGCUCAGACAGCGCCUGGUACACCGCCACAGCCAUCAACAAGGCUGGCAGAGACACCACCCGCUGCAGAGUCAAUGUGGAGGUAGAUCACUCUGCCCCGCAAGCUGAAAGGAAGCUCAUUAUUCCCAAAGGAACCUACAAAGCCAAAGAGAUUGCUGCUCCAGAGCUGGAGCCUCUCCACAUGCGUUAUGGCCAAGAGCAGUGGGAGGAAGGCGACCUUUAUGACAAGGAGAAGCAGCAGAAACCAUUGUUUAAGAAGAAGCUCACCUCCAUCAGGAUGAAGCGUUUUGGUCCAGCCCACUUUGAGUGUAGGCUGACUCCGAUUGGAGACCCCACCAUGGUGGUGGAUUGGCUGCAUGAUGGCAAGCCUCUGGCUGCUGCCAACAGGCUGCGUAUGGUCAAUGAAUUUGGCUACUGCAGCCUGGACUAUGAGGUUGCUUAUGCAAGAGACAGUGGUGUGAUCACCUGCAGAGCAACCAACAAGUUUGGAGUCGACCAGACCUCGGCUACCCUGAUCGUCAAGGAUGAGAAAGGCCUUGUUGAGGAAUCUCAGCUUCCUGAAGGCAGGAAGGGAGCAUAUCGAAUGGAUGAGAUUGAGCGUAUUGCUCAUGAGGGAGGACCUACAGGAGUCAGCCUUGAUGACGAAUCCGAAAAGACAAAACCUGAAAUUGUUCUGCUUCCAGAACCAGCCAGGGUGCUGGAAGGAGACAUUGCUCGGUUCCGCUGCAGAGUGACCGGCUACCCUGCUCCAAAGGUUAAUUGGUACCUCAACGGACAACUCAUCCGCAAGAGCAAGAGAUACAGACUCCAUUACGAUGGUAUUUACUACCUGGAGAUUGUUGACAUCAAGUCAUAUGACUCUGGUGAAGUCAGAGUGGUAGCAGACAAUCCUUUAGGCACAACUGAACACACUGUGAAGCUGGAGAUCCAACAGAGAGAGGACUUUAGAGCAGUGCUGCGUCGGGCUCCAGAGCCCAAAGCUGCUGAGGUCCCACAUGAAUCUGGCAAAAUUGGAUUUGACAUUGUCAAGGUGGACAGACCUGGUGAGGUCCCACAGGACAGGGAAGUAGUUAAGCUGCGUAAGGCACAGAGAAUCGUUCAUGAGAAAACCUCUGAGGAGUCUGAGGAGCUGAAGAGCAAGUUCAAGCGCAGAACAGAGGAGGGCUUUUAUGAGUCUAUCUCUGCAGUAGAAUUCAAAUCUCGCAAGAGGGAUGACUCCUAUGAAGACUUACUAAAAAAGACUAAAGAUGAGCUACUUCAUCACAUGAAGGAGAUGGAAGAAGCUGAAAGGAGGAGGAUGGAAGAGCAAGGCAAAAUCACCAUCCCCACAAUCAAACCAGACAGGAUCCAGCUGUCACCCAGCAUGGAAGCCCCACAUAUCCUCGAACGAAUUGGAAGCAAGACUGUUUCUCCAAAGGACGAGGUUCGUUUCAGUGUCAGAGUUGUCGGUAGGCCAGAACCUGAGUGCCAGUGGUUCAAGAAUGGCAUUCUUCUGGAAAAAUCUGACCGUAUUUACUGGUACUGGCCUGAGGACCAUGUGUGUGAACUGGUGAUUAGAGAUGUCACAGUAGAGGACUCUGCCAGCAUCAUGGUUAAGGCCAUCAAUGUCGCUGGAGAGUCGUCAAGCCAUGCCUUCCUUCUUGUACAAGCCAAGGCAGCCAUUAGCUUUAUCCAGAACCUGGCUGAUGCCAGUGCAAAUGAGAAGGACACCAUGGUGACCUUUGAAUGUGAAACCAACGAACCAUUCGUUAAAGUCAAAUGGCUGAAGAAUAAUGUUGAGAUUUUCUCAGGAGACAAAUACAGGAUGCACUCUGACAGAAAGGUCCACUUCCUGUCUGUGCUGGUCAUUGAAAUGAGUGAUGAUGCAGAAUACUCAUGUAUGGUCAUAGAUGACGAGAAUAUCAGGACUAAUGCAAGGCUCCAUGUAGAAGGUGCCGCCCUGGAGCUCAACAAACAUUUGGAAAACAUUGAAGUACCAGAGAGCUACGCUGGAGAGUUUGAGGUUGAGGUUUCUCGCGAAGAUGCUGAGGGAAAAUGGUUCUUUGGCGAGAAGGAGCUCUCUCCCAGCAGUAAAUACGUCAUAUCCUCCCGCCGAGGUCGGCACACCCUGGCUGUCAAGGACGUCAGGAAGGACGACCAGGGGAAGUACACAUUUGUUUGUGGAGAUCUGAGUACCAGCGCCUCACUGAAAAUGAAAUUGCGACCCGUGACUCUAAUGCAGCCGCUGACUGACCUUACUAUCUGUGAGGGUGACAUUGCUCAGCUGGAGGUCAGGUUCUCCCAGGAGAAUGUUGAAGGUGCCUGGCUGAAAAACGGCCAGGCAAUCUCUGCCUCAGACCGCGUCCACAUCGUCAUCGACAAACAGGUUCACAAACUGCUAGUGGAGAAUGUCAGCAGAGAAGACGCUGCGUCCUACUCAUUUGUAGUUCCAACUCAUGAAAUCUCCACCUCAGGGAAACUCAAUGUGCAAACUAUCGACAUUGUGGUGCCACUGAAGGACGUGUCGUCCACCGAAGGCACAAAGGCAGUCCUUGAGUCCAAGAUCUCAGCUCAGGACAUCAGCUCUAUCAAAUGGUACCACAACGACAAGCUGCUGAUCCCAGGUGACCGAGUCCAGGCUGUGGCAAAGGGCACCAAGCAGCGGCUUGCCUUCACCAGGACCUUUGCUUCAGACGAAGGACGUUACAAACUGGUGGUCGGCAAGGUCGAAACCAGCUGCAACCUGACUGUUGAACAGGUCCAUAUUGUGAAGCACAUGGAGGACAAAGUGUGCUCAGAGUCCCAGAACGUUACCUUCAAUGUUGAGGUUUCACAUCCUGGAAUCGACCCACUCUGGACCUUCAGGAACCAGCAGCUCAAGGCUGGACCCAAAUACAAGAUGGAGUCCAAGGGAACGGCUCACUCCCUGAUUGUGUUAGACACCAUGAAAGAUGAAGAGGGCCAGUACAUGUUCCACGCUGGGGAGAAGACAUCCAGUGCUCAGCUCACUGUCUCUGGUGGCGCCAUCACACGGCCUCUGCAGGAUGUGACAGUGGCCGAGUCUCAGACCUCUGAGUUCGAGUGCGAAGUUGCCAACGCUGAAGCUGAAGGCAAGUGGCUUAAGGACGGUCAGCUCGUCAACUUCAACGAGAACGUUGUGAGUGAGGUGAACGGGUCUGUCAGACGUCUCGUCAUCAUCAUCACCAGGCCACAGGAUGUUGGAGAGUACACCUACCAGGUGGCCAACUCCAAAACCAGCGCAAACCUCAAGGUGGAAGCUGUGAAGAUCAAGAAGACUUUGAGAAACCAGACAGUAACAGAGACCCAGGAGGCCAUGUUCUCACUGGAGCUCACCCACCCGGACGUGAAAGGAGCCCAGUGGAUCAGGAACGGAGUCGAACUGCAGAACAGCGACAAGUUCGAGAUUAUCUCAGAAGGAACAAUCCAGACUCUGAAGGUGAAGGACUGCAACACACAAGAUGAGACGGUUUAUUCCUUCAAGCUGGGGAAACUGUCCGCCACAGCCAGACUCAAUGUAGAGACAAUCAAGAUUGUUAAGAAGAUUAAAGACGUGAAAUCCCUGCUGGACGGCACCGCCUCCUUUGAGUUGAGCCUGUCGCACGACAAUGUCCCCGUCAGGUGGAUGUUCAAAGGCGUUGAGCUGAAGGCAAGCGAGAAAUGCAAGAUUCUGUCGGAGAGGAAAGCUCACAAACUGAUCCUGCAGAACGUCGACAGCAGCAACGCAGGAGAGUACAUGGCCGUGAUCGGACACCUGCACUGCAGCGCCAUGCUUACUGUAGAGGCUCUUUGUGUCACCAAACCAAUGAAGAGUGUGGAGGUCCCUGAGACCCAGGUGGCCACGUUUGAGUGUGAAGUUUCUCACUUCAACGUGCCGUCCACCUGGCUCAAAGACGGCGUGGAGAUUGAGAUGAGUGAGAAGUUCAGGAUCGUGGUUCAGGGGAAACUUCACCAACUGAAGAUCAUGAACACCAGCAGGGAAGACUCUGCGGAGUACACCUUCAUCUGCGGGAACGACAGAGUGUCAGCGACGCUUACCGUCAACCCUGUCCUGAUCACCUCCAUGCUAAAUGACCUGAACGCUCAGGAGAGAGACACCAUCACCUUUGAAGUCACAGUAAACUAUGAGGGCAUCACCUACAAAUGGCUGAAGAACGGCGUAGAGGUCAAAUCAUCAGAAAGAUGUCAAGUCCGCAGCCGGCAGCUCACACAUUCACUCACUAUCCGAAAUGUUCACUUUGGAGACGGAGGAGAAUACCAGUUUGUAGCAGGCUCUGCUGCUAGUGCCGCUAACCUCUUUGUUGAAGCUCGUGUGAUUGAGUUCACCAAGAAGAUUAAAGACAUAAAGAUAACCGAGAAGAAAAAGGCAAUGUUUGAGUGUGAAGUUUCUGAGCCUAACAUCCAGGUGAUGUGGAUGAAGGACGGCCAGGAGUUGGACUUAACUGAGGAAAGGUAUGUAGUGACAGCCGAGAAGUUUGUCCAUCGUCUGAUGAUCCAGACGGUUCGUAUGUCAGAUGCUGGAGAGUAUUCAGUCGUGGCCGGAUCCAGCGUCUCCAAGGCCCAACUGAUCGUAGAGGGACGUGACGUACGGAUCGCUGAACCUGCAGAGCGUGAAAUCAUGGUUCUUGAGAAACACAGAGCAACCUUCGAGUUUGAGGUCAAUGAGGACGACAUUGAAGGACGUUGGCUCAGGAACGGCGUGGAGAUCCAGUUCUCUGUGGAGGAAAGGUUCAGCUAUGUUGCCAUCAGGAAGCUGCACCGCCUCACCAUCUCUGAGACCUACAGGAGUGAUGCUGGAGAAUAUACUUUCAUCGCCGGAAAGAACAGGAGCACCAUGCACCUAAGAGUCAACAUCCCGGAGCCUCCUCAGAUCCUCCGUCACAUGGAGCCCCAGUCAGUCGAGGCAGGAAAGCCGGCUCGCUUCUCCGUUCAGGUGAGCGGCGUUCCUCCACCGCAGGUCUCCUGGUACAAAAACUCCCAGGCUCUGUCGCCGGGCUUCAAGUGCAAGUUCCUUCACGACGGCAAUGAGCACACGCUGCUUCUGAUCGAAGUAUUCCCCGAGGACGCCGCUGUCUACAACUGCGAGGCGAAGAACAACUACGGCACGGCCACCAGCACCGCCACGCUCAAUGUGGAAGUGUCAGAGGUGGUCUCUCCAGACUCUGCUGCCCCCAUCGCUCCACCCGUCAUCAUCUCACCCAUCUCCAACACCUCAGCCAGAGAGGGAGAAUCCGCUUACUUCCAGUGCAGAGUCCGUGGAGACGAUGUGAAGAUCAGCUGGUUCCACAAGGAGAAGGAAAUCAAGCAGUCAGACUUCUUCAGGAUGUCUCAGUUCGACGACAGCUGCCAGCUGGAAAUCUCCAGAGUUUACCCAGAGGAUGAGGGGGAAUACACCUGCGUGGCCACAAACAACGCCGGGAAAGUGUCCUGCUCUGCCACUCUCACCCUGGAUGUGACUCUUGUGAGGGAGCAGAUCGAAGCCACAGUUGAAGAAGAAGUUAAAGUGCCACCUGUUUUCAGGCAGAAAAUCAACCCUGUAGAGAUCAACGUUGGAGGCCAUGCAAAGUUCGACUGCGAGACUGAGGAUGCGCCGAACGUGACCUUCAAAUGGUACAAAUCUAACAUUGAAAUCAAACAGAGUGAGAAGUACCGGAUCAUCAGCCGCCACACAGGGUCUUCACUGGAGCUCCUGAAUCCUGUGAAGACUGACAGCGGUGAAUACACCUGCAAGGCUUCAAACCAGCACGGCUUUGAUAGCUGCACUGCCUCGCUCAUCGUGACUGAGAUGUAUCCACCAGUGUUUGUUUCAAAACCAGAGCCAAUGACCUUAUUUGUGGGCAAACAAGCUGUUCUCCAGUGCUCACUCACUGGAUCUUCACCAAUGGAGGUUGUCUGGCACAAGGACAACAUAGCCAUCACAUCUGAAGGGAAUUAUGUCAUAAAAAGUGAAAAGAACAAGUAUUCUCUUCACAUUAAAAGUCUUGAGUUGACUGAUCAGGGAGUAUACCUGUGCAAGGCCUCCAACAGUGUUGGCACUGCUACUUUUACCACAGAGCUUACAGUUAUAAGAAAGCCCAGCUUUGUUAGGACCUUUGAACCAACGUCAGCUGCUGUCAAUGACCCACUAAAACUGGAGUGCCAGGUGGAUGAGGACACUGGGGUGACCGUCACCUGGACCAGGGAUGGCAAAAAAGUCCACCUGAGCAUGGACUGUAAGAUAUCCUUUGAGGAUAAGGUGGCAGUUCUUGAGAUUCCCAAGUCCAAGCUCAAGGACUCUGGGAAAUAUGUUUGCACAGCCACAAAUGAGGCUGGGAGCUCAUCCUGUGAGGCUGUGGUAACAGUUCAAGAACCCCCUGCUUUUGUCAGGAAAAUGGAGCCUAAGUUUACCUGGAAGCAGGGUGCAGCUGCACGUUUACAAUGUAGCGUUAAAGGAUCAUCUGAACUUCACAUCCACUGGUUCUGGAAUGAAAGAGAGCUUAGUGAUGGAGAGAAAUAUAAAAUCACCUUUAAGAACGGAGUUGCAUCUGUGGAAAUAUUAAAUCUCCUGGUGACAGACAGUGGAAGUUACAUAUGUGAGGUGUCGAAUAAUGCUGGUAGUGAGAGCUGCAGUACUGUGGUUGCUGUUAAAGAGCCUCCAUCCAUUAGAAAAGAUCUACAGACCGUAGAAGCUGUGAAAGGUGCAGCAGCUCAGCUGGAGUGUGAGAUUUCAGGAACGGCUCCUUUUGAAAUCAGCUGGUUAAAAAAUAAGAAGCCCAUCACAGCUGAUCAGAAAUAUAAAAUCAUCUCCCAAGACUCUCUGUCAAGGCUAGAGAUCCAGACCUUUGAAAGCGCAGACAUUGGAGAUUAUCAGUGUGUCGUUUCCAACGAUGUGGGGAAGGUAACCACCAAGGCCUCAGCUAAACUGAAAGAGCCACCAUCUUUCUCAAAGAGAGUUGAAAGUGUUACAGCCGUGUUGGGAAAUGCAGUGAAACUACAAGGAACCAUAAAGGGCUCAGCUCCCAUCACUGUUAAAUGGAUGAAAGACUCUGAAAUACUCAGAGAUGAUGAUCCAAAUAUCAAGAUGGUUUUUGAGAACAAUGUUGUAAGCCUUUGUAUAACAGCAGUGGCCAUCAACCAUGGUGGCAAGUACUCAUGCCAAGCAGAAAACGAGGCUGGGCAGCAAAAAUGUGAAGCCACUCUGACUGUGCAAGAACCUGCUAGAAUUGUAGAACCUGCGGAGUCCAUUAGUGUGACUGCAGGAGACUCGGCCACGUUGGAGUGUACAAUCUCUGGAAGCCCAGAGCUGAAAGUAAAGUGGUUCAAAGAUGGGAAGGAGAUGAUAAGUGGGCGGAAAUACAAGAUGACGUUGAAGGACAACGUAGCCACCAUGAAAAUUUUGACAGCGGAGAAAGGAGACACUUCGGAGUACAAGAUGGAAGUGUCCAAUAAAGUCGGGAAAGACCAGUGCACAUGCUCAGUCACUGUCUUAGAUCGGAUAAUGCCUCCAACUUUCACCAAGUCCCUGAAAAGAGUCGACGGCAACAUUGGUAAUGAUGUGUCCAUGGACUGCAGGGUGUCUGGGUCCCAACCCAUGACCAUUGUUUGGUUCAAAGAUGACCAGGAAAUAGAGUUGGGAGCCAAAUUUCAAUCGGAGUUCAAAGAUAGCUCUGCCACACUGAGAGUCAGUCAGCUGGAAAAGGCAGACUCUGGAGUUUACAAAUGCAAAGCCACCAACUCGGCUGGCUUUAAAGAAACCAGUGGCACGCUCUACGUCAAAGAGCCCCCAGUGUUCACAGAGAAACCAGAAAACCAGGAUGUUAUACCAGGAGCCAAAGUCUCUUUCAGGGCAGCCUUCACUGGAACUGCUCCUUUGACUGUUAAAUGGUUCAAAGAGGAAAAAGAGAUUGUAACUGGAGGCAUUUAUUUUAUAAAAAAAGAUGCUUCUUCCAGCACCCUGGACCUUCACUCUGUGAAGCCCAGUGAUUCCUCUAAAUACACCUGCCAAGUGUCCAACGAUGCUGGAAAAGUGGAUUGCGCCACAGUCCUUUUUGUGAAAGAACCUCCUGUGUUUGUACGAAAGCUUGAUGCGACCAAGCUCGUCACAAGUGGCAUCUCUACCAGGUUGGAGUGCAAAGUGUCAGGCAGUCCGGUCAUCAGUUUUAAAUGGUUUAAGGAUGAGAUGGAGAUCAGCGCCAGUCCUAAAUAUACAAUCAGUGUUUCUGAUGUAGAAGCAACUCUUGAAAUAUUGAACUGCGCAACUGGGGACAGUGGCGAUUAUGUCUGUGUUGCGUCAAGUGAAGCAGGCAGUGAUCGGUGCAGCAGUACAGUUACUGUCAAAGAACCACCGGUGUUUGUACGUAGCUUGGAGGCCAAAGAUGUUGUGAAAGGUUCUGAGAUGAUGUUGGAGGGCCAAGUCUCUGGCUCUGCUCCAUUCACUGUGUCAUUUUACAAAAACUCCAAGGCAGUCAGAAAUGACAAAAGACAUAAAAUCACAGUGAAAGACGAUCUAGUGGCUCUGCAAGUGCAGGUGGUCGAGGCUGGAGAUGUUGGCUUGUACCAGUGCACUGUUGAGAAUGAAGUGGGGAUGUCAACCUGUGAAUGUCAAGUUACACUCAAAGAACCACCGUCUUUUGUAAAAAAGCUUGAAAAUGUCAGUUCAUUGGUGGGCAGUGAUAUUUCUCUCCAAUGCACACUGAAGGGCUCUGAGCCCAUUACUGUGACCUGGCUAAAGGACAACCAUGAGCUCAAGGAAGCUGAAAAUGUUAAUAUUUCAUAUGAGAACAAGACUGCCCUGCUGCACAUAAAUGGAUUGCACAAUAAACAUGGAGGAAAAUACUCCUGCCAGGCACAGAAUCAGGCUGGUAGCCAGACAUGCUCUGCUGUUCUGACAGUCAAAGAACCAGCUAAGAUCACAGAAGAGGCUAAGUCCAUCAGUGUGACUCAAGGGGAUCCGGCCACACUCGAGGUCAGGUUCUCUGGGACAAAACCACUGAAGGCCAAAUGGCUUAGGGCUGGCAAGGAGCUGACCUCAGGCCAGAGAUUUAAAGUACAGACCACAGACACCAGCUCUGUGCUCAAGAUUCUCAAAACUGAGAAAACUGACAGUGGUGAAUUCACCUUUGAGAUUUCUAAUGAUGUCGGACAAAGUUCUUGCGAGGCCACGCUCACCGUCCUUGAUCAAGUAAUUCCUCCAUCCUUUACGAGAAAACUGAAGCAAACAGAAGGUAUUAAAGGAUCAUUUGCUCAUCUGGAAUGCCUUGUGUCAGGCUCUCUGCCGAUUACUGUCCAGUGGUAUAAAGAUGAGAAGGAGAUUCAGGCUGAUGAUAGACAUAAAUGUACAUUCUUUGAGAAUGUUGCUUGCCUGGAAAUCUCUGAUCUUCACCUUAAAGAUGGUGGAAGUUAUACAUGCAUCGCCAAAAACAAAGCAGGAACAGUCCAGUGCUCAGGCAUCUUGUUUGUAAAAGAACCACCAUUCAUUCUUGAAAAGCCUGAAUCCAUGAAUGUUUUACCUGGAUCAAAGGUCCAGUUUAACGUACUGCUCUCUGGCACACCACCACUGAACAUCAAAUGGUUUAAAAACAAGAAAGAGAUUUUAUCAAGUGCUGAUUGCUCUGUGGUUAAAGACAACACAUCCAGCUCGCUGGAGCUUUUCUUUGCCAAGAGCUCAGAUUCUGGAGACUAUGUGUGUGAAAUUCAGAAUGAUGUGGGAUCCACUUCCUGCCAAGCAACACUUUUCGUCAAAGAGCCUCCUAAGUUCACUCGGACACCGGAUCGUGUGUCCGUAGUGCGUCCCGGGCAAAGCAAAGUGUUUGAGUGCCAGGUGACCGGCACACCUGAAAUAGACAUCUAUUGGUUCAAGGAGGGCUCUGAGAUCAGCGCAAGUGAUCACUUCAAGAUGGCCUUUGUAAACUCUGUGGCUACUCUGGAGGUUUGCGGGGCUGAAACUAAAGAUGGUGGCCUUUAUUACUGUGAGGCUCGUAAUGAGGCUGGCAGUGAGAGCUGCAGCAUGGAGCUCAAAGUGAAAGAACCGCCAAUUUUUAUUAAAGAACUGUCUCCAGCUGAUGUUGUGAAGGGCUCAACAACAUCUUUUGAGUGCCAGAUUGCCGGAACAGGUCCAUUUGAGAUAACCUGGCACAAAGAUGGAAAAGAGAUCAAGCCCAGUGCAAAACAUGGCUUUUCCCAGAUCAAUGACACUUUGACCCUAGAGAUCCACAGAUGUGAUGGUGUAGAUGUGGGUGAAUAUCAGUGUACUGUAGCUAAUGAGGUUGGAAGCUGCACUUGUAAGACAACUCUAAGCCUCAAAGAACCUCCAGCCUUUACCAGGAGGAUUGAGGACAGUGUUAUUGUCCUCGGUAAACUGGCACAGUUUCAGUGUGUGGUUGUAGGUUCUCCAACCCUUUCUGUUCAAUGGCAAAAAGAUGAGAGCUGGAUUUUGGAGGAUCCAAGGAUUGAGAGAACUUUUGAAAACAAUAUGGCGACUCUCAGGAUUUCUGCCUGUGAAGCAUCUCAUGCAGGUAGAUACAGCUGCCAGGUGAUAAACGAGGCUGGGCAGGAUAAAUGCUUCGCCACUCUCACAGUUCAAGAACCCCCUCAGAUCUUAGAGAAACCUGAGGAAAUCAAGGUAACAGUCGGAGAUCCAGUCAGUCUGGACUGUAAGGUGAAAGGCUCACCUGAGCUCAAGGUGAGAUGGAUGAAAGAUGGCAAGGAACUUCAGUCCAUAAGGCAGCACAAGCUUAUCUUUGAGAACAACGUCAGCAGCCUAAAGAUUCAGGGAGCGCAGAAAGCAGAUGAAGGAGAGUAUGUGUUUGAGGUGUCAAACCACAUCAGCAGCUGCUCCUGCAAAGUUAAAGUGGUCGUAUUAGAGCAAGUAAUUCCUCCAAGCUUCAUCAAACCACUUGUAGAAAUGCAGGAGAUUCUGGGCUCAUUUGUUCAGAUUUGCUGUAAAAUAUCCGGUUCCCUCCCAAUCUCUGUGGAGUGGCAGAAAGAUGGGAGUAAAAUCUCCAGUGGUAUCAAACACAAACUGAUCCAGCAGGACAACUCUGUGUCUGUGGAAAUUGAACAGCUUGAGAGACCUGAUGCUGGGUCGUAUUCUUGCAAACUGACCAAUGCAGCUGGGAGCUGUGAAUGUAGUGGAUCCCUCAGGGUCAAAGAGCCUCCCAGUUUUGUGUUGCUGCCCGAGUCACAGGCGGCUCUGCCCAAUGCCACAGUUCGCUACAAAAGCACGUUUACGGGUACACCGCCCUUUAUGGUCAAAUGGUUCAAGGACGACAUGGAGCUCAUGACCGGGCCAACAUGUUUCACAGGCGUGGAUGAAACGUCCUGCUUCUUAGAGCUCUACUCAGUGGCCGUUGCUCAGAGUGGAAUUUACUCUUGCCAAGUCAGCAAUGAUGCUGGUUCUGUACGCUGUAGUGCAGAUUUGACUGUCAAAGAACCACCUGAGUUUGUGCUGAAACUUCCCGCCACUAAGUUUGUAAAGCGGGAUGAAUCACUCCGCCUGGAGUGCAAAGUUCGUGGCACGGCCCCUCUGAAAACGACCUGGUACAAACACGACACCAAGGUCUCGGAUGGGGGCAACUACAGGACCUCGUUUGUUGACUCGGUAGCUGUCCUGGAGCUGGUGUCCAGCAGCUUUGCUGAUGAUGGAGUUUACACCUGUGAAGCUCAGAAUGAUGCUGGCAGUGUGAGCUGCAGCACCACACUUACUGUUAAAGACCCCCCUGCAUUUGUGAAAGUACCCCAGCCCGUUGAGGGGCUGAUGGGUAGGGACGUGAGCUUGUACUGCGAGAUGAGCGGUUCCGCUCCGUUCCAGGUCGCCUGGUUCAAAGACAGGAAACCUCUGAUGGAGAGCAGGAAGUAUAAGAUGGUGGGCGAGGGGAGCUCAGCCACUCUGCAUGUCAUUGGGAUAGAGCCUUCGGACGCCGGCGAGUAUGAGUGCAAAGUUUCAAACAGUGUAGGAAGUGACUCCUGCCACACUUUGGUUAAACUCAGAGAGCCGCCAUCAUUUGUGGAGAAACUGUCCAACAUGACAGUGAUGCUGGGAGAGGAGGUGACCCUUAUGGCCACUGUUAGAGGCUCUGAACCCAUUACUGUGUCCUGGGUUCAGGACAAGGAUCACAUUCUCAGGGACAGUGACAACAGGAAAAUCACCUUUGAGAACAACCAGGUGGCACUUACUGUGUUUAAGGCCGAUGCAACCGUUGCAGGCAGAUACACCUGCCAACUCAGAAAUGAUGCUGGGAGUGUGGAUUGUUUCGCUAACUUGACUGUCCUAGAGCCUGCUAAGAUUGUGGAUAAACCCGAAACUUUGAGCGUGACGGCAGGCGACAUGGCCGCCCUGGAGGUCAAAGUGUGCGGGACGCCGGAGCUCGUCCCCAAGUGGUUCAAAGACGGCAUGGAGCUGGCCACAUCCGGGAAGUACAAGAUCUCCUUCUCGCAGAUGAUCUCCAGUCUCAACGUGCUUUCUACGGAGAAACUGGACUCUGGCGAAUACACGUUCCAGGUCAUGAACCAAGUCGGAAAAGACCUGAGUAAAAUUAAUCUCACCGUUUUGGAUAAGACCGUUCCUCCAUCGUUCACCAGGAAACUGAAGGACUGUAAGAUGACUGUAGGAGAAGCUGCAGAGAUGGAGUGCAAAGUGUCUGGCUCCCCACCUUUUACUAUUUCAUGGUACCACGAUGGUGAGGAGAUACAAAGCGGGCCGAACUGUGAGGUUUCCUUCAGCGACAACAGCUGCACCCUCAGAGUGCCGACCCUGAAGAUGACUGACUCUGGAGUUUACAAGUGCAAAGCCAUCAACAAGGCUGGUUUCAGCGAAACUUCAGCAACUUUGGCUGUCAAAGAACCUCCAUCUUUCGUGGUGCCACUGCAGCCGAUGGAGGCCAUGCCUGGCUCCAACGUGACCUUCUCAGGCAUGGUGAAGGGCAGCGCGCCCCUCACCCUGAAGUGGUUCAGAGGAACCAAGGAGAUGCUGCCAGGGAAGGACUGCAGCUUCACCCUGAAGGACAACCAAGUGACUCUGGAGCUUCACAACGUGAACCGAUCCCAUGCUGGAGAGUACACCUGUCAGAUCAUCAACGAUGCAGGAAAAGAAAGCUGUGCUGUGAAUCUCACAAUCAAAGAACCGGCAGCCUUCUCUAAGAAGCUGAAGGACGUGUCAGUCGAGAAGGGCAAACCUUUAACGCUCGAGUGUUUGUACAUCGGAACUCCAAAGAUCACAGUGAGCUGGUUCAAAGACGGCCAGCAGAUCUUUGCUUCCUACAAAUACAACAUCACCACGACGGAAAGCUCCUGCAUCCUGGAGUGUCUCAGCACAGACGACAAGGAGGCCGCAGGGACGUACAGCUGCCAGGUGUCCAAUGACGCAGGAAAGGACACAAGUGAAGCUGUUGUGUCCAUUUUGGAGCCUCCAUACUUUGUUGAAUCUCUGGAGCCCAUGGAGGUGACAGCUGGUGAUGCUGUGUGUCUGAAGUGCCAGGUGGCAGGGACACCAGAGAUCAAGGUGUCCUGGUUCAAGGCUGACGGCAAAGUGCGGUCUAGCUCCAGCUGUAAGUUGGAGUACUCAAAGGGCGUCGCCAAUCUGAAGCUCAGCAAAGCCACCAAAGCUGACAUUGGGGAGUACACCUGCAAGGCGGAGAACAAGAUCGGCUCUGCCUCCUCCACCUGCAGACUCAAUGUUCUCGAGGCCAAAACACCUCCUUCCUUCCCCAAAAAGAUCACCAGCCUGCAGGAGACAGAAGGUCAAGCGGUGCGUUUUGAGUGCCGUGUCGCCGGCUCAUCACCCAUUGAGGUGUCAUGGCUGAAAGACGGCGAGCCGCUGAUGCAGGGAGGCGAGUUCUCUAUGCUAUAUGACGACAACACGGCUGUGCUGCAGAUCAGCCGUGGCGAAAUGAGGCACUCUGGGGAGUACACAUGCGUGGCGACCAACAGUGUUGGCUCAACUUCCUGCAGAGCCAAACUCACCAUGCAAGAACCCAGAUACGCUCCGGUCUUUGACAGAAAGUUGUCACCGCGGGAGGUGACGGUGGGUGACAGCAUCGAAAUGGAGUGUCACAUGACCGGGUCUGCUCCCAUCAAAGUCACAUGGUCCAAAGACCAUAAAGAUAUCCGCUCUGGUGGGAACUAUAAGAUCAGCUGUGUGGAAAACACCGCCCACCUGACCAUACUGAAGGCGGAUAAAGGUGACACAGGCAAAUACUUCUGCCAUGCCUCCAAUGACAUGGGGAAGGACUCUUGUUCCACUGACAUCUCUGUCAAAGAGCGUAAAAAUCCACCGAUGUUCACCAAAAAGCCCUCGGAGCACAUCGAAGACAUGGAGGGCAAACUGGUAAAAAUUGAGGGCCGAGUCUCCGGCUCUCAGCCCGUUUCAGUCAGCUGGUUCAAAGACGGCAAGGAAAUCCACAGCUCUGACAAAUACGAUAUCAGCUUUAAGAGCAAUGUGGCGGUGCUGUGCAUCAAGAGCAGCCAGGUGACCGACAGCGGCAGGUACUCCUGCCAGGCCUCCAAUGAAGCUGGAAGAGCUUCCUGCGACGUCACUGUGGGCAUCCUGGAAGCCAAGAAGCCUCCAGUGUUUGAUGUUCCACUCAAACCAGUGACUGUGGAUGAAGGCGACAAGCUGAGCCUCAGGUGCCACGUCUGUGGGUCCGCUCCUCUGAAGGUCCAGUGGAUGAAGGACAGGAAGGAGCUUUCAUCAGCCGGCAGCAUCAGGCUCGGCUUCUCUGAUGGUACAGCCAGUCUGGAGAUCAGCUCAGCCUCCAGACACGAUUCUGGCGAUUACCUCUGCAAGGCUACAAAUGAAGCCGGCGCCGAGUUCUGCAAGGCCAAAGUCACAGUGAAAGAGAAACCAGGAGCAGCUAAACCUGAGACUCCAGCAGCAGCUCCAACCAAAAAACUGGAUAAUCUAUUUUUCAUUGAGGAACCCAAAUCCAUGCACGUUACAGAGAAGGGAACUGCCACCUUCAUCGCUAAAGUUGGAGGAGAACCCAUCCCAAGUGUGAAGUGGAUGAAGGGAAAAUGGAGGCAACUCACCCACGGCGGCCGCAUCUCAAUCGUGCAGAAGGGCCAGGAGUCCAAGUUGGAGAUCCGAGAGGUGACCAAGUCGGACUCGGGUCAGUACCGGUGCGUUGCCUCUAACAAGCACGGCGAGAUCGAGUGCAACGCUGACAUGCACGUUGACGGAAAGAAAGAGGCGCCGCAACUAGAGGGAGACCUCCGAGCCAAGCUGAAGAAGACGCCAUCGAAGCAGAAGAGUCCUCAGGAGGAGAAGGACAUCGACAUUGUCGAGCUGCUGAGAAACGUCGACCCCAAAGAGUACGAGAAAUACGCCCGUAUGUAUGGCAUCACUGACUACAGAGGUCUGCUGCAGGCCAUCGAGCAGCUCAAGAAAGAGAGAGGCGAAGAAAGUGGAAGACCGGAAGUGGAACGUGGAGACAGAGAGUCAGAUGAGGACAUGGCUCGGUUGGUGGCCGACCUGCAGAAGAGGAUGGAGAGGACAGAGCCUGUCACCGUAGUGAAGGACAUCUCCAACCAGUCCGUCUUCACCAACGAAGAGGCGGUGUUUGAAUGCGAGAUCAAGAUCAACUACCCAGAGAUCACGCUGUCCUGGUACAAGGGCACGCAGAAGCUUGACACAGACGACAAAUACGACAUCAGCAUCAGCGGCGACCGCCACCUGCUCAAGAUCAAAAGGUGCCAGCCGUCUGACCAGGGCAACUACCGGGUGGUGUGUGGGCCGCACAUCUCCAGCGCCAAGCUCACCGUCACGGAGGUGGAGGUGGAGAAGCACCUGCAGGACACGUCGGGUAAGGAAGGCCAGGCGUGCACUCUGUCUUGUCAGUUGUCUGUUCCUAACGUCGAGGCUCAGUGGUUUAAAAACGGAAAGCAGUUAGAGAUGAAGGGAAGGUAUUCGUCUGAGGUGAAACACAAAGUUCAGAAGCUUCUGAUCAAAGACCUGAAGUCUGAAGACCGGGGCAGAUACUCCUGCAGAUACCAGCACCUGGAGUCCUCGGCGGACCUCAAGGUGGAAGCCGAACAAAUUCAUUUCACCAAGCGCAUCCACAACGUGGAAGUCAACGAGCGCCAGUCGGCCACCUUUGAGUGCGAGGUGUCCUUCGACAACGCAAUCGUUUCUUGGUACAAAGAUACGUGGGAACUGAAAGAAUGCACUAAGUACAACUUCAGAAGCGAGGGCAGGAGACAUUUCAUGGUCAUUCGAAAUGUGACCAUUGAAGACGAAGGCGUGUACUCAGUGAUUGUGAGAUUGGAGCCCAGAGGAGAGGCUAAGAGCACAGCUGAGCUUUAUUUGUCUGGCAAAGAAAUCGAAUUAGCGAUGGUACCGACAGAUUUCCCAGACUCUUCAGUUCAGAGGCCUGAAGUGCCUUCAUCAGAAGAAAUUCAAGAAUCUGCUGAGUUCUAUCAGUAUGAAGAAAAGAUCGAACAGAGAGAAUCAGCUGAAUAUUCGUAUCAGUACGAAGAGGAGGUGCAGCAGAAAGUCGAGUAUCAGAGCUGGACAGAAGAGACUGUAACACAACAGAUUUCAGAGACUAAAGCUGCCAGAGUUGCUGUUGAAGAAAAAGUGGAGACCAUGAAAGUUGAAGUGAGGGAGGAAAUCCCAGCUAAAGUUGAGAAGAAGCCCGAAGAGAAGCCGACUGCAGCUGUGGAGGAACCCAAGAAAAAACCAGAGGCCAGGAAGCCAGUAGAGGAAAAGGUUCCUGCAGUUUCAGUCCCAGAGAAGAAGGAAGUUUCUGCUCCCAAAGAACCAGAGGAGGUGAAGAAGCCAGUCGCUGCUCCAAAAGAGAAGCCCGGACUUCCAACCAAAGAUGAAGCCAAACCUCAGGUUCCAGCUGAGCCCAAGAAACCGGUUCCUGAAGCAAAGCCCAAAGCUGAACCAGAAGCCAAACCCGCCCCAACUCCAAAGGCAGAGCCAGAACCAAAGGCUAAACCUGCUCCAGCUCCUAAAGAAGAACCAGAACCAAAGGCUAAACCUGCUCCAGCUCCUAAAGAAGAACCAGAACCAAAGGCUAAACCUGCUCCAGCUCCUAAAGUAGAACCAGAACCAAAGGCUAAACCUGCUCCAGUUCCUAAAGAAGAACCAGAACCAAAGGCUAAACCUGCUCCAGCUCCUAAAGAAGAACCAGAACCAAAGGCUAAACCUGCUCCAGCUCCAAAAGUAGAACCAGAACCAAAGGCUAAACCUGCUCCAGCUCCAAAAGUAGAACCAGAACUAAAGGCUAAACCUGCUCCAGCUCCAAAAGAAGAACCAGAACCAAAGGCUAAACCUGCUCCAGCUCCAAAAGUAGAACCAGAACCAAAGGUUAAGCCUGCUCCAGCUCCUAAAGAAGAACCAGAACCAAAGGCUAAACCUGCUCCAGCUCCAAAAGUAGAACCAGAACCAAAGGUUAAGCCUGCUCCAGCUCCUAAAGCGGAACCAGAAGGGAAGCCAGUGAUUCCUCCAUCCAAAGCCCCUGAAGAGGCUGCAAAGAUCAAACCUGAACCAGAAGCUCCAAAACCAAAGCCAGAACCGAAGAAAACAAAACCAGAAGUCCUUAAACCUGAACCUCCUAAACCAGAACCUGCAAAACCAACACCAGAACCGAAGGAACCUCAGAAGAAAGUGCCAGAAGAACCAGUAAAGAAGGAGGUGGCUGCUCCUCCACCUCCUUCAGUCCCACAGAAAGUUCAGAAAGAGGCAGAAGAACCUCAGAAGAAGCCAGUUAAAGUUCCCGUGGAAGAAAAAGUUCCUGAUCUCCCGAAAGCAGCAAAGAAACCAGAACCUAAAGCGGCUCCUCCCAAAGAAGAGCCAGCUCAGAAGGACAAAGUUGUUGUGAAGGAGAAGGAGUUGCCUCCAGAACCCAAAGAAGUGAAGCCAGCUCCUCCUCCAGAAGAAAUCAAACCAAAAGUUGGAGAAGCCCCGAAAAGACCUGAAGUUACUCAAAAGAAAAUCCCUCCACCAGAGGAAACAAAACCAGUGGUGAAGCCUGUUGUGAAGGCUGAAGAACCGACUAAGGUGGUUCCAGAAGAAGAAAAGCCAGCUCUGAAAGAUGAAACCAAAGGACCUGUCCAGACACCGGGAGGAGUCCAGAAAGAAACUGUUCAGCAAAAAAAGGGUAAAAUUCAAGUCACAGAGGACGGGACGUUUGAGAUUCCCACCUUGAAGAAAGCAACCAGAGUCAUGAGGGAAGUGGAAGAGGAGCAAGAGGUUGUCACAUUGAAGAAGGUCCCAUCAGUUCCCAUGACAGAAUCUGAAGAGGAAGAAAAACCUCAGAAAGUCACCAAGACCACCGUUUUCCAUGCCGAGGAAAUGGUGCAUGAAGAAGAGUCUUUUGAGAUGUCUGUUGUCACCAGACGGACUGUUGAAGAAAGAAAACCCAGAGAGAAACCUGAGGGGGUGAAAAAGCCAGACGUUAUCAAGCCUAAAGUGGAGGAAGAAAAAGAAACUCCAAAAGACGCUUGGACCCGCCAGAAACCUGCCCCUAAAGAUGAGAAACCAGAAGACAAGAUCUCUCUUAAGAAAACCCCAAAAGCACCAAAAGAAGAGGAACCUGCUCCUCCAAGUACAGCACCAAAAAAAGUGAAAAAGUUACCCAUAUCUGAAGCUGAACCAGAAGUAGUCAAGCUCAAACCUUUUGACAAGCCUGACAAACCUUUAGAAGAGCCAGAGAAAGAUAAGAAGGAGAGGCCAGAUAGAGAUAGUGUGCCUUUCCAGAAGGGAGAAAGGAUCCCCCGAGAGGUGGAACCCAAAGAGCCAGCAAAGAAACCUGCGGAGGCACUCCCUGAGGUAAAGGAGCCUCCAACUAAGGUACCAAAGCCAGCAGAUAAAAAGAAAACUCCAGAGAAAGAGCCAGAGGAGGUCAAAGCACCAACUAAAGGAAAGAAAAUCCCAACAGCAGAACAGGAAGUGGAAAGCGUCAAACUGAAGCCCUUUUCCAAACCUUCCAAAGAAGCUGAGGAGCCUGAGAAGAAACCAUUAGAGGAGAAAGACAGGAAACCAUCUGAUGACCUGCAGCGCCGUCGCACCAGUCCUGAUGACAAACCAAAGGCAAAAGAGUCAGAGGCUAAGCCCAAGAAACCUGACGUCCCUGAAGCUCCUGAGAAAAAGCCAGAGAAGCCAAAGGAAGUAGACACUGCUCCAACAGAGAAGACACCUGACAAGAAGCCUGAAAAGAAGUCUGAGAAGACUCCAGAGGAGGUCAAACCUAAGCCUUUGGAGACAAAAAAAGGAGUUAUACCCAAGGCUAAAGAGGAGAAGGAAGACGUAGCACUGAAGCCAGUGGAGCAGCUCAAAAAGGCAGAGCUGAAAAAGACUCCUUCUCCUAAAGUUGACAAACUCAAGGAGGCAGAAGCAGCUCCAGCUGAGAGGAGGCCAAGCAUUGACAAACUUAAAAAAGAGCCAAAAAGCGUGUCACCCAAAGACUCUGUUGAAGCUGCAACUCUUAAAAAGGUUCCAAAGAAACCAUCACCAGAAGAGGCGAAGGCUGUCACACCAGCAGAGCCUGGCAAAAAGAAAGUUCCCGCAGUGAAGGAGAUCUCUCCUGGGGCUGUGCAAAUAAAGAAAGUUGCCACUCAGCCAGAGGAGGAGGUGUUUGAAGAGGAGGCAGAGGAAGAGGCAGAGCUGGAGGAAGAGGAAGCCUGGGGCUGGGAACUGGUUCCACGGGACAGCUAUGGCUCAGAGGACUGGGAAGGUGAAGGAGAAGAAGGUGCCUUGGAGGUUCCUGGGGUAACCCAGAGAGAGGGGCAGCCGGCAGAGGAAGCAGGAAGAGGCAGAGGCAGAGGGCUAAAACCCAAGCAGACACCAUCGCCCGGAGAGGGCAGAGGUCGGGGCAUGAAACCUGGUGGGAGAGGUGGCCCCACACCACCAGAGGAACCUUUUGCAGGCUUCAAACUCAAAGCCGUUCCCCUGAAGUUCAUCAAGAAGCUGGAAAAUAUUGUCCUCAAGGAGGCCGAGUCCAUUGGCUCAUCGGCCGUGUUUGAGUGUGAGGUUUCACCCUCUACAGCCAUCACCUCCUGGAUGAAAGAUGGCGGCAACCUGCGUGAGAGUCCCAAGCACAAGUUCACCUCUGACGGCAAAGAUCGGAAGCUGCACAUCAUUGAUGUCCAGCUGUCCGACACUGGAGAAUAUACCUGCGUCGCCAAGAAUGCUGGAAAGGAGAUUUCCUGCACUGCUAAGCUCAUAGUUGAAGAGCUUCCUGUAAAAUGGAUCAAGGAAUUGGAACCGGAGAACUCGGCCAUCCUGGGCCAGCCCAUCUACAUAUCCUGCGAGCUGAGCAAAGAGAGGGACGUGGUCUGGAAGAAGAAUGGUGAAGUCCUCAAGAAAAAGGAGGGCAAAAUUCAAAUCAACAUCAUUGGAUUGCAACACGCCGUGACCAUCCAAGGCUCCACACUAGAAGACGCUGGUACCUACACCUGUGAAGUGUCAGGACAGGAGGACGUCGUGACCACCACAAACGUCAAAGUGCUCGAGAUUAUUAAAGACUGGAUAGUAAAACCACUUAGAGACCAGCAUGUGAAACCAAAGGCCAAUGCCACGUUUAAGUGUGAGCUCUUCAGAGACACUCCCAACUGGAAGUGGGUCAAAGGAGAGAAUGAGCUCACUCCAUCAGACAAGGUUGAGAUCACGAAGGACGGAAAGGAGCUGACACUGACCAUUAAGAACUGCCAGCCGGACGAUGUAGCAGAAUAUGCCAUGGAGGUGGAAGGACGCGUCUAUACCGCCAAGCUAACGCUAGGAGAGCGUGAAGCUGAGAUCCUGAGGCCUUUGGCCAGUAUAGAGGUGGUAGAGAAGGAAGAUGCUGCAUUUGAAACAGAAAUAUCUGAGGAUGAUGUUCCAGGAGAAUGGAAACUCAAAGGAGAGGUUUUGACCAGAUCUCCGACGUGUGACAUCCAAAUGGAGGGUACGGUUCGUAGGCUCACACUGAAAAACUGCCAGUUGGAUCAGGCCGGGGAAGUGUCGUACCAGGCCCUGAACGCCAUCACAACUGCAAUGCUAAAUGUCAAAGAAAUCGAGAUGGACUUUGUUGUCCCGCUGAAGGACGUUUCCGUACCAGAAAAGAAACAGGCUAAGUUUGAAUGCACCAUCACCAAGGAUGUCGCCAAGGUCAUGUGGUAUAAAGGGGCUGACAUCAUCACCCCAGACCAAAAGUACGACAUCAUCGAUGAUGGGAAGAAACACAUGCUGGUCAUCAACUGCUGUGAGUUUGAUGACGAGGAUGAAUAUACGAUUGAGGUUUUGGGCAAAACUUCCACAGCUAGACUCACCGUUGAGGGUAUCAGGCUCAGAUUUGUCUCACCACUAAAGGAUCAAACCGUAAAGGAGGGCAGUACAGCUCGCUUUGAGCUGGAGCUCUCUCAUGAGAACAUCCCUGUCACCUGGUACAAGAACGACGUGAAAAUCCAUCCAAGCAGAACCGUCAUCACUCACAUGGACGGAAAGAAACACAUACUAGAAAUUAAGGACGUGACUCUAGACGAUAUCUGCCAAAUUAAGGCAGAGGCCAAAGGAAUUCCUUCCAUGGCCAACUUGACAGUUAUAGAGGGAGAUCCCUACUUCACGAUUAAGCUGCAGGACUAUACUGCAGUCGAGAAAGACGAAGUGGUUCUAGAUUGCGAGCUCAGCAAAGAUGUCGAUGUCAUGUGGUACCACAACGAGGCUGAGAUCAAGGCCUCAAAGAUGGUGGCCAUCAAGGCUGAGGGCAAGCGGAGAACACUAAUCAUCAAGAAAGUUGGUGACAAAGAUAAGGGACAGUAUGUAUGUGACUGUGGGACAGACAAAACGACAGCCGAACUUCACAUCGAAGCUCGGCACAUCAAGGUGGUUCGGCCCAUGUAUGGUGCCGAGGUCUCUGAAGGAGAGACAGUUCGAUUCGAAGUCGAACUCAGUGAGGACGACGUUCACGGCCAGUGGAGGCUAAACGGAGAAGUCCUCAGUCCGUCUGCUGACAUUGAGAUUGUGGAAGAUGGCGCCAAACACACUCUGGUUUUGUACAACUGCAAACUGCCCCAAACAGGGGAGCUUGUGUUCACCGCCGCCAACGCCAAGUGUUCUGCUAACCUGAAAGUGAAGGAGCUUCCCAUCUCUUUCAUUACACCGUUGGCCGAUGUGCAUGUAUACGAGAAAGAUGAAGCUAAGUUUGAGUUGGAAAUUUCACGAGAGCCCAAGAGCUUCCGUUGGCUCAAAGGAACCCAGGAAUUGUCAAACGACGAUAAGUUUGAAAUCCAAGCAGAUGGAAAACAACACACUCUAGUUGUAAAAGCUGCCAGAUAUGAAGACGAAGCCAAAUACAUGUUUGAGGCUGAGGAUAAGAGGACGUCUGGAAAACUGAUUAUUAAAGGUAUUCGCCUUGAGUUUAUCAAGCCAAUUAAAGACGUAACCGUGAAGGAACGAGAAACCGCAGAGUUCAGCGUUGAACUGUCUCAUGACAAGAUUCCAGUAGUUUGGUACAGAAAUGAAGUGCGCCUGCACCCCAGCAAGCUGGUGCACAUGUCGGAGGAAGGAAGAUCUCACACACUGGCCUUCAAGGAGGUCACAAUCGAUGAUACCUCCAUGAUUAAGGUGGAGGCAAUGGGAAAGACGUCAGAGGCAAUGCUAACUGUUCUUGAGGGGGACCUCUACUUUACAGUAAAACUCCAGAACUACACCGCGGUCGAGAAGGACGAGGCGAUCUUGUCCUGCGAGCUGAGCAAGGCCGCCGCCGAGGUCAAGUGGUUCAAAGAUGGUAACGAAAUCUUUGCGUCCAGGAACGUUCUCUUCCAAUCCGAUGGCAGGAAGCGCAUGUUGGUCAUUAAGAAAUCGGCGAAGAAAGACAGGGGGGCUUACACCUGCAACUGUGGCACUGACAAAACCACAGCAGAGCUGAACAUCGAAGAGCGCAACAUUAAGAUUGUCCGCCCGCUGUACAGCGUAGAGGUCACAGAGACCGAGACGGCCUCGUUUGAAACGCAGAUUUCUGAAGACGACAUCCACGCCACCUGGAAACUGAAGGGAGAGACUCUCCACCCGUCUGCUGAUGUGGAGAUAAAGGAGGAGGGAGCACGACACACUUUGACACUCUUCUGCUGCAGAAUGGAUAUGGCCGGAAGCGUUGACUUCUCUGCAGCGAAUGCAAAGUCUUCAGCGCAUCUCAGAGUCAAAGGCCGGGUGAUCUCCCUGGUGAGGCCCCUGAGGAACAUCACAGUGACUGCUGGAGAGACCGCCACCUUCCAGUGCGAGCUGUCCUACGAAGACAUCCCUGUUGAUUGGUACCUGGGGGACACGAAGCUGGAGUCAAGCGACAGAGUUGUAUUCAAGGAUGAAGGGAAAACCUACAGCGUCACGGUGAGAGACGUCCAACUGAGUGAAGCUGGACAAGUCAAACUCAUCGCCAAAGACUUCGAGACAGAGGCCACCCUGUCUGUCAAAGAGCCGCCUGUAGAGUUCACCAAACCUCUGCAGGACCAAACAGUGGAGGAGAAAACCACCGCCACGCUCGAGUGUGAAGUUUCCAGAGCAAACGGAGAGGUCCAAUGGCUCAGGGACGACCAGGAGAUCCGCAAGACGAAGAAGUACGAAAUCCUGGCCGAGGGCUGCAAGAGAACGCUGGUCAUCCAGGAUUGCACCCUGGACGACUCCAAGACCUACACCUGCGACGCCAAAGACUUCAAAACGUCCUGCUUCCUCACAGUCGAAACUGCCCGUGUCGAGUUCUCCAAGCCUCUCCAUGAUGUUGAGGUUCGGGAGAAAGAAAGUGCCAGGUUUGAGUGUGAAGUCUCCAGAGAGGAUGCUAAAAUCACCUGGUUGAAGGACGGAACUGAAAUCAGAAAAGGAAAGAAAUAUGAAAUUAUUGCACAAGGCCGCCAACACAUCCUUCUCAUCCACAAGGCCACAUUUGAUGACGAAGCUGAAUACGAAUGUGAUGCUCAGACCUCCAAAUCCUCCGGCAUGCUCACCGUCGUUGAGGAGGAAACUACUUUCACUAAAAACCUGCCAAACGUCGAGGGAACAGAGACAGACAGCGUGAGGCUGAUCUGUGAGGUCUCCAAGCCCAACGCUGACGUCACCUGGUACAAAGGCGACAAGGAGCUGCCAGACGGCGGCCGCUAUGAACACAUCGUCGAUGGCAAGAAGAGGAUUCUCCUCAUCAAGGACCUGAAGACAGACGACGCCGGAGAAUACAACUGCAGGCUGAGCACCGGCACCAAAACCUCCGGAAACCUCAAGAUCAACGAACUGGCUGCUGAAUUCCUGUCCAGACCUCAGAACCAGGAGGUGGUGGAGGGUCAUAGGGCAGAGUUCACCUGCACCGUCUCCAAGGAAACCUUCAGUGUCAAAUGGAUGAAGGACGGCAAUGAGCUGGAGUCAGGAGACAAGUACGAGUUGGUGAGUGACGGCAAGAAGCGAAGUCUGGUCAUCAAGGCGUCCGAGCUCAAAGACGAGGGCGGAUACGUUGUGGUGAUUGGAGAGACGAGAGCCAGCGCUGAUCUGACUGUGAGCGCGAAACUGAAGGUCAUCACCCCUCUGAGAGACACGGAGGUCAAAGAAGGCCAGGAGGUCGUCCUGAACUGUGAGGUGAACAUCGAGGGAGCCAAGGCCAAGUGGCUGAAGAACGACGAGACUCUGUUCGAGAGCGGCAAGUACGUGAUGGUUCAGAGAGACAACGUCUUCUCGCUGAGGAUCAAAGACGCUCGGAAGGGAGACGAAGCCGACUACAGCAUCACACUGACCAAUCAGAGAGGAGAACAGGCCAAGAGCUCCGGCAAACUCUCCGUCAGAGAGGAGAGUCUGAAAAUCAUGGUUCCUCCGGAGGACAUCGACACUCAGGAGAAGAAGACCAUCAGUUUCUCCUGCAAGACCAACAGACCCAACGCCACUGUGAAGUGGAUGAAGGCCGGCCAGGAGAUCACCUUCAGCAAACGCAUCGUCUACAGGGUCGACAAAGAAAAGCACACGCUCACCAUCAAGGACUGCACGCUGGCCGACGAGGGCGAGUACACGGUGGUCGCCGGGGACAACAAGGCCACCGCCGAGCUGAUCAUCAGCGAGGCGCCAACCGACUUCAGCGCGCAGCUCAAAGACCAGACCAUCACCGAGUUCGAUGAUGCAGAGUUCACAUGCGAGCUGACCAAGGAGAAGGCCGAGGUCAAGUGGUACAGGAACGGACGGGAGAUCAGAGAAGGACCAAGAUACACAUUUGUGAAAGACGGAAAGUUCUGCACGCUGCGGAUCAAGGAGUGCAGGCCGGAUGACGAGUGUGAAUACGCCUGCGGAGUCGACGAUAAGAGAUCCAGAGCCAGGCUCUUUGUUGAAGAGAUUCCAGUGGAGAUCAUCAGACCUCCACAGGACGUGUUUGAGCCUCCGGGCUCGGACAUCGUGUUUGAGGUGGAGCUCAACAAGGACCGGGUGGAGGUGAAAUGGCUGCGCAACAACAUGACCGUCGUCCAGGGAGACAAGUUCCAGAUGAUGAGCGAGGGGAAGCUGCACCGGCUGCAGGUCUGCGAGAUCCGACCCAGAGACCAGGGACUGUACAGAGUCAUCGUCAAAGACAAGGACGCCAAGGCCAAGCUGGAGCUGGCAGCUGUUCCUCAGAUAAAGACCACCGAUCAGAGCUACGUCACAGACGCCGGGAAGCCCAUCGUCUUGGCCGUCCCGUACAGCGCCUACCCUCAGGCCGAGGCUGACUGGCUGUACGACAACCAGAGUGUGUCCAAAGACAACAUCUACACCUCCGCCGAGCGCACCGAGUACCGGCUGAAGGACCCGAAGAAGUCGGACCAAGGACGCUACAAGAUCGUCAUCAAGAACAAACACGGACAGGGAGAAGCUUUCAUCAACCUGGACGUCAUCGAUGUUCCCGGACCUGUGAAGAACCUUCAGGUGGUCGACACCGCGGACGGCGAGGUCAGCCUGGCGUGGGAGGAGCCUGAGAAUGACGGCGGCAGCAAAGUGAUCAGCUAUGUGGUUGAGAGGCGCGAUGUGAAGCGUAAGACCUGGACUCUGGCCACCGAUCACUCAGAGAGCCCCGAGUACACAGUGACGGGGCUGCAGAAGGACUCCUUCUACUUCUUCAGAGUCAGCGCCAGAAACAGGGUCGGCAACGGACCCUUUGUUGAGACGGACGAAGCUGUCCAAGCAAAGAACAAGUUUGACGUUCCUGAAGCUCCUCUGAACGUUGACGUUGGAAACGUAACCAAGUUUGGCUGCACCGUCUCCUGGGACCCUCCAGUGUCAGACGGAGGCUCUCCCAUCACCUCCUACAUCGUGGAGCUGCGCGACAGGACGUCGGUGAAGUGGUCGCCCGUCCAGGUGACGAAAGCCGGCGAGCUCAGUGCCAUCAUCAAUGAUGUCAUCGAGAACAAGGAGUACAUCUUCAGAGUCAAAGCUGAGAACAAAGCUGGCGAGGGCAAACCCAGCGCCGCUUCACGACCUGUUAAGAUCAUGGAUCCAAUUGAACGUCCCAGUCCACCACAGAACCUGACCUGGCAGGACCAGAACAAGAGCUCAGUGCAGCUCACCUGGGAGACGCCUCUGAAAAACGGCGGCAGCAUCAUCACAGGCUACAUCAUCGAACGCUGUGAGGAGGGAACCAACAAGUGGCUCCGCUGCAACGCACGCCUCUGCCCAGAUCUCUUCUACAAGGUGUCUGGUCUGAAAUAUGGAACCAAGUACAACUAUAGAGUGUUUGCUGAAAAUGCUGCUGGAGUUUCUGAACCGUCAAACGUCAUCGGACCUCUGCUGGCAGACGACCCACAUUUUGCUCCAUCCUUUGACCUGAGUGCUUUCAAAGACGGCCUGGAAGUGAUCGUCCCUCAGCCUCUCACCAUCAGAGUUCCUAUCACCGGAUACCCGACCCCCGUUGCCAAGUGGACCUUCGGAGAGAAGGAGGUGACGACCGCAGACGAACGCGUCUCCUUGAUGACCAAGUCCACUUUCACAGAACUUAUGAUCACGCCGAGCGUCCGGCCAGACAAAGGCAUCUACACACUCCACCUGGAGAACGAUGUCACCUCUGUGUCUGGAGAUAUCGAAGUCAACGUCAUCGCUGCACCCAGCGCUCCCAAGGACUUCAAGGUUCUAGAGGUGACCCGGCAGCACGUCCAUCUUAGCUGGGAGGCUCCAGAACACGAUGGAGGAAGUCCUCUAACCGGCUAUCAGGUGGAAAAACGGGACGUGUCCCGCAAGACCUGGGUGAAGGUUGUAUCAGGGAUCCAGGAUCUGGAGUUCACCGUCAUCGAUGUGGUUGAAGGGAAAGAGUAUCUGUUCAGAGUCACCGCCUGCAACAAGUGCGGCCCAGGAGAGCCAGCAUACAUCGAUGAGCCCGUCAACGUCUCUUCUCCAGCCACUGUGCCAGACCCACCAGAGAACCUGAAGUGGAGAGACAAGUCAGCCAGUGGCAUCUUCCUCACCUGGGAGCCGCCAAAAUAUGACGGUGGCACCGGCAUCCGAGGCUACAACGUGGAGCGCUGCCAGAGAGGCACAGAUAAGUGGGAGCCCUGUGGAGACACAGUACCAGAGCUGAAGUGCCAGGUGACCGGUCUGAUCGAGGGCGAGUGGUACGCCUACAGAGUCCGAGCUCUGAACCGACUCGGAGCCAGCCGGCCCUGCAAGCCCACAGACGAGAUCCAGGCUGUUGAUCCUAUAGAGGCUCCAGAGAUCCAGCUUGAUGCCAAGCUUCUGGCCGGUCUGACGGCCAAGGCUGGCAGCAAAAUCGAACUCCCAGCUGAAGUUAAGGGUAAGCCUGAACCCCGAGUGAAGUGGACCAAGGCUGACCUGGUUCUGAAGCCAGACGACAGGGUGUCCAUCGACACCAAGCCGGGACAUUCCACCGUCACCGUUGCUAAGACCAAGAGAGACGACAGCUCCACCUACAUCAUUGAGGCGACCAACAGCAGCGGCCGUGCCACCGCCACUGUGGAUGUCAACAUCCUUGACAAACCUGGUCCUCCUGCUGCCUUCGACAUUUCUGAGAUCACCAAUGAAACCUGCCUCCUGGCCUGGAACCCGCCACGCGACGACGGCGGUUCCAGAGUUACCAACUACAUCGUGGAACGCCGAGCUGUCGACAGCGAGAUCUGGCACCGGCUGUCCUCCACCAUCAAACAGACCACGUACAAGGCAGUCGGCCUGGUCAAGUUCAAGGAGUACAUCUUCAGAGCGUUCGCUGAGAACCAGUUUGGUGUUGGUCCACCAGCUGAACACCCGCCCAUCAUCGCCAGAUAUCCAUUUGACACCCCUGGGGCUCCCUACAAACUGGAGCCUUCAGACAUCGCCAAAGACGCCGUGACCCUGAACUGGUACGAGCCGGAUGAGGAUGGAGGCAGCCCCAUCACAGGCUACUGGGUGGAGCGAUACGAACCGGACCAUGACAAGUGGAUAAGAUGCAACAAGCUGCCCAUCAAAGACACCAACUACAGAGUGAAAGGUCUUCCCACGAGGAAGAAGUACAAGUUCAGAGUCCUGGCUGAAAAUCUGGCUGGAACUGGAAAACCCAGCAAAGAGACAGAUCAAAUCCUUAUCAAAGACCCUAUUGAUCCUCCUUGGCCUCCUGGUAAACCCACAGUGAAGGAUGUAGCCAAGACUUCCUGCUUCCUUACUUGGACCAAACCCGAGCAUGAUGGCGGGGCCAAGAUCGACAGCUAUGUCAUCGAGAUGUUGAAGAGCGGAACCACAGACUGGAUCCGUGUGGCAGAGAACAUCAGCAUCCUGGAGUUUUUCCUGAAGGGCCUGAUGGAGAAGCAGGAGUAUUCGUUCAGAGUGAGAGCCAUCAACGUGGCCGGGGAGAGUGAACCCAGCGAGCCCAGCGACCCGGUUCUGUGCAAGGAGAGGCUGAAUCCUCCAUCAGCUCCUCGAUGGUUGGAGGUCGUGAGUAUCAGCCGGAGCAGCGCUGACUUGAAGUGGACGGCUCCGGAGCGUGACGGAGGAUCUCGCAUCACCAACUACAUUGUGGAGAAGCGCGACGCCAGGCGUAAAGGCUGGCAGGCCGUGGACACCACGGUGAAGGAGCUGAAAACCACCGUGACGCCGCUCAACGACGGAGCUCUGUACGUGUUCAGAGUCGCCGCAGAGAACGCCGUGGGUGUCGGACCGUUCUGCGAGCUGGAGGACUCCGUGUUGGCCAAGGAUACUUUCACUACUCCUGGGCCGCCCUACGCACUCACCGUCUACUCUGUGACCAAAAAGUAUGUGGACCUGGAAUGGGAGGCACCUAAAAAUGACGGCGGUAGACCCAUACUCAGGUACUCUAUUGAGAAGAAGGAGAAGCUUGGAACGCGCUGGGUGAAAUGUGGAAAGACUUCUGGUCCAGACUGUAAAUACCGGGUAACGGAUGUUAUUGAGGGAACAGAAGUCCAGUUCCAGAUCCGGGCUGAGAAUGAGGCUGGAGCCGGACACCCGUGUGAACCUACAGAGAUCUUGACCAUUGAAGAUCCAACAGGAAUCCCAUCUCCUCCCAUCGAGCUCCAUGUAACCGGAGCCAGCAGGGACUUCCUAUCCAUCGCCUGGAAGCCUCCGCAGCAGGACGGCGGUUCCCCGAUCCGCGGCUAUCACAUCGAGAUGUGCGAGGCCGGAACUGAGAAGUGGAUGAGAGUCAACUCCCGUCCGGUGAAGGAGCUGAAGUACCGAGUGGAGGAGGGCAUCGUCCCUGAGAAGGAGUAUAUUCUGAGAGUGAGGGCCAUCAAUUCUGUAGGAGAGAGUGAGCCCUCCGACAUCUCAGAAAACGUCUUUGCCAAAGACUCUGACUGUAACCCAACACUGGAGUUCCAGACUCUGGACCUCGUUGUGGUGGAAACAGAGAAGCUUCACAUCCCGGUUCCCUUCAGAGCCGUCCCGUCUCCCAAAAUCACCUGGCACAAAGACGGCAAGGAGCUGAAGGCUGAUGAGCGUCUCAUGUUCAGGAAGGAGUACACUUCCUGUCACCUGGAGAUUGACAGCAGCCUUCACCCCGAUGCUGGAGUUUAUAAAGUGACUCUGGAGAACAAACUGGGAAGUGCCAGUGCAACCAUUAACGUGAAAGUCAUCGGUCUUCCUGGUCCCUGCAAAGAGAUUGUUGCAUCAGAAAUCACAAAGAGCUCAUGUAAAGUUUCCUGGGAUCCUCCAGACUACGACGGUGGCAGCCCGAUUCUUCACUAUGUCCUUCAGCGGCGUGAGGCUGGUAGGAGGACCUACGUCAACAUGAUGUCUGGAGAGAACAAGGUGAGCUGGAUGGUGAAAGACCUCAUCCCCAACGGAGAGUACUACUUCAGAGUCCAAGCCGUCAACAAGAUUGGAGGAGGAGAGUUCAUCGAACUGCGCAACCCCAUCAUUGCAGAGGACCAAAAACAUGCUCCUGAUGCGCCAGUGGACGUGGAAACCCACAACCCCACUUCCAGCACUAUAACCCUGACCUGGAAGCCUCCUAUGUACGAUGGCGGCGCCAAAAUCAUGGGCUACAUUCUGGAGAGGCAGCAGAAGGGCGAGGACAAGUGGGAGAGGUGCAAUGACUUCCUGGUUCCUGUCCUGUCCUACACAGUCAGAGGACUAACAGAGGGCAAGAACUACAUGUUCAGAGUCAAAGCUGAAAACGCUGCUGGCAUCAGUGAUCCGUCACGCAACACAUUGUUCGUUAAGGCCUCUGAUGCUGUUGAUCCUCCAAAGGUUUUCCUCAGUGGUAGCCUGCAGUCCGGUCUCAGUGUGAAGCGAGGCUGCGAGAUCUGCCUGAAUGCCAAUAUUUCUGGCUCACCGUACCCUCAGAUCACCUGGUACUGGAACAACCAGGUGAUCCAACCUGAACCACUCCGCAAGAGACCUGAGAAACCCCUGAAGAAGAAGCCAGAGAAGAAGGAGGAGGAGAAGAAAGAAGGAGAGGAGAAAAAGGAAGGAGAGGAGAAGAAAGAAGGAGAGGAGGAGAAAAAGCCAGAGGGAGAAGCGGAGACUAAAGAGGAGAAGAAGGAGGGAGAGGAAAAGAAAGAAGGAGAGGAGAAGAAGGAGGAGGAGAAAAAGCCAGAGGAGGAAGCUGCUGAGCCAGAGGUGGAGGAGCCUGACUAUCCCACCAUAAAUGAACGUCUGACCAUCGAUAACAGCCACAGGGGCGUGUCCUCCAUCGUCAUUAAUGAGUCAGUCCGCCCAGAUCAUGGGGUCUACAUGGUGAAGGUGGAGAAUGACCACGGCAUUGCCUCAGCAACCUGCGAGGUCAACGUGCUCGAUACUCCUGGUCCUCCCGUGAACUUUAGGUUUGAGGAAGUGAGGAAGAACUCAGUCAUUUGCAAGUGGGAUCCUCCUCUGGAUGACGGUGGCAGUGAGAUCCUCAACUACACCCUGGAGAAGAAGGACAACUCCAAGCUGGAGUUCGGCUGGAGUUGUGUUACCAGCACACUGAGAGGCUGCCGCUACCUGGUGCCCAAACUCAUUGAGAAGAAAGAGUAUAUCUUCAGGGUCGUAGCUGAAAACAAGUUUGGCCCUGGUACACCAUGCGUUUCCAAACCUCUCAUCGCCAAGAAUCCUUUCGAACCUCCCGAGGCUCCAGAUAAGCCACAGAUUGACGACAUCACAGCCAACAGCAUGCUGGUCACUUGGGACAUACCAAAGGACAAUGGCAGCCCUAUUCUGGGAUACUGGGUGGAGCGCAGGGAGAUCAACAGCUCACACUGGGCACGUGUCAACAGGAACAUCGUCCCAGACACGGAGCUGAACGUCGAAGGUCUCCUGGAGGGACUCACUUACAUCUUCAGGGUGGCGGCUGAAAACCAGGCCGGCCCUGGAAAGUUCAGUCCUCCCUCUGAGCCUAAGACAGCACAGGCUCCUAUCUUGCCACCUGGACCUCCCAUUGCCAGAGUGGUGGUAACCACUGACCACUCCAUCGAAGUAGAGUGGGAUCCUCCUGCCGACAAUGGUGGAGGAGAGAUUCAGGGAUACCAUGUGGAUAAGGCAAUGGCUGGUACCAAGGACUGGUCUAGAUCAACAGAACGUCCCUGGAAGCAGCGUAACUUCACCGUCUACGGAGUUCGUGAGGGAGCGAAGUACACAGUCAGAGUCAUCGCCUGCAAUGCUGCAGGAGAAGGAACACCUGGUUUCACAGACGCUGUUUUUGUCCGGAACCCAGCAGAGAUUCCAGUAAUUGACAUGGACCUUGCCAUCAAGAAUGGCAUAAUCAUCAGAGCUGGAGAAACGCUACGUGUUCCUGCUACAGUCACUGGUAAACCCUAUCCAUCCAUCACCUGGACAAAGGAUGAUGGCAAACCAGAUAAAGACCGUGUGGAGCUCCUCAGUGAGGGCAAUGACAGUGUUGUCUCAAUCAAGAAUGUCCAGAGGCAGGAUUGUGGAAAGUAUCAGAUCUCUGCCUGCAACCCCAGUGGCUCCAAGUCUGCAUCAACCAGAGUGGAAGUGAUGGAUGUCCCUGGUCCUGUCAAGGACUUGAAGCCAGUCGUUGUUACUCGUAAGAUGAUUUUCCUGAACUGGGAUGACCCAGAAGAUGACGGAGGCAGCGAUCUGACAGGCUUUCUUGUGGAACGAAGGGAUGCCAAGAUGCACACAUGGAGGCAGCCUGUUGAAACCGCUUCGUCCAAGUGCGAGUGUGUAGGAAUCAUGGAGGGACAGGAGUACUUCUUCCGUGUCAUCGCCAAGAACAAGUACGGUUUGGGUGUUCCCGUUGAGCUGGGACCCAUCAAAGCUGUGGAUCCUCAGGGUCCACCAUCAUACCCUGAAAAGUUCCACUACACAGAGAGGACCAAAAACUCCAUCACUCUGGCAUGGAAGCCACCGCGCAGUGAUGGUGGCAGCCCAGUUAUUGGGUACUUUGUAGAGAAGAAGAGGCAAGACCAACAGGCCUUUGAACCCUGCAAUACAGAGAUCUGCCCCAACAUGACUCUCACUGUUGAAGGCCUGGAGGAGGCUUGGAUGUAUGAGUUCAGAAUCAAGUGUGCCAAUCUUAUUGGAGAGAGUGAGCCAUCCAUUCCACUGACUGUAGUAAUUCAAGAUGAUGAAGUUGGUCCUGAGGUCCACAUGCUGAAGCACUUUACUGCUGACUGCAUUACUGUGAAGAAGGGUGAGCCUAUUGAAAUUCCCGCUGAUAUCAUUGGACUCCCCAUCCCAAAGAUCGAGUGGUCCAAGGACGACGUCCUAAUUGACAAGCCGACAGAGACACUGCUGAUGGAAACAGAGGUGACUGGAAGGUUGAAUGCCAAGACCACACUAUCAAUCCCAGCUGCCAACAGGAGGGACCGCGGCAGCUACACUGUGUCAGCAUCCAACAACAUGGGCUCAGCCAAACACACCGUCUAUGUCAUGGUGCUUGACCGACCAACCCCACCCAGGAAUCUGGCUGUGUCAAACAUCAGGGCCGAGUCUUGCUACUUAAACUGGGACCCACCAGUUGAUAAUGGUGGAAGCGAGCUGACCAACUACAUUAUUCAGAGGAAGGAAGUGCGUAAAGACCAGCCUGAGCCAGAAGAGGGAGAAGAGGCUCCACCAGAGCCGCAGUGGGAAGUGGUCAACAAUGCCGUAAUUGAAAGGAAAUUAGGGGUGUGGGAGUUGGACACCAGCAAGACCUAUCUGUUCCAAGUCAGAGCCGAAAACAAGUACGGCAUAUCUGACCCGUGUACAACGGAGGAAGUCCUUAUCACAGAUCCAUUUGGUCUUCCUGGCCCACCACAGAAACCAACUAUUGCAGAAUACUCCAAGACCUCCAUGACACUAACAUGGGAGCCUCCUAGAGAGACUGGAGGCUCAAUGAUCACUGGGUACUGGCUGGAGAAGAGAGAGAAAGGAACAGACUAUUGGGCCAAAGUUAACAAGACGCCAGUCACUAAAAGAGGCACGAAAGGUUGGGAGUAUCAGGUGACUCGACUGUUUGAAGGAACUGAGUACGAAUUCAGGGUUGCUGCCUCCAAUUCAGCUGGAACUGGACCAUUCAGUGGGCCGUCUGACUCUGCCUUUGCAGUUGAUCCGAUCACUCCUCCAAGCAUGCCUGCUGCUCCUGAGGUUGCUGAUAAAACGAAGCAUAGCGUCACGCUGUCCUGGAAGCCACCGGAGAGUGACGGAGGAAGCCCCAUUAAGGGCUACAUUAUCCAGAUUCAGGAUGAAGGCUCAUCAGAGUGGCACAAAAUCAAUGACAUUGAUAGCCUGCACCCCACCACAGAGUUCACUGUGCCCAGUCUCCGUGAGUUGAAACGCUACCGCUUCAGGAUCAUUGCUGUCAACGACAUCGGCGAGUCCGACCCCAGCCCACGCACCAGCGAAGUUCUGAUAGAGGAUGUCCAACUUCCUCCUGUCAUUACAAUUGAUGUCAUGGCUGAGGAACUAGUCAACAUUCGUGCUGGAGAUCCAAUCAGGAUUCCCGCAACCAUUAAGGGCCGGCCUGCUCCCAAGGUUACAUGGGACUACGAAGGCAAAGCCAAGAGCGAGAAAAAGAACAAACUGCACACAAUCCCUGUUGAGGCUCAGGUUGAGUCCACAGACACCACCUCAGUCGUGAACAUUCCUGUGAGCUUGAGGAGUCAUUCUGGACGUUACACCAUCACAGCCAAGAACAAGUCUGGACAGAAACAUGUCAACGUCAGAGUCAUUGUCGUCGAUGUUCCUGGACCUCCAAAGGACCUGAAGGUCACUGAUGUAACCCGUUCCACCAUGAGGCUGAUCUGGAAGCUCCCUGACACUGACGGAGGAGAGAGGAUCAAGAGCUACUUCAUUGAGAAAAAGUCUGUGAUUGACAAGGCCUGGACCAAGGUGAAUGCCGCUUGUGCUAGCCAGGCCUUUGUGGUUCCAGGCCUGCUUGAGGGUCAGGAUUACCUGUUCAGGGUUCGAGCAGAAAACAGACUCGGAUUUGGUCCUUUUACCGAGACAACCGAACCCAUCAGAGCCAGAGAUCCCAUCUACCCACCUGACCCCCCAACCAAGCUGAAGGUAAACCUAGUCACAAAGAACACGGUCACUCUGAGCUGGGAGCCUCCAAAGAACAACGGCGGCUCACCUGUAAAACAUUACAUCAUCGAGCGUCUGAGUUGGGACACCAGCAGCAAGGAGAAGGAGGCCUGGAAGCAGUGCAACAAGAGAGACGUGGAGGAGCUCACCUUCAUUGUGGAGGACCUGAAGGAGGGAGGAGAAUAUGAAUUCAGAGCAAAAGCUGUGAAUGCAGCUGGACCCAGCCGACCUUCUGCCACUGUUGGACCUCUGGUCAUCAAGGAUCAGACAUGUCCUCCCACCAUUGAGCUGCGUGAAGCCAUGGAGGGCGAGGAGGGCUGCGACGUCAGCAUCGUGGCGAGGAUCAGCGGCUGCCCCUUCCCAACGCUGACCUGGCACAAGGCCAGCUUGGCCAAACCCGAGGAAAAGGCUGCUGUCCAGUAUGACCAGCAUAUCAACAAACUGGUGACCCCAGACAAGUGCACACUGUUGAUCCAGCAGGCCAGCCGGAACGACAGCGCCCUCUACAGCCUGACGGCCAGUAAUAGCCUGGGUACUGUCUCCAAGGACAUCAAGCUGGCAGUGCUGGGACCUCCUGGCCCACCAGUGGGUCCGAUCAAGUUCACAGAGGUGUUUGCGGAGAGGAUCGGCCUGGCCUGGAACCCUCCCACAGAUGAUGGUGGAUCCAAGAUCACCAACUAUGUGGUUGAGAAGCGUGAGGACAACAGAAAGACAUGGGUCCACGUCUCCAACGACCCGAAAGAGUGCGCCUAUGUGGUGACACGUCUUACAGAGAACCACGAGUACGAGUUCAGAGUCAUGGCCCAGAACAAGUUUGGAGUCGGACCGGCAGUGAUCAGUGAGCCUGAGAAGGCCAGAAACCUCUUCACCGUUCCCGGUCAGUGUGAGAAACCAACAGUUACUGAAGUCUGUCUGGAGUCCAUGACCGUCAACUGGGAUGAGCCCAAAUAUGACGGCGGAUCCCCCAUCACCGGCUACUUCGUCGAGAAGAAGGAGACCACUUCCAAACGCUGGACCCGUGUUACCCGGGAACCAAUCCGUGCGCUCCCACUGGGCAACAACUGGGACGUUACAGGCCUGCUGGAGGGCGCCCUGUACCAGUUCAGGGUGAUCGCCAUCAACGCCGCCGGCUGUGGUCUGCCUAGCUUGCCCUCUGACCCUGUACUCUGCAGAGACCCCAUCAAGCCUCCAGGGCCACCUUACCCGAAGGUGAUGGACUGGACUAAAUCAACGGUGGAGCUGGAGUGGCUCCCUCCCUCUACAGACGGAGGGUCCAAGGUGACAGGUUAUAUUGUUGAGUUGAAGGAGAUAAACAAGGAGGAAGAGGAGAAGAAAGCCAAGAGGAGGCUGCUGUUGAGCGAAGCUGAGGAAGAGAAGGAGCCUGAAAGCGACGAGAGCUGGAAGAAGGCAAAGGACACAGAGAUCAGAGGAACUAAGUUUGUUGUGACCGACCUGAAAGAAGGAGGGCUGUACCAGUUCAGAGUCCGGGCCGUGAACUCUGCUGGCGUGGGAGACCCAGGUCUCGUGUCUGAGCUGAUCGAAGCCAAAGACAGAACAAUUCCUCCUGAGAUGGACCUUGAUGCCUCAGUGAAGGAGAAGAUUGUGGUCCACGCUGGAGCCACCAUCCGCAUCAUCGCCUAUGUGUCAGGCAAACCCGCCCCGCAGAUCACCUGGUGCCGUGACGACGCCGAGGUGCCCAAAGAGGCCGUGGUGGAGACGACGGGCAUCUCUAACUCUCUGGUCAUCAAGAACUGCAGACGGCAACAUCAGGGCAUGUACACACUCAGCGCCAAGAACGAGGGAGGCGAGAGGAAGAAGGCCGUCAUCGUUGAGGUUCUUGAUGUUCCUGGACCUGUCGGUCUUCCCUUCGCUGGUGAGAAUCUGACCACCGACUCCUGCAAACUGACCUGGUACUUCCCUGAAGACGACGGCGGCUCGGCCAUCACCAACUACAUCAUUGAGAAACGAGAGUCCGACCGAAUGGGCUGGACCUCGGUGUCCUACACGGUGACGAGGAACAACGCUGUGGUGCAGGGACUGAUCGAAGGCAAGGGCUACUUCUUCAGGAUCGCAGCUGAGAACAUCAUCGGAAUGGGACCUUUCAUCGAGACCGACAAGAUGGUCCUCAUUAAAGACCCAAUCUCCGUCCCGGAGCGUCCGGAGGACCUGAUUGUCACAGGUGUUACCAAGGACUCCAUCUCUGUUGCCUGGAGACCACCCAAAUACGACGGUGGUGCAGAGGUGACCUCCUACGUCCUUGAGUCCCGAAUGGUGGGCCGUGACACUUUCACUCGGAUCGGAGGCGAGGACAAGCUGAUGGACAGGAAGUUCACGCUAACUGGACUGAAGGAAGGCUCGAGUCACGAGUUCAGAGUUUCAGCCGUCAACCAGGUUGGGCAGGGCAAGCACUCCUUCCCCACCAAACCUGUGCAGUGCAAGGACGAGCUCGAGCCACCUACUUUGGACCUGGACUUCAGAGACACGAUGAUGGUCAAGGUGGGAGAUCCAUGCAUGCUAUCAGGACGUUACAGCGGCAAGCCAGCCCCGACAAUCACCUGGACGAAGAACGACGAAGAGCUUAAAUCAGACGAAGAGAUCAACCUUCACAGCACCGCACGCCACCUCAGCCUGAACAUCAGCAAGGCCAAGAGAGAACACAGUGGCCGCUACUGCGUCAGCGUCGAGAACGCCGCCGGGCCUCGCACCGGAAUCUGCACCAUCACUGUAGUUGACCGUCCUCAGCCACCAGAGGGCCCCGUAGUGUUCAAUGAAGUCUACAGAAACUACAUGGUCAUCUCCUGGAACCCUCCUCUAGAUGACGGCGGCUGCGCCAUCUCCAACUACAUCAUCGAGAAGAGAGACACCAACAGAGACCUGUGGAUGCCCGUCACCUCUUCCUCCACCAGAACCUCCUGCAAGGUGCCAAAGCUGAUCGAAGGUCGUGAGUACAUCAUCCGGAUCAUGGCUCAGAACAUGUACGGCAUCAGUGACCCACUCCUGUCAGCGGAGACCAAAGCUCGAGAUGUCUUCAAGGUACCUGAUGCGCCAAAGCAACCCACAGUGAAGGAAGUUUACCAUGACUGCGCCCUGAUCAGCUGGGAGCCACCUGCUGAUGGAGGAAAACCAAUCACAGGUUACAUUGUGGAAAGGAAGGAGACCAAGGCCAGCAGAUGGGUUCGCUGCAACACAGAAAGAAUCUACCCCAAAGUGGAGUACUGUGUGAUGGAGCUGCUGCAAGGCUGUGAAUACGAGUUUAGAGUCAGCGCUGAGAACGUAGUGGGAGCUGGCGACCCGAGUCCACCAUCCAAACCAGUUUUUGCAAAGGAUCCCAUCGUGAAAUCUAGUCCACCUGUCAACCUUUGCGCCAUCGACUUCACCAAAGAGUCAGUGACUCUGUCCUGGGAGCCGCCCACCGACACCGGACGAGGCAAGAUCUUCGGAUACCUGCUGGAGUUCCAGAAGGCUGGGCAAGAGGAAUGGAGCAAGGUGAACCAGACUCCAGAUUCCUGCCAGGAGACCAGGUUUAAGGUGAUAGACCUGGAAGAUGGUGCUCUGUACCGCUUUAGAGUCAUGGCUGUGAAUGCAGCUGGAGAGUCUGACCCAACCAACCUGAAGGAGCCAAUCAGAGUACAGGAGAGACUUGAGCCUCCAGAGUUGAUUCUGGAUGCUGGAAUGACCCGAGAGGUGAAGGCCAUGGCUGGUACUCACAUCACCCUGAUGGCCACCAUCAAAGGCGUGCCAUUCCCCACAGUCACCUGGAAGAAGAACGAUGCAGAGGUUCCUACCAGAGCUGACAUUGAGACAAACCAGGCUGGUACAAAGCUGGAGAUGAGAUUCUGCAACCGUGGAGACUGCGGAGACUACACUCUGACGGUGGAAAACUCGGCCGGUUCCAAGACUGCUACCUGCACUGUGCUGGUUCUUAAUAAACCUGGUCCUAUUCAGCACCUCCGGGUGUCUGACGUCAGAAGUGACUCCGCCUACCUGUCAUGGAAGGAUCCGGAAGACAAUGGCGGCUCACGCAUCACUAACUUUGUGGUAGAGAAGAAAGACACUGCAUCCACUCAGUGGGUUCCUGUCUGCUCCACCUCCAAGAAGCGCAGCAUGAUGCUAAAGCACCUGAUGGAGGGCACAUCCUACUCAUUCAGAGUUGCUGCUGAAAACCACUAUGGCCGAAGCGAAUUUGUUGAGACACCAAAAGCUAUAAAGGCAAUGAACCCUCUCUUCCCUCCUGGUCCUCCUAAAGACCUGCAUCAUGCUGAUGUGGACAAAACAGAGGUCUGGUUGGCCUGGAACUGGCCUGAUCGCGAUGGAGGAAGUGAGAUCACUGGCUUCUUUGUGGAGUAUCAGGAAGAAGGAGCCAAAGAGUGGGAAGAAUGGAAGACUGUGAGCAUCCCAGAGAGUCAUGUUACCGGCUUGGAGGAAGGAAAGACUUACCGCUUUAGAGUGAGGACUGAAAAUGCCAUUGGCCUCAGUAGACCUGACACCACACUGCCCAUCCUCUGCCAGGAGAAACUAGUCCCUCCAAUUGUCGAGGUAGAUGUUAAGCUGAUUGAAGGCAUCAUUGUGAAGGCCGGCACCACCAUCAGGUUACCAGCUAUAAUGAGAGGAAUCCCUGUUCCCUCUGCCAAGUGGUCCAUUGACGGGGAGGAAAUCACGAGCCAGGGCAACAUCAAAAUCGAUACUGACAAUUUCUCAACUGUGCUCAACAUCAACGAGUGUACCAGGAACCACACAGGCACCUACCUGCUCACUGUGUCCAAUGCGGCAGGGACGAAAACCGUGGCCCUGAGUGUAACUGUUUUGGAUGUUCCAGCUGCACCUAUUGGACCCGUCAACAUCAUGGAAGUCACUCCAGACUCCAUGACGAUCGAAUGGCGCCCUCCCAAGGAUGAUGGCGGAAGCCCUGUCACCAACUACAUUGUGGAAAAACGAGAGUCCAACAAGGAGACUUGGGGAGGCGUUAGCUCUGGCAGCCUUGAAACUCAGCUCAGGAUUACUCGCCUGCAGAAAGGAACAGAGUAUGUGGUUCGCAUUCGUGCCGCAAACAAGAUGGGAGUGGGUGCUCCACUGGAGAGCAAGCCAACAGUGGCUGAACACACUUUCAUGCCACCCAGUCCACCUGGUAAACCACAGCAUUAUGAGCUGUCUGAGGAUGCUGUUACAAUCGGAUGGACCAUGCCUCUAGCUGAUGGUGGCAGCCAGAUCACUGGCUACCUCAUAGAGCGCAGACACAAGGGAGGAAAAUGGAUCCGUGUUAAUAGGACCCCAUGCAAGGACCUCCGAUACAGAGUCCAGGGUCUGUUUGAAGGAAGUGAAUAUGAAUUCAGGGUGUUUGCAGAGAAUAUUGCUGGCUAUAGUGGUCCUUCUCCUACCUCUGACCCUUGCAAGCCUUGCAGACCCAUCUCCGUCCCAAGCUCUCCUAUAAAUCCCAAAGUUAAGGAUUACAGUAAGAACACUGCUGACCUGGUCUGGACCAAACCCUCCAGAGAUGGAGGCAGCCCCAUCCUUGGCUACACAGUAGAAAUGAAGAAAGCCGAUACCGAGGACUGGAAGACAGUAAACCUGGAUGACCUCAUCAAGCUGUGUGCUUACAGGGUGAAGGGUCUGGAAGAAGGUGUGAGCUACAGUUUCAGAGUCUAUGCUUCAAACAUGAUUGGAGACGGAGAGCCAAAAGAAAUGCCACAGUCAAUCACUGCUCAGGAUAUCCUCAUCCCUCCUGAGAUUGAAAUGGAGGCUACCUGUCGCGAUAGAUUAACCGUGCGUGUCGGCCACAACAUCAACAUCAUUGGCUACAUCAAGGCCCGUCCUGAUCCUGAGGUCAUUUGGUCAAAGGAGGAGACAGUUAUGGAGAACAGCAAACGAGUGACCAUCAUCCAGAACCUCCCGGUGGUUCACCUCAGGGUAAAAGAAGCUACGAGGAAUGAUCAUGGAAAAUACACACUGAAGGCUUCAAAUGAGGGUGGUGAGGCUUCCUGCACCAUCACAGUUAAUGUGCUGGACAGACCAAGUCACUGCCAGAAUCUGCACAUAACCUAUGCCACCAAGGACUCAUGUAUGGUCAACUGGGAGGCACCCAUUGACAAUGGUGGGUCUGAGAUCACCAAUUACAUUGUGGAGUGCCGUGAGCCCAGCAUUAGCAUGUGGUCCAUGAUCUCUUCCAACUGCACCAAUCGCAAGAUCAAAGCCAAACUGAUGGAGGGCCAUGAGUACCUGUUCCGCGUCUGCGCCGUCAACAAGCUGGGACCUGGCCCCAGUGUGGAGAUCAAGACCCCUCUGCUGGCCAUCGACCCCAUUGAGAAGCCUGGUGAGCCGGAGAACUUUAGAGCCACCGACAUUGGUAAAAACUUUGUCUAUCUGAGAUGGAGGAAGCCCGACUAUGACGGUGGCAGCCCCAACCUCUCGUACAAUCUGGAGUGCAAACACAAAGAUGCUGAACAGUGGGAGAAACUCAACACUAGCACACUAACGGAUACCUUUUUCUUGGCUGCCAAGUUGGUUGAAAACCAAACCUACACAUUCAGGGUACAGACUGUGAAUGAAGGCGGAGAAAGUGCAUGGGUGAAGAUCCCUGACAUUGUGGUGAGGGAGGAGAUCCAGAAGCCAGUCAUUGACCUGAAGGUAGCUGGAAUUGUGACAGUGAAGGCUGGAGAGUCAGUCAGGAUGGAGGCUGCCCUGAGAGGAAAACCGCAGCCUGAAGUCAAAUGGACAAAAGACAAAGCUGUGGGAGACAAUCCCAGAAUGAGCUAUGAAACUGGUUCAGAUUAUUCCAAAUUUCUUCUGACCAAGUCCAGACGCUCAGACACCGGCAAGUACGUCAUCACUGCGACUAAUACAGCUGGCACCUUCACAGCUUACGCAAACGUCAACGUCUUGGAUGUGCCUGGACCAGUGAGGAACCUGAGGAUCACCGGCAUCGGAGCUGACAAAUGCAGAGUGGUGUGGGACGGUCCAGAGGACGACGGAGGCUGCGAAGUGGACAGUUACAUUUUGGAGAAAUGUGAGACCAGGAGAAUGGUCUGGUCCACAUACUCCGCCUCUGUAGUCACUCCUUACUGUAACGUCACCCGACUGGUGGAAGGUAAUGAGUACAUCUUCAGAGUGAGAGCAGAGAACAAGAUGGGAACUGGCCCUGCCAUGGAAAGCAGACCUGUAACUGUCAAGACUCAGUUCAACAGACCUGGACCCCCCGACACCCCUGAAGUUACUAAGGUCAGUAAGGAGGAGAUGACUGUGGUCUGGGCUCCACCUGAGAACGAUGGAGGAAAGUCCAUCACCGGCUACAUUCUGGAGAGGAAGGAGAAGCGGGCGGUGCGCUGGGUGGCUUGCACGAAGAGCCCCAUCUCUGAAAGACGCAUGAAAGUGACAAACCUGAUUCCAAACCAUGAAUACCAGUUCAGAGUGAAAGCAGAGAACGAGGUCGGCCUUGGAGAACCAAGCAAACCCUGCAGACCUGUUGCAGCCAAAGAUCCUAUUGAACCACCUGGACCACCAGGAGGCCUGAAGGUUUCUGACAGCACAAAGACCUCCAUUACCCUGUCCUGGUCUAAACCCGUGUACGACGGCGGCGCCCCCAUUAUUGGCUACAGCCUGGACUUGAGGCUGAAGAGCGACGCCGACCCAGAGAAACCCUCAGAGGGCUGGAAGAGAAUCGAUACCCGUGGCCCGCUGGUGAUCACAGAGUUCACUAUCGGCCAGUUGGAUGAGAAACAGGAGUAUGAGUUCAAAGUCUCCGCCCAAAACCAGGUGGGCUGGGGUCGCCACGCCUACCUGAAGGAGGCAGUGUCUCCCAAGGAGAUCCUUGAGGCCCCUGAAAUCGAGCUGGAUGCCAGUUUGAGGAAAGGCCUCGCCGUCAGGGCUGGGUGUCCCAUCCGGUUGUUUGCUGUGAUCAGAGGAAGGCCGGCACCCAAGGUGACCUGGAAGCGCCUGGGUGUGGACAACGUCAUACGCCGAGGUCACGUGGACCAGGUCGACACCAUGUGCUUCCUGGUGAUCCCUGAGAGCACCAGAGAGGAUUCUGGGAGAUAUGCACUGACUCUGUCUAACACGGCUGGAGAGAAAGCAGUGUAUGUCCGAGUCAAAGUUCUUGACACUCCUGGUCCGGUUGGCGGCUUGGACGCUACCAACAUAACUAAGACAACCGCUCAACUCUCCUGGUUGCCUCCGGAAAAUGAUGGUGGCAGCCCCAUUAUUAAUUACAUUGUGGAGAAACGGGAAGUGGAUAGAAAGACUUGGACCAAAUGCAUAGAGGACCUGAAGAAAACCAGCUUCAAGGUGACCAGCAUGACGCCAGGCAUCGAGUAUUACUUCAGAGUCAUGGCGUGCAACAAAUACGGAAUUGGAGUUCCUCAGGAUUCUCCCAGGUCCUAUCUGGCUGUGGAUCCUAUAAGUGAGCCGGACCCACCUAAGAAGAUGGAUGUGUUGGAGAUCUCAAAGAACAGUGCCACGUUGGGCUGGCUGAAGCCCCUCAGAGACGGAGGAGCUAAGAUCAACGGUUAUGUCGUUGAUUAUCAGGAAGAGGGAGCUCCCGAGGACAAGUGGACACCUUACUCUGUCGUCAAAGAUCUGACCAUUGUGGUGGUUGGUCUGAAAGAAGGAACGAAGUACAAGUUCAGAGUGGCAGCAAGGAACUCGGUCGGAGUAAGCUUGGCUCGCGAGGCGGAGGGAGUGUUUGAGGUCAAGGAGCAGCUCAUGGCUCCAAAGAUCAUCAUGCCCGAGAUUGUUACGGUGAGGGCCGGAUCGAAAAUGGUGAUUGAGGGCAUUGUGGCUGGUAAACCGGCUCCUUUCUGCAAGUGGAAGCAGGGCAACGAGGACGUACUGACCUCAGAUCGCCUGUCGGUCGUAAAGACUCUGACAACCUGUACCCUCAUCAUCAAGAACGUGAACAGAAAGGACAGCGGCUACUACAGCCUGUCUGCCGAGAACAGCACAGGCAAAGUCAACCAGAUCCUCAGAUGCAUCGUCCAGGACAUCCCUGGACCUCCAGGUGGCCCUCUGGAGAUCUCAGAAUUGGAUAUUGAUGCUUGCACGCUGCUCUGGAACUCCCCGGAGGAAGAUGGGGGCAGCAACAUCACCAACUACAUUGUGGAGAAGUGUGACAUCAGCCAGGGUGACUGGAUCACCGUUUCAGUUUCCUGCACCAAGACCAGCUUCCGAAUGACCAAACUUACAACUGGAAAGGAGUACUGGUUCAGGGUCCGGGCUGAGAACAAGUCCGGCAUCUCUGAGCCCCUCUACUCUGAGAAGAUGAUUGCCAGACAUCCGUUUGAUCCUCCAAGUGAACCCAGAAACCUGCAGAUCAACAAGAUCAACAAGGACUUUGUCAUUCUGUCUUGGGAGCGUCCCAGCAGCGACGGUGGAAGCCCCAUCACUGGUUUCUGCAUAGAGAAGAAGGAGAGGAACAGCCUGCUGUGGGUGAAGGCUAACGAGUCUGUGGUCAAAGCCACGCAGUACACCUGCACCGGCCUCAUCGAGGGCCUGGAGUACACCUUCAGGGUGUCGGCCUACAACAUGGCUGGACAGGGAAAACCCUGCAAACAGACCGACUUCAUCACCGCCAGAACUGCAAUUGACCCACCAGGUAAACCCGAAGCAAUGGAUGUGACCAAGAACUCUGUCUCAUUGGUCUGGAGCCGUCCCAAACAUGACGGUGGCAGCAAGCUGAUUGGCUACCAUGUGGAAUACACUAAGGUGCCAGAGGACAAAUGGACUUGCUGCAACGCCAACUGCAUGAACAUCCGGACUGAGAGCUACGUGGUUCAGGGCCUGGAGGAGGGUCAGAGGUACCAGUUCAGAGUCAUUGCCAAGACUGCCAUCAACGUCAGCCUCCCGUCUGAGGUGUCGGAUCCCAUUGCUGUCAUUGCUGAGAAUGUUCCUCCCCGCGUUGAACUGGGCGUCAACAUGAAGAGCCUCAUUGUGGUAAAGGCAGGCGACAACGUCUUCCUGGACGCUGAGGUUCAUGGCAAACCCCUGCCUAAGGUGAGCUGGAAGAAAGACGGUGCGCCACUGGUGAUCGCAGAGGGAAUGAAGGCAACGCAGAAGAAACACGUUCAUCUGCUGGAGCUCUACUCAGUCACCAGGAAGGAGACUGGAGACUACACCGUCCUCGCUGAAAACCUGAGUGGUAGCAAGUAUGCCACCAUUAAGGUCAAGGUGCUGGACAAACCCGGCCCUCCAGCCUCAAUAAAAAUCGCCAAAGUGUUCGCUGACCGUGUGAAGAUUCGCUGGGAGCCUCCACUCGCAGAUGGAGGAUCUGAAAUCACCAACUACAUUAUUGAGAAGCGUGAAACCAGCAGGGCCAACUGGGCGCUGGUAACCGCUAACAUCCACGGCCACAUCACCGACUGCUCAGUGGAAAAGCUCAUCGAGGGUCAUGAGUACCAGUUCAGAGUGAGUGCUGAGAACCAGUACGGUGUGGGAGACGCCACCAUGACUGACGCCGUAACCGUGAAGAACCCAUACGAUGUUCCUGGGCCAUGUGAGCCACCGGUCAUUACCAACAUCACCAAGGACUCCAUGACAGUCAGCUGGAAAGCCCCCGCCAAUGACGGCAAAGCUCCCAUCCUGGGUUACCUGGUGGAGAAGCGUGAGGCCACAGAGUUGGCCUGGGCUAAGGUUAACCGCCGACCCGUUAUCGACAGAACCAUCAAGGCAGUUCAGCUGACUGAAGGCUCAGAGUACGAAUUCAGAGUCAUCGCCUUGAACAAGGCCGGCCUGGGCAAACCCAGCGAUCCGUCCAACGCCGCUCUGGCUGUUGACCCCGUCUAUCCGCCUGGCCCACCUGCGUUCCCCAAGGUGGUGGACUCUACCAAGCAUUCGAUCAGCCUCAGCUGGACCAAACCAGCUUACGAUGGUGGCUGUGAGAUUAUUGGAUAUCUGGUGGAGUGCAAGCGAGCCGACGCCGAGGAGUGGACCAAGUGCAACGUCCCGAAGAAACUCCAGGCCACCAAAUUUGUGGUGACCAGCCUGAUGGAAAACACAGAGUACCAGUUCAGAGUCAUUGCCGUCAACAAGAUUGGCUACAGCGACCCCAGCGAGGUUCCUGGGAACCACAUGGCCAAGGAUAUCCUGAUUGCCCCUGAAGGUGAGCUGGAUGCUGAUCUGAGGAAGGCUUUGGUUCUGCGAGCCGGCAUCACCAUGAGGCUGUACGUCCCACUGAGGGGACGCCCGGCGCCCAAGGUGACAUGGACAAAGGUGGACGCCAACCUGAAGGAGAGGCAGGGCCUGCUGAUCAAGACGUCCGACUGGGACACCCUGCUAAUGAUUGAGGACAUUAACAGAUAUGAUGCAGGCAAAUAUGUCCUGUCUCUGGAGAAUAGCAGUGGAUCUAAGAGCUACACCAUCAUUGUUAAAGUCCUCGACUCACCUGGACCACCUGCCAACCUGACUGUGAAGGAGACCUCCAGGACCCACGCCUGGAUAAGCUGGGAGCCACCGCUGAUCGAUGGUGGAAGUCCAGUAAAAAGCUACGUUGUGGAGAAACGUUUGGCUGAGAGGAAGGCGUGGACCUGCGUCUCCGCUGAGUGCCACAAGACUUCCUUCAGGAUCACCAAUCUGGAGCCGGGUCAAGCAUACUGCUUCAGAGUUCUGGCUGAAAACGCUUAUGGCAUCGGAGAGGGCUGCGAGACGGCAGGCAGCGUCCGGGCCUCCGAACAACCUGGUCCAGUGACAGACUUCAGAGCCCAAAAGACCACCAAAGACUCUAUUACAUUGAGCUGGAAGAAACCCAUUAGUGAUGGCGGAAGCUACAUUACCUCUUACAUCCUGGAGCAGAGCGAAGGAGAGGAGAAAUGGAAGGAGAUUAUGAAGGGCAAGAACACCAGUCACACCGUCAGUGAGCUGGCAGACGGCAAGGAGUAUUUAUUCCGGGUCAAGGCCCUCAACGAGUCUGGAGAAGGGCCACCAACUGAGCUCACUGCUGUUGCCAAGGACCAGUUUGUGCUGCCUGACUGCAACUUGAGCAGUCUUCAUGAUGGUUGCUGCGUGGUGAAGGAGGGCACCACCAUGCGCAUCAACAUCCCUGUCAUUGGAGUGCCUCACCCUACCGCCACCUGGAAGAAGGGCGACAUGGGACUUGGUGACACUGGCCGUAUAUGUGUUGAGGCCUCCCAGGGCAUUACCACUCUACUGGUCAGAGACUGCCAGAGAGGAGAUGCGGAUACCUACACCAUCAAUGUCAGGAAUAGCGCAGGCUCAAAGGACUGCAAGUUCCAGUUGAAGGUCGUUGGAAAGCCCGGAUUAUGCACUGGACCCAUCAAGUUUGAUGAGAUAACUGCUGAUGGCAUCACCCUGGAGUGGGCACCGCCUAAAGACGAUGGAGGUGCAGAGGUGUCCAAUUACAUCGUUGAGAAGAGGAGGACAACAGACAACAAAUGGGCCACGGUGGCUUCAGCCAUCCAGAAGACCACCAUGAGGGUGAUCAGACUCCACGAUGGAAUAGAGUACAUCUUCAGAGUGUGUGCUGAGAAUAAGUACGGCAUCGGAGAGUUCCUGAGGUCUGACCCAGUCAUUGCCCAGCAUCCUUUCAAUGUACCUGAGGCGCCAGCUCCUCCUGAGAUUCUGAGCAUUCGACAUGAGUCAGCCAUUCUGACUUGGGCUGAUCCAAAAGACUCUGGUGGCUCCCCAAUCACUGGGUAUCACCUUGAGUUUAAGGAGAGAAACAGCCUGAUGUGGAAGCGAGCUAGUAAGACUCCUUUGAGAGUAAAGGAGUGUAGAGUUACGGGUCUCGUUGAAGGACUAGAGUAUGAGUUCAGGGUGAUGGCUAUGAAUGUGGCCGGCCUUGGAAAGGCAAGCAAAGUCACUGAGGCUGUUGUCGCCCUUGAUCCUAUAGAUCCACCUGGUAAACCAGAUGUGAUUAAUGUUACCAGGAACACAGUCACUCUAAUUUGGACUACUCCUAAAUAUGAUGGUGGCUAUAAGCUGACUGGCUAUAUGGUGGAGAAACUUGAGGCUGGUGGAAAGGCAUGGAUGAAGGCCAAUCACGUGAACAUCCAGAGCUGUGCUUUCACCGUUACAGACCUGACAGAAGGAGCUCAGUAUCAGUUUAGAAUCAGGGCCAAGAAUGCUGCUGGUGCUGUCAGUGUUCCCUCAGAGACCACUGAAUCACUGACCUGCAAGGAUGAGUAUGAGCCUCCAUCUAUCACUCUUGACCAAGAGAUGAAGGAGGUUGUGUCUGUCAAGGCAGGAGACACAAUUGUUAUCUCAGCUGCAAAGAUUGUGGGCAAACCUCCCCCAACUGCUUUCUGGUCCAAGGGAGGUCGUGAAUUCAAGAACUCUGACAUUGUCACUGUAACUAGCACUCCAACCUCUUCAACCCUUUCUAUCAAGUAUGCAAGCCGGAAGAAUACUGGAGAGUACACAAUUAAUGCUAGUAACCCAUUUGGUAUUAAGGAAGAACACAUUAAAGUAAAGGUCCUAGAUGUUCCUGGACCACCAGGCCCUAUUGAAGUCAGUAACAUUUCAGCUGAGAAGUGUACCCUGACCUGGCUUCCACCUGAAGAGGACGGAGGCUCCUCUAUCAAGUCCUACAUCCUUGAGAAGAGAGAGACUAGCCGCUUGCAGUGGACCAAAGUUGCAGAAAAUAUUGUGGACUGCAGACAUGUAGCCAGUAAACUGAUCAAGGGCAAUGAGUACAUCUUUAGAGCGUGUGCUAUAAACCAGUAUGGCACAGGAGACUCUAGCCUGUCUGGUCCCGUCAAAAUGGCUGACAGCUUUGGUCCACCAGGUCCACCCUCAGCUCCAGAGGUAGAUAAUGUCAGUCGGAAUGCUGUUACCAUUUCAUGGAAGAGACCUGUACAGGAUGGAGGAAGUGACAUUAGAGGAUAUUGUGUAGAAAGGAAAGAAAGGAGAGGAAUGAGAUGGGUGAGAGCCUGCAAGAGGACAGUUCCUGACCUUCGCUUCAAGGUGCAAGGCCUGAGUGAGGGAGUAGAGUAUGAGUUUAGAGUCACUGCUGAGAAUAAAGCUGGAUUUGGGCCGCCAAGUGAGCCAUCGCGCCCUGUAAUGACCAAGGAUAUUGUAUAUCCACCUGGUCCUCCAUCCAACCCUAGAAUUACAGAAACCACAAAAACUACAGCAGCCUUUGCUUGGGGCCGUCCUCAUUAUGAUGGUGGUCUUGAAGUAGAAGGUUACAUUGUUGAGUAUAAAAAGGAGGGUCAUGAUGACUGGGAGACAGAGACACAAUAUCCAGUUAAAGUUACUGAAUAUGUCAUUGGUAAACUUCAAAAAGGAGGCAAAUACCACUUCAGAGUUAGUGCUGUAAACUCUGAGGGAGUCGGUGAGCCUGCAGAGGUUGAGAAAGUGACUGAACUAGUUUACCAGGAAACAAUACCAGACUUUGAGUUGGAUGCAGAGCUCAGGAAAACUCUGGUUGUCAGAUGCCGUGCUUCAAUUCGUCUAUUUGUUCCUAUCAAGGGCCGUCCUGUUCCUGAAGUCACUUGGAGCAAAGAAAAUACCAACCUGAAAGCACGUGCACACAUUGAUACAACAGAGUCCUACACUCUACUGGUUAUUCCUGACUGCACUAGGUACGACGCAGGAAAAUACCAUCUCUCUUUGGAGAAUGUUGCUGGUAAGAAGUCAGGCUUUGUCAACGUGAAAGUUCUGGACACACCUGGACCUCCAGUCAACCUUAAACCAAGAGAGAUCACUAAAAACAGCAUAACUCUCCAGUGGGAAAUCCCUAUUAUUGAUGGAGGGUCCAAGAUUCAUAACUACAUCAUUGAAAAGAGAGAUGCUACAAAGAAGGCUUAUACAGUGCUUAGCACCACAUGGCAAAAGUGCUCUUUUAAAUUUCAAGACCUUGAGGAGGGAGCUUACUACUACUUCCGUGUUUCUGCUGAAAAUGACCUUGGUGUAGGUGAACCUGCUGAAACCCCUGAGCCCAUAAGAGUAUCUCAGGCCCCCUCUGCACCAGAUAACUUGUACGUUACUGAUUUGACCAAUGACAGCGCAAGUCUUGCAUGGACCAAGCCUCUUCAUGAUGGCGGUAGCUUGAUUACAGGAUAUGUCAUUGAGGCUCAAAAGAAAGACACUGAUCAAUGGGUCCACAUAACCACCAUUAAGGCUCUAGAUUAUACUGUGACAGAUCUGAUUGAGGGUGCUGAAUACAUCUUCCGUAUAAUGGCUGUCAAUGCAUCAGGCAGGAGUGAUCCUCGUGAGAGCCGGCCAGCUGUGAUUAAAGAGCAAACUUCUGCUCCAUCUUUUGACCUGAGAGGAGUCUACCAGAAAACUGUAAUUGCCAAAGCAGGGGACCGUGUUAAGGUGGAGAUUCCAGUGCUGGGAAAACCCAGGCCUGUUGUGUCAUGGAAGAAAGGAGACAUGGCUCUUAAGGAAACACAAAGAAUCAACACUGAAACCACAGCAACAUCAACAAUCCUAAACAUCAGUGAGAUCAAAAGAACUGAUGAAGGCCAGUAUUCCAUAACUGGAAAGAAUAUCCUGGGCACACUGACAGAAACCAUCACAGUCCUGGUCCAUGACAUUCCAGGUCCUCCUACUGGUCCUGUCAAGCUGGAUGAGGUGUCUUGUGAUUAUGUUAUUAUGUCCUGGGAACCACCAGAGAAUGAUGGAGGUGUUCCUAUAAACAAUUAUAUUGUUGAGAUGCGUGAGACUACAGGUACUUCAUGGGUGGAGUUGGCAGCUACAGUUAUUCGCACCACAUUCAAAGCAGCACGACUUAAUACUGGAACCCAGUAUCAGUUCCGUAUCAAGGCUCAGAACAGAUAUGGUGUUGGACCAUGUGUUCUGUCUGAAUCAGUGUUUGCUGCCUAUCCAUUUGAUGUGCCAGGCCAGCCUGGCAUUCCUGUAGUUACAGCUUUCAACAAAGAUUCAAUGACUCUUAGUUGGAAUGAGCCAUCUUCUGAUGGAGGCAGUCCUAUUCUUGGGUAUCAUGUGGACAGAAAAGAGAAAAACAGUAUCCUGUGGCAGAGGAUCAGCAAAGCUCUUGUUAUUGGAAACAUCUUUAAAUCAUCAGGCCUUGUUGAUGGCAUUGCAUAUGAACACCGUGUCAUUGCUGAAAACAUGGCUGGUCUCAGCAAACCUAGCAAACCCUGUGAGGCUACAUAUGCUUUGGACCCAGUUGACUCACCAGGUAGGCCUGUGGCAUUGAAUAUCACCAGACAUGAGGUGACAUUGUCAUGGACCAAACCAGAAGGUGACGGAGGAUUUUCUAUUACGGGAUACACAGUGGAGAGGAAGGAGAUGCCUAAUGGACGCUGGCUUAAAGCAAAUUUCAACAACAUUCUAGAAACCAUGUUCACAGUCAGUGGUCUGACUGAAGAGGCAACCUAUGAGUUCCGUGUGCUUGCUCGAAACUCAGCUGGUGCUGUUAGUGCUCCAUCACAGCCAUCAGAAGCCAUCACAUGCAGAGAUGACAUUGAAGAACCCAGGCUUGAUAUUGAUGCAUCAUAUAGCAGUAAUGUUGUAGUAAUGGCAGGAGAACCAUUCAAGUUGGAAGCCAGUGUAACCGGCAGGCCAAUUCCUUCUCUAGUAUGGACCAAGGAAGGAAAGGAGCUGGAGGACACAGCUAAAAUAGAAAUUAAGACAUCUGACUUCCACACAACCUUAAUCAGCAAAGAUUCUCUAAGGAGAGAUGGUGGUGCUUUUACCCUGACUGCAAGCAAUCCUGGUGGAUUUGCAAAGUUCACUUUUAAUGUUAAAGUACUCGACAGACCUGGACCACCAGAUUCCCUUUCAGUUACGGACGUUGCUGCAGAAAAAUGUGUGCUUAACUGGCUGCAUCCAACACAUGAUGGUGGUGCCAAAAUUGAAUACUUCAUCAUACAGAGGCGUGAGACCAGCAGGUUGGCAUGGACAAAUGUAGCCACAGACCUUCAAGCAAACAGGUUUAAGGUCACAAAGCUUCUUAAAGGAAAUGAGUAUAUUUUCAGAGUAAUGGCUGUCAAUAAGUAUGGCAUAGGUGAACCCCUUGAAUCAGAGCCUGUGACUUGUGUCAACCCAUAUGGUCCCAGUGACCCACCAACACAGCCUGAGGUCACAACUAUCACCAAAGACUCAAUGGUUGUCUGCUGGGAGCGUCCUGAACAUGAUGGAGGCAGUAGAAUUAAUACAUACAUAAUUGAAAGAAGGGAUAAGACAGGUCUACGUUGGGUGAAAUGUAACAAGAGGACUGUGACAGAUUUGCGAUUCAAGGUCUCUGGUCUCACACAAGGUCACGAGUAUGAAUUUAGAGUUUUUGCUGAAAAUAAUGCUGGUCUCAGUAAGCCCAGCUCUUCUAGUCCAUUCUACAAGGCUGUUGACACAAUCUUUCAGCCUGGACCUCCAGGAAACCCAAGAGUGCUUGACACCUCUAAAUCAUCCAUUACUAUCGCCUGGAAUAAACCUGUUUAUGAUGGUGGUUCUGAAAUCACUGGUUACAUUGUGGAGACUUGCCUGCCUGAGGAGGAUGAGUGGACAAUUCAUACUCCUAAGAAAGGAUGGACAGCCACAUCUUUUACCAUUACUAGUCUGAAAGAAAACCAGGAGUAUAAAAUCAACAUCUGUGCAACAAAUUCUGAAGGGGUGGGAGAACCUGCUGCUGUACCUGGAACCCCUAAGGCCGAAGACAGAUUAAUUUCGCCUGAAAUUGAACUUGGAGCAGAGCUACGUAAAGUUGUUUCCAUCAGAGCCUGUAGCACACUCAGACUUUUUGUCCCCAUCAAGGGAAGGCCAGCACCAGAAGUAAAAUGGUCAAGAGAGCAUGGAGAAUCCCUGGACAAGGCUAACAUUGACAUUACCCCAUCAUUCACAACUCUUCAGAUAGACAAUGUUGACAGGUUUGAUGGAGGUAAAUACUUGGUGACAGUAGAGAAUGCCUCAGGAAGUAAAACAGCUUUUGUUAAUGUUAGAGUACUAGAUACUCCUGGACCACCUCAGAAUCUCAUUGUUAAGGAGGUCACAAGAGAUUCAGUUUCCCUGGUUUGGGAUGCACCUCUCAUAGAUGGGGGCUCCAGAGUCCGCAGCUACAUUGUGGAGAAGCGCGAGUCAACCAGGAAAGCCUACUCAACCGUAUGUGCCAGCUGCCAUAAGUCUAGUUGGAAAGUGGGAGACCUGGAAGAAGGAAAAUUGUACUUUUUUAGAAUAGUCGCUGAAAACGAAUUCGGUAUUGGUCUCCCAGUUGAAACCAUUGAACCAAUUAAGGCAUCAGAAAAGCCUCUGCCACCUGGCAAAGUAUCUCUCCUUGAAGUUACCGGAAGAAGUGUCACACUAACUUGGGAAAAACCAGACCAUGAUGGAGGAAGCAGAAUUACAGGCUAUAAUGUUGAGAUGCAAUGUAAAGGAAGUGAAAAAUGGACACAAGUGAUGGUGGUAAAGACAAACGAGGCCCAAGUAACUGGACUCACAUAUGGAGAGGAGUAUACGUUCCGAAUCUCUGCAUUCAAUGAAAAGGGUGUUAGUGACGCCCGGCCUCUCAAUGUACCUGUGGUGGCUAAAGAUUUAGUAAUACCACCAGCUUUCAAACUGAUUUUCAGCACAUUCAGUGUACUGGCAGGAGAUGAUCUUAAGAUUGAUGUACCAUAUGUUGCCUGUCCUAAGGCUACUGCAACUUGGCUGAAGGAUGAUGUCAUUCUCAAAGAAACAACAAGAGUUAAUGCUGAGGCCACAGACAAAAACCUCCUUCUUAUCAUUAAGGAGGCUUGCAGAGACGAUGUGGGCAAAUAUACUAUAAAACUAAACAAUACUGCUGGGGAGGCUACAACAGAUAUCAGUGUUGUUGUCUUGGACAAACCUGGUCCUCCAACUGGCCCAAUCAAGCUGGAUGACGUCACAGCAGACAGUGUUGUCUUGUCUUGGGAUCCACCACAAUAUGAUGGAGGUUGCUCAAUCAACAAUUACAUUGUAGAGAAGAGAGAUACCUCAACUACAAACUGGCAGAUUGUGUCUGCUACUGUAGCUAGAACAACCAUCAAAGCGGCUCGUCUGAAGACUGGUUCAGAGUAUCAAUUUCGAAUUGCUGCAGAAAAUAGAUAUGGCAAGUCAUCUUUUCUAAUUUCUGAUAGUAUUGUUGCGCAGUAUCCAUUUGAGGUGCCCAGUUCACCACGAUCUGUUGUGGUAAAGUCAGCCACCAAAGAGACCAUGACUGUUGUGUGGGAGAAUCCCAGCAAUGACGGUGGAAGCAAAAUUCUGGGCUACCACUUAGAACUUAAAGAGAGAAACAGCAUUCUCUGGGUGAAACAAAACAAGCAGAUAAUCCCAGAAACCAGAUUUAAAGUGGUUGGACUUGAAGAGGGCAUUGAAUACGAGUUUAGAGUGUAUGCUGAGAAUAUCGUUGGCCUCAGCAAACCUAGCAAGGUGAGUGAAAUCCAAGUAGCCAGGGAUCCUUGUGACAGACCCGGAAAACCAGAGGCUGUCAUUGUAACAAGAAGCCAAGUGACACUGAGAUGGACCAAGCCUGAAUUUGAUGGUGGCAUCAAAAUCACUGGUUAUGUUGUUGAGAAAAAAGAGGCAAGUGGGCGUUGGAUGAAGGCCAGUUUUGCCAACAUUAUUGAAACUGAAUUUGUUGUCACAGGACUUACUGAGGAUCAAAUCUAUGAUUUCCGUGUCAUUGCCAAAAAUGCAGCCGGUGUCUUUAGCCAACCAUCUGAUUCUUCUGGAUCCAUCACUGCCAAGGAUGAGAUUGAUCCACCAAAAAUUGACCUGGAAACUAAAUACUCCCAGGUUGUGGUUGUAAAUGCCGGAGAGACAUUUAAACUUGAGGCUGCUAUUUAUGGUAAGCCAGUGCCCACUGUACACUGGCUGAAAGAAGGUACUGAGAUUACAGAAGCAGCUCGUUUAGAAAUCCAUAAUACCGAUUUUUCAGCUUGUCUAAUUGUUAAGGAAGUUAUUCGUGUUGAUGGAGGACAGUACACAUUGCUGGUAAAGAAUGUUGGUGGAGAAAAAGUUAUUAACAUUAAUGUCAAGGUAUUGGACAGACCAGGUCCACCUGAGGGCCCUAUCUCUAUUUAUGGUGUCACCAGUGAGAAAUGUUCAAUUUCCUGGAAACCUCCCUUGCAAGAUGGAGGUAGUGAUAUCUCCCAUUAUAUUGUUGAGAGAAGGGAAACCAGCAGGCUGGUAUGGACUGUAGUUGAGCAAAAGGUUCAGACCCUAAAUCUAAAAAUCACCAAACUUCUUCCUGGUAAUGAAUACAUCUUCAGAGUGAUCCCUGUCAACAAAUAUGGUAUUGGUGAGCCUUUGGAAUCUGAGUCGAUGAUUGCCAAAAAUCCAUUUGUCGCACCAAGUCCACCAACUGACGUAGAUGUUUCUUCAAUUACUAAGGACUCUAUGGUGGUAACCUGGGAGAGACCAAAUAAUGAUGGUGGCAAUUCCAUUCAGGGGUAUGUCAUUGAGAAACGUGAUAAGGAUGGUGUGAGAUGGACAAGGUGCAACAAGCGCAGUGUGACAGAGUUGCGUUUCAGAGUGACAGGACUCAUAGAAAACCAUAGCUAUGAAUUCAGAGUAGCUGCUGAGAAUGCUGCUGGAAUUGGUACACCUAGCACACCAACAGUGUACUACAAAGCAUUGGAUCCUGUUUUCAAACCAGGCCCACCCAACAACCCCAAGGUAGUAGACACCUCUAGGUCUACUGUAUCUCUUACAUGGGGUAAGCCCAUAUAUGAUGGUGGAAGUGAGAUCAAGGCUUACAUUGUUGAAGCAAAUGAUGUAGCAGCUGAUGAGUGGUUUAUGUGCACUCCACCCACUGGAAUAACAGACACUAAAUUCACAGUGAAAAAGCUUCUGGAAAAGCAUGAGUACCAGUUUAGAGUUUGUGGAAUCAACAAAAUUGGUGUUGGUGAACAUGCUGAUGUGCCUGGUAAAAUACUUCUUGAAGAGAAGCUUGAGGCUCCUGACCUUGAAUUAGAUGCUGAUAUGAGAAAAAUGAUCAACAUCAGAUCAGCUUGCACACUCAGGUUGUUUGUACCUGUGAAAGGGCGGCCAGCUCCUGAGCUGAAAUGGGGAAAGGUUGAAGGUGAGAUUAAAGAGACUGCCCAAAUUGACAACACAGGAAGCUAUGCUUCACUUACCAUUGAGAAUGUUGACCGAUUUGACAGUGGCAAGUACACACUGACUGCAGAGAAUGCCAGUGGAGUUAAAUCAGUGUUCAUCAGUGUCAGAGUCCUGGAUUCUCCUAGUCCACCAACUAACUUAACAGUUAAAGAGAUUACUAAGAACUCUGUCACUCUUUCAUGGGAACCUCCACUUCUGGAUGGUGGUUCAAAGAUUAAGCAUUAUAUUGUUGAGAAGCGUGAAAGCACAAGAAAGGUUUAUACUACCAUUACAACAUGUAACAAGAUGUCAUGGAAAGUUGAACCUCUUCCAGAGGGUGGAAUCUUCUUCUUUAGGGUCUUGGCUGAGAAUGAAUAUGGUGUGGGUCUCCAAGCUAAAACUAUGGAGCCAAUUAAAAUAUCUGAGAAGCCUCAGCCACCCGGUAAGGUUAGUGUUCUUGACGUCACUCACAGUACUGUUACUCUAAGGUGGGAGAAAUCUGAACAUGAUGGUGGUAGUAGGAUCAGUUAUUAUGAAAUUGAAAUGGCUCCUAAGGACAGUGAGGCAUGGACUGUGUGUGCUAGUGUAAAAGGGCUUGAGACAGUAGUGAGCAACCUUCUCAAGGGAGAGGAAUAUCAGUUCAGAGUUGUUGCUGUAAAUGAGAAAGGUAAAAGUGACCCAAGACAACUGGCUCAAUCAGUUGUAGCCAAGGACCUAAUCAUUGAGCCUUCUGUGAGACCCAAAUCAAGUUCCUACAGUGUUCAGGUGGGAAAUGACCUCAAGAUAGAGGUUCCAGUUGCUGGUCAUCCAAAACCAACCAUAAGCUGGACUAAGGAUGGAGUGGCACUUAAGCAGACCACCAGAGUAAAUGUCAGUGACUCAGCACAUCACACCACUCUAACCAUAAAGGAUGCCACCAGAGAGGAUGGUGGUAUGUACACUGUCACUAUUGCUAAUGCCUUGGGUUCCAAGGAUGCCACUAUUGAAGUUAUCACCCUGGAUAAACCAGGACCACCAACAGGUCCAAUCAAAAUUGAUGAUGUUAGUGCUGAGAGUGUCACUCUUAAUUGGGAACCUCCCUCAUACACAGGUGGCUGUCCAAUCUCCAACUAUGUAGUGGAAAAGAGAGACACAACUACAACCAAUUGGGUUGUUGUGUCUGCCACUGUGGCUAGAACAACUUUAAAGGUUGCCAAUCUCAAGACUGGUGGUGAAUACCAGUUUAGAAUCUUUGCUGAAAACAGAUAUGGAAAGAGUUACGCAAUUGAUUCAGUGCCUGUUGUAGCACAAUAUCCAUUCCAAGAACCUGGACCACCAGGAACACCAUUUGUUUCCUCAUACACUAAAGACUACAUGGUGGUCGAGUGGCAUAAACCUCCAUCUGAUGGAGGCAGUGCCAUUUUGGGUUAUCAUUUGGAGAGGAAAGAGAAAAAUAGUAUCCUGUGGACAAAGAUCAACAAAAUGCUCAUUCAAGAUUGUAAAUUCAAGUCUACUCCUCUUGAGGAAGGCAUUGAGUAUGAGUAUAGAGUAUAUGCUGAGAAUAUAGUUGCCAUUGGAAAAUGCAGCAAAGUCUCAGAAGUUUAUGUAGCCCGUGACCCAUGUGAUCCUCCUGGCCGUCCAGAGGCUGUAAUUGUAACCAGACACUCGGUGAUGCUGAGAUGGACACCCCCUCAAUAUGAUGGUGGAAGCAUUGUAACUGGCUAUUUAAUGGAGAAACGUGACCUUCCAGAGGGAAAAUGGAUGAAAGCUAGUUUCACAAACAUUAUUGAAAAUGAAUUUACAGUUACUGGCCUUACAGAAGACAGUAAAUAUGACUUCAGAGUGAUUGCAAGGAAUGCCGCUGGUGCUGUCAGCAAGCCCUCUGAGAGCACAGGAUCCAUAACAGCUAAGGAUGAAGUUGAGCCACCCAAGUGUGAAACUGAUCCUAUAUACAAUCAGACAAUUGUCCUUAAUGCUGGAGAGACUUUCAGUCUGGAGGCUAGUGUAGAAGGAAAGCCCAUCCCAACAGCCCAGUGGUUCAAAGGAAGUGUUGAAGUUGAAAACUCAGCAAGAGCUGAAAUUAAAAACACUGAUUUUAAAGCAUUACUUGUAGUAAAGGACUCCAUCAGAGUGGAUGGCGGACAGUACACUUUGGUUCUGACAAAUGUUGCAGGAACUAAGACGGUCCCGUUCACUGUGAAGGUUCUUGAUAGACCAGGCCCAUCCGAGGGACCCCUCACAGUCAGUAAUGUUGCUGAGGAGAAAUGCUCACUGUCAUGGCUGCCACCCAGGCAUGACGGAGGAGCAAGCAUUUCUCACUACAUUAUUCAAAAGAGAGAAACUAGCCGCUUGGCUUGGACUGUGGUCUCCAGUGAUUGUGGAGCUACAAUGUUCAAGGUUACCAAACUAUUGAAAGGCAAUGAGUACAUCUUCAGAGUUUUGGCUGUCAACAAGUAUGGAGUAGGGGAACCUCUGGAAUCUGAGCCAGUUAUCAUGAGAAAUCCAUUUGUUCCUCCUGGUUCACCUCGUGAACUAGAAAUCACUAACAUUACUAGGGAUUCAAUGACUGUUUGCUGGAACCGCCCACAGUCUACAGGAGGAAGUGACAUUGCUGGUUACAUUAUUGAAAAGAGAGACAGAGCUGGAGUGAGAUGGACCAAGUGCAAUAAACGUAGAGUGACUGAUUUGCGUUUUAGAGUAACAGGUCUCACUGAGGACCAUGAUUAUGAGUUCAGGGUAUCUGCUGAAAAUGCAGCUGGAUUGGGCCAGCCAAGCCCACCUACACCUUAUCUCAAAGCCUGUGACCCUACUUUUGAACCAGGUAUUCCCACUAAUGCCCACGUAGUUGACACAACAAAAGAUUCCAUCAGCUUAGCUUGGCACAGGCCUAUAUAUGAUGGGGGUUGUGAAAUUCAAGGAUAUGCUGUUGAAAUAACCAAGGCAGAAGAAGAGGAAUGGACUAUUUGCACACCACCCACUGGAGUGAAUCUUACCAAGUUUACCAUCAAAAACCUGAUAGAACAUCAAGAAUACAAGGUGCGUGUCUGUGCUAUGAAUAAAAUUGGUGUUGGUGAGCCCACCGAAAUUCUGGGAGUUGUAAUCCCUGUGGAUAAAAUUGACCCCCCAGAGAUGAUUUUGGAUUCAGAGCUCAGGAAGGGAAUAGUUGUUCGUGCAGGAGGCUCAAUGAGAAUCUGUGUGCCUUUUAAGGGCCGUCCCACUCCUGACGUAAGCUGGGCUAAAGAGGAUGGUGAACUGCCCAGUAAAGCACAGAUUGAGACUGCUGAACAUUUCACACAGCUCUCUAUUGACAUUUGUGAUAAAUAUGAUGCUGGAAAAUACAUCCUCAACGUAGCAAACAGUGCUGGUAGCAAAUCAGCUUUUGUCUCUGUUAAAGUUCUGGACACUCCAGGGGCUCCAUUAAAUCUUAAAGUUAAAGACAUAAAAAGGGAGAGUGUCACUUUGACUUGGGAACCCCCUGUAAUUGAUGGUGGCUCAAGAAUAAAGAAUUACUUGGUUGAGAAGCGUGAGUCAACCAGGAAGGUGUACUCUAAUGUAGACAAUAAAUGUACAAAGACAAGUUACCGUAUCACAGGUCUUACUGAGGGAACGAUUUAUUACUUUAGAGUCUUAGCAGAAAAUGAAUUUGGUGUUGGACAAUCAGUUGAAACAAAAGAAUCUGUUAAAACAUCUGAGCCACCUUUAUCUGUGGGUAAAGUUAAUUUGACUGAAGUCACAAAAACCACAGCCUCACUCUCCUGGGAGAAACCAGUCCAUGAUGGAGGCAGCAGGAUCAUUGGAUACUACAUUGAGAUGCAGCCUGUGGGGUCAGAAGAAUGGGUUGUGGCUGCCACAACUAAGACCUGUGAGGGUACUGUUACUGGUCUAAGUGCAGGACAUGAGUACCUUUUUAGAGUAUCAGCCUUCAAUGAAAAAGGAAAGAGUGACCCAAGGCCUCUGGCUGCAGCAGUUACUGCUAAAGAUGUUACUGUUGAACCUGGAUUCAAGAUGAGAUUCAAUACCUACAGCUUACAACAAGGCGAGGAUCUGAAAAUUGAGAUUCCAGUUCUUGGACGUCCUGUUCCAAAGGUUGAAUGGAAAAAGGAAGGACAACUUCUUAAAGAGACAACUAGAAUAAAUGUAUCAAGCACACCAUCAUCUACAAAGUUGGUAAUCAAAGAUGCCAGUAAAGAAGAUGCUGGCAAGUACACUAUUACAGCAACCAGCAGCAUUGGAACAGCUACAGAGGAGAUUACUGUUAUCAUUCUUGACAAACCUGGACCUCCUACAGGUCCUGUGAAGAUUGAUGAAGUGAGUUCUAAUUUUGUUACCCUCUCCUGGGAACCACCAGAGUAUACUGGAGGUUGUCAGAUCAACAACUACAUUGUAGAGAAGAGAGACACCACUACUACUGUGUGGCAAAUUGUUUCUGCUACAAUAGCCAGGACAACCAUAAAAGUCAGCAAUUUGAAGACUGGCACUGAAUAUCAAUUUAGAGUCUCAGCUGAGAAUAGAUAUGGAAAGAGUUCAGCUAUUGUCUCUUCUGCUGUGGUUGCCAAGUAUCCAUUCAGUGAGCCUGCUGCCCCUGGAAUACCAGUUAUUACAUCUGCAACCAAAGAGAACAUGGUUGUUGAAUGGAAACCCCCCACCAACAAUGGGGGUAGUCCAAUUCUAGGCUAUCACCUGGAGAGAAAGGAGAAGAACAGCCUUUUAUGGGCCAAACUAAACAAGCUUCUUAUUCCAGAUGCACGAUUUAAAACCACAGAAUUGGAAGAGGGCAUAGAGUAUGAAUUUAGAGUUUAUGCUGAGAACAUUGCUGGCCUCAGCCCAGCUAGCAAGGUCUCAGAGAGCACAGUAGCCAGGGAUCCAUGUGACCCACCAGGCACUCCUGAGGCUAUUGAAAUCACCAGAAACCAUAUCACACUUCAAUGGACCAGACCCCAGUACGAUGGAGGCAGUGCAAUCACUGGGUAUUUGAUUGAGAGGAGGAAGCACCCAGAUAAACGCUGGAUGAAAGCAAGCUUCACCAACAUCAUUGAUACCCAAUACACUCUCACUGGACUCACUGAGGAUCGUGUUUAUGAGUUUAGAAUCAUUGCUAGGAAUGCUGCUGGUAUUUCUAGUUGCCCAUCUGAAAGCACAGGAGAAAUAACAGCUAAAGAUGAAAUUGAGGCUCCAGAUGCCACCAUGGAUUCUAAGUUCAAAGAUCUCACAGUUGUUCAUGCUGAUGAGACAUUUAUCAUUGAUGCUGAUUACACUGGUAAGCCUCUGCCUGAGGUCACAUGGUUAAAGGAUGGAAAGGAAAUUGACAAAGCUACAGCAAGAAUGGAAAUCAAGACCACACUUACCCGCACCAUCCUGACAGUUAAAGACUGUAUACGAGUUGAUGGUGGCCACUUUGUUCUCAAGCUUGUUAAUGUGGGUGGAGUCAAAAUGAUCCCAGUUAAUGUAAAGGUUCUGGACAGACCUGGUCCUCCAGAUGGACCAUUAGAAGUGAAAGGAGUGACAGCUGAAAAAUGUUAUCUGCACUGGAGCCAUCCUUCACAUGAUGGUGGAGCUAGCAUCUCUCACUAUAUCAUUGAAAAGAGGGAAACCAGUCGUUUGUCAUGGACCAUGGUUGAGCCAAAUAUCCAGGCAAUCAGCUACAAAAUUACAAAGCUGCUUCCUGGAAAUGAAUACAUCUUUAGAGUUACUGCUGUGAAUAAAUAUGGAGUUGGUGAACCUUUAGAAUCUGAGCCUGUUGUUGCCCGUAAUCCAUUCACCACUCCCAGUGCACCCUCCACUCCUGAAGAAAGUGCUAUUACUAGGGAUUCCAUUGUGCUUACUUGGGAGAGGCCAGAGAAUAAUGGAGGAGCUGAGAUUGAAGGAUAUGUACUUGAAAAACGUGAUAAGGAUGGCGUCAGGUGGACCAAGUGCAACAAGAAGAGACUGACUGACUUGAGAUUUAGGUGUGCUGGUCUCACAGAGGGCCAUUCCUAUGAAUUCCGGGUCUCAGCUGAAAAUGCCGCAGGUGUUGGAAAGCCUAGCACACCGACACAGUACAUCAAAGCAUGUGAUGCCACUUAUCCACCAGGACCUCCAAAUAACCCCAAAGUCACUGACCAUUCCAGCACGACAGUUUCCCUUUCCUGGUCAAGACCUAUCUAUGAUGGUGGAGCACAUAUUACUGGAUAUGUUGUUGAAAUGAAGGAGGCAUUAGAUGAUGAAUGGAUUGUUUGCACACCUCAUACUGGUGUCCAAGACACUCACUACACUGUAAAGAAGUUAAAGGAGAAUGCAGAAUACAAUUUCCGCAUAUGUGCCAUGAACUGUGAGGGAGUAGGGGAUCAUGUGGACCUCCCAGGGUCUGUGAUUGCGGCAGAGAAGUUGCAGGCUCCUGAAAUUGAACUAGAUGCUGACCUGAGAAAGAUGGUCAAUGUUCGUGCCACUGCAACACUACGUCUUUUUGUGACUAUCAGAGGAAAACCUGAGCCUGAAGUCAAGUGGUCAAAGGCUGAUGGCACUCUAAAUGAGCGUGCUCAGAUUGAAGUCACAAGCUCAUACACAAUGCUUGUGAUUGAAAAUGUUGACAGAUUUGACACCGGCAAAUAUGUACUAACCCUUGAGAACCUUAGUGGCUCUAAAUCAGCUUUUAUCAAUGUUAGAGUUUUGGAUUCACCCAGUGCUCCAACAAACCUACAAGUUAAGGAUGUAAAGAGACAUUCUGUCUCUCUUUCCUGGGAGCCUCCUCUGAUUGAUGGUGGAGCAAAGAUAUCACACUAUAUUGUGGAGAAGAGAGAGCAGAAGCGAAUGGCUUUCACCAGUGUUAGCACCAAUUGUGUAAGGAACUCAUACAUUAUUUCUGACCUGCAAGAGGGAGUUAGAUACUUUUUCCGUGUGUUGGCUGUAAAUGAGCUAGGAGUUGGUCUGUCAGCUACAACAGAUCAAGUCAAAGUUUCAGAGGCACCUUUGCCCCCUGGUAAAAUAACUGUGGUUGAUGUGACUCGUCACACUGUCACCCUUUCAUGGGAAAAACCAGAUCAUGAUGGUGGCAGCAAAAUUACAAGCUACAUAGUGGAGAUGCAGCCUAAGGGAGAUGAAAAAUGGACAGUGUGCAGUGACGCUAAAGCACUAGAAGCUACUAUUGAAGGACUUAUUACUGGUGAGGAAUACUCCUUCAGAGUAACUGCUGUGAAUGAUAAGGGUAGGAGUGAUACCAAACCUCUGGCUAUGCCUGUGUUAGUAAAAGACAUCACAAUGGAACCUACCAUCAACUUGCUUUUCCAUACAUACAGUGUAAAAGCAGGAGAUGAUUUGAAAAUUGAUGUUCCUUUCAAAGGCAGACCUCAACCUGAGGUAUCCUGGAAGAAGGAUGGCAGUGCACUAAAGCAAACUACUAGGGUAAAUGUUCUGAAUUCAAAGACCUCAUCAAAGAUCACAAUCAAAGAUACCACCAAAGAUGAUGUUGGAAAAUAUGAGAUCACUUUGACUAAUUCAAUUGGCACAAAGACAGCUGAAAUUUCAGUAAUAAUUCUGGAUAAACCAGGUUCACCCAGCAACAUUAGGGUGGACGAGGUGAGUGCCGACUUUAUCUCUCUGUCCUGGGAUGCUCCAACCUAUGAUGGUGGGUGCCAGAUUAACAACUAUGUUGUGGAGAAGAGAGACACUACCUCUACCACAUGGCAAAUUGUCUCAGCUACAGUAGCCAGGACAUCCAUAAAGGUUUCCCGUCUCACUCAGGGCACAGAGUACCAAUUCCGCAUUGCAGCUGAGAACCGUUAUGGCAAGAGUCCAGCAAUUGAUUCUGCUCCUGUUGUUGCACAAUAUCCAUUUGAGCCUCCUGGCCCUCCAACCAAUCUUCAUGUUGCCCAUGCCACCAAGACAGGCAUGCUUGUAGUCUGGGGCAGACCUGCCAAUGAUGGUGGAAGCCCUGUCAUUGGUUAUCAUGUUGAAUCCAAAGACCAAAGCAGCAUUUUGUGGACCAAAGUCAGUAGAGGUCUGCUGACUGAAAACCAAUUUAAGAUGACAGGCAUCGAAGAAGGCCUGUCAUACCAGUUUAGAGUCUAUGCUGAGAAUAUUGCUGGCAUUGGUCCAUGCACUAAAUCUUGUGAACCAGUUGCAGCCAGGGACCCAUGUGAAUCUCCACAUAACCUUAAAGUCACAAAUAUCACCAGAAACUCCGUUUCUCUUUUCUGGGAUCCACCUGAAUAUGAUGGUGGAGUGAAAAUUGUUGGAUACAUAGUGGAGUGCAAAGAGCUCCCUAAUGGUCGCUGGCUAAAGUGUAACUUCGCCAAUCUACAGGAGACUUACUUUGAUGUCACAGGUCUUACAGAAGAUGCACAAUAUGACUUCCAUGUUAUUGCAAAGAAUUCUGCAGAGAUGUUGAGUGCCCCUUCAGAAUGCACUGGUCCUGUCACCAUCAAAGAUGAUGUAGACCCUCCAACCAUCAUCUUAGAGGAUAAAUUUAGGCAAUUAGUUGUCAUUAAGGCUGGAGAGAUAAUUAGAAUUGAUGCUGAAAUUACAGGUCGUCCAAUCCCUGUGGUUUCAUGGUCUAAAGAUGGAAAAGAUAUUGAGGCCAAGGCCAGGUGUGAAAUCACUUCCACAAACUUUACCACUACUCUGAUUGUCAGAGAUGCUAUCAGGAGGGAUUCUGGACAGUAUGUCUUGACUUUGCACAAUGUAGCUGGAACCAGGUCUGUAGCUAUCAACUGUAAGGUUCUGGACAGGCCUGGACCAGCUUCAGGACCUUUAGCAGUGUCUGGUCUUACUGCAGAGAAGUGCACUAUAACAUGGGGUCCACCUCAAGAGAAUGGUGGAGCUGAAAUCAUGCACUAUAUAGUGGAGAAACGUGAGACAAGCCGCCUUGCUUGGACUCUUGUUUAUGGUGACAUGAAGGCAACUACCUGCAAAGUUACUAAGCUGCUCAAAGGAAAUGAGUACAUCUUCAGGGUCAGAGGCGUUAACAAAUAUGGAGAUGGUGAGGCUCUGGAGAGUGAGGCAGCAAAAGCGUUGGAUCCGUUCACUGUAGCUGCAGCCCCCACUAAUGUUCAGGUCACCUCAGUCACUAGUGAGGCCAUGACAGUCUGUUGGGAAAGACCAGUUUCUGAUGGUGGCAGCAGUAUCUAUGGCUAUGUAAUUGAAAAGCGAGAGAAGACUGGCCUCCGCUGGUGCCGUGUCAAUAAGAAGCCUGUCUAUGACCUCAGAGUCAAAGCUUCCAAUCUUCGUGAGGGAAGUGAAUAUGAGUACAGAGUGUUUGCAGAGAAUGCUGCUGGACUUAGUGCACCUAGCACCCCUUGCCCACUCACCAAGGCUGAAGACCCACAGUUCCUCCCCUCACCUCCUGCUAAGCCCAGGAUCAUUGACUCAACAAAGACCACAGUAACACUAGCAUGGAAUAAACCACUGUUUGAUGGUGGAGCACCUGUAACUGGUUACAGAGUAGAAUACAGAAAGUCAUUAGAUGAUGAAUGGUUCGUUGGAGUCCAGAACACCAAGAAUACAGAGUUUACAGUGGUGGGACUGACUCCUGGAGCUGAAUAUGUAUUUGUUGUCAGAUCCAUUAAUAAAAUUGGAGCAAGUGAGCCUAGUUCUGAAUCAGACAAACAGACUGCUAAAGAAAAAGAAGAAGAGCCAGUCUUUGAAAUAAGCAAUGAAAUGAGGAAGACUCUUAUUGUGAAAGACGGCAGCUCAUUUACAAUGACAGUACCCUUCAGAGGCAAGCCUAUUCCCACUGUUAGUUGGACAAAGCCUGAUAUUGAUCUUAGAGUACGUGCUGUCAUUGACACCACAGACACCUUCACCUCAAUCACCUUAGAGAAAGCAACACGCAAUGACUCUGGAAAAUACACUGUCACUUUGUCCAGCAUUGCUGGAACCUCCUCACUGACACUCAAUGUUAGAGUUCUUGACUCACCUGGACCUCCUGCAUAUGUGGAAGUCAAGGAAGUGACUAAGGCAUCUGCUACUGUAACUUGGGACACUCCAGAGAAUGAAGGAGGAGGACCAGUAAAGAAUUAUCUUGUUGAUUUCCGAGAGGCAAGCAAAAAAGGUUGGACUAGGUUGACUGAUACAUGCCACAGACUGACUUAUAAGGUGUCAAACCUAAAGGAAGGAGAAGUUUACUAUUUCAGAGUGACAGGCGAGAAUGACUACGGUGUUGGUGUUCCAGCUGAGACCAAAGAGGGAACCAAGAUCACAGAAAAACCAAGCCCACCACCAAAGCUUGGAGUAACUGAUGUCACCAGGGAGAGUGUGUCAUUGGCAUGGGCUAAACCUGAACAUGAUGGAGGCAGCAGAAUUACUGGAUAUCUGGUUGAAGCACUGGAGAAGGGUCAGGAGAAGUGGGUUAAAUGUGGUGUCACCAAGUUUAUCCACUUUACUGUGUCUGGCCUAAGGGAGAAAGCUGAAUACUACUUCAGGGUCAAAGCUGAGAACCUUGCUGGAUAUAGUGAUGUUAAGGAAAUGUUCACCCCUGUUAUGGUCAAAGACCAGCUGGAAUCUCCCGAAAUCAACAUGAAGGACUUCCCCCACAACACUGUGUACGUUAGAGCUGGUUCAACUCUGAAGUGUGAGAUUCCUCUGACUGGCAGACCCCUGCCCAAAGUCACUCUUUCCAAGGAUAAUGUAGUACUUAAGUCAACAAUGAGGUUCAAUUCUGAAGUCACUCCUGACAGCAUCAAAAUCAUCUUGCGUGAAAGCAUUGCUGGAGACUCGGGACGGUAUGAUAUAACUGCCUCCAACUCCAGUGGAACCACCAAGUCCUUUGUCAAUAUUGUGGUUCUGGAUCGCCCAAGUGUUCCACUUGGACCUGUAGAGCUGUUUGAUGUCACAGAAGAGAGUGCAAGUCUCAGGUGGCUCCCACCUGCAUAUGAUGGUGGCAGCCCCAUCACUAACUAUAUCAUCCAGAAGAGAGAAACAACUACAGCAAACUGGAUUGACGUCUCAUCUGCUGUGGCUCGUUGCACCAUAAAGGUUAUGAAACUUACCACUGGGCUGGAGUAUCAGUUCAGAAUCAGGGCUGAGAACAAAUAUGGAAUUAGUGAACAUAUCGACUCUCCAGCAGUCACAGUCAGCCUUCCAUACACUAUUCCAGAUGCUCCAUCAACUCCAGAGGUUACUGCUGUAACCAGGGAGAGCAUCACAUUAGCCUGGAAGGAGCCCAAGUCAGAUGGAGGCAGCCAUGUGUUUGGCUACCAUCUCCAGAUGAAAGAUAGGAACAGCAUCAUGUGGCAGCUAGUUAACAAAACGGUGAUCCGAUCUACACACUAUAAGGUCACCACCGUUAAUGCUGGACUUAUUUAUGAAUUUAAGGUGGCAGCGGAGAAUGCUGCUGGCCUCAGUGUUUUCAGUAAGGCUUCAGAUGCUGUGUUGGCUAUAGAUGCCUGUGAGCCACCCAUCAACCUAAGAAUCAGUGACAUCACCAAAAACUCUAUCAGCCUUGCCUGGGAGAAACCCAACUAUGAUGGUGGAUCCCCUAUUACUGGUUACAUUGUUGAGAAGAGGAAAGGUGUUAGUCCUAAGUGGUCCAAAGCUAACCUCACCAAUAUCACGGACACACAUUUCACUGUGGCUGGACUUACCCAGAAUGAAACAUAUGAAUUCAGGGUCAUGGCCAAGAAUGCAGUUGGUUCAGUAAGCAACCCAUCUAUGACAGUUGGACCAGCCACUUGUGUGGACACCUAUGGUGCCCCAGAAAUUGAAAUUCCCCAGGAGUACCUUAAUGAGGUCAAAUACAGCGCAGGCUCAGACGUGGAACUUAAAUUCAAUAUCACAGCCAAACCUACCCCCACAAUUGAGUGGUUUAAGGAUGGACGAGAGCUCAAACCUACUGCUCAGCUCACUUUCAAACACACGUUUGAGUCCACUGGUAUAUUCCUGAGGGACACUACUCGUCUGAACUCGGGGACGUAUGAGGUCAAAGUGAAGAACUCCCUGGGAUCUUCAUGUGCCAUUGUCAGGCUGCUCAUUCAAGACAAGCCAGGACCUCCUGCUGGCGAAAUUCAGUUUAAGAAAGUGAUGGCUGACAACAUUACCAUCAUGUGGUCUCCACCUGCCGAUGAGGGCGGUGCCAUGGUAACUCAUUACAUCGUAGAGAAGAGAGAGACCAGCAGAGUCAUGUGGUCUAUUGUGUCUGAGAAACUUGUAGACUGCAUCGUGAAUGUGCCCAGACUCAUCCAGGGUAAUGAGUACAUCUUCAGAGUCCGUGGAGUCAACAAAUAUGGCAUUGGAGACCCCCUGGAGUCUCAGCCCAUUAUUGCAAAGAACCCGUUUGUUCCUCCCAGUGAACCAUCUAAGCCUAAGGUUACUAUGAUCACCAAGUCCACAAUGACUGUGAUCUGGGAAAGACCUGCACUGGAUGGAGGCAGUGAUAUUGAUGGUUAUUACCUUGAGAAAAGAGAGAAGAAGAGUCUUCAGUGGUUCAAGGUGGUGAAAGGAACAAUCAGAGACACCAGACAGAAAGUCAGCAACUUAACUGAAAACAAUGAGUACCAGUUCAGAGUUUGUGCUGUAAACAAGGCUGGAGCAGGAAACUACUCUGAAGCCUCUGAUCUUUACAGGGCCUAUGACCCCAUUGAUCUGCCUGGUGAACCCACAAAGCUCCGUGUGGUCGACUCCACAAAGACUUCCAUCACUCUUGGCUGGGAGAAGCCUGUCUAUGAUGGUGGCAGUGAAAUCACACACUAUUUGCUGGAACAGAUGAAUGCAGGAGAGAAAGAAUGGGUUAUCACCAACCCACAGGUUAAGGGUUGCGAGUAUGUGGUGUCCCACUUGAAACCUGCCACUUACUACUUUUUCAGAGUAUCUGCUGUGAACAGCAAGGGCAAAGGAGAGGACAUCAAGAUGUACCAGCCUGUGCAAGCCAAAGACAUAUUAGAGGAGGCUGAUUUGGACUUAGAUGUUCCUAUGACAACUCAAUACACAGCUAAAGCCGGCCGCGAUGUUGAAGUGUUUAUCCCAUUGAAGGGACGACCAGCUCCCAAUGUCACCUGGCGACGUGGUGAUCGUAACAUGGCUGGUGAUAACCGCUUCACCAUCAAGAGCACUGAGAGAUCCACCACACUCCUUAUUCCAAAGGUCACUCGUGAUGACUGUGGAAAGUACAUGCUGGAAAUAGAGAAUGGUGUAGGUGAACCCAAGAUAAUCACCGUUUCCCUCAGGGUUCUAGAUAGUCCAUCAUCCUGCCAGAAGCUAAUAAUCAAGAACGUGACAAGAGGGAAGCUGACCCUAAGCUGGGAGGCUCCUCUUGUUGAUGGUGGCUCGCCUGUCACAAAUUACAUUGUUGAGAAGAAAGCCUCAACCAUGAAGGCCUACCAGGUGAUCAGUGCAGAAUGUCCCAACACAUCUUACAAGGUGACCGACCUGGAAGAGGAUAUUGCUUACUUCUUUCGUGUGUCAGCUGAAAAUGAGUUUGGUGUGGGUGACUUCUGUGAGUCCACUGAAGCUGUCAGAGCAACAGAGACUCCUGGAGCUGUUAAAAACCUGGUGAUGUUGGACUCUACAAAGACCUCUGUUACACUGCAGUGGACCCGACCAGACCAUGAUGGAGGCAGCCACAUCACAGAGUACAUUGUUGAAAAGAGAAGCCAGGAUGAAGUCAACUGGAGUUUAGGUGCAACAUGCAAACGUUGUACAUGUGAGGUGACUGGACUCAGGGAAAAUGCCAUCAUGGAUUUCAAAGUGUUUGCCAAGAACGAGAAAGGAAGAAGUGAUUUCUCUCUGAUUGGUUCAAUCCCAGUGAUAGAUUUUAUUAUUCCUCCAGAAGCCAGUCUCAGUGAUUAUCCAAAUGGAGAGCUGGCUGUUCGUAUUGGGCAAAACAUCCACAUUGAGCUACCAUUUAAGGGAAAACCAAGACCUGCAAUCAGCUGGCUAAAGGAUAACCUUCCACUAAAGGAGAGCGAGAAGAUUCGAUUUAGGACCACUGACAACAAGACUGCAGUCACAGUUAGAGGAGCCAAGAAGGAGAAUGCUGGCCAGUACACUUUAGUUCUGGACAACAGAGUGGUCAAAAACUACUUUGACAUCAAUGUGAUCACUCUUGGACCACCUACGGCUCCUGUUGGUCCUAUUCGCUUUGAUGAGAUAAAGGCUCAGAGUAUCAUCAUUUCCUGGGAUGUGCCAAAGGAGGAUGGCGGUGGUGAGAUUACAUGCUACAGCGUGGAGAAACGUGAAACCUCCCAGGCCAACUGGAAAAUGGUCUGCUCAAGUGUUGUAAGGACCAGCUUCAAGAUCCCUAACCUAGUCAAGGGAGCUCAAUACCAAUUCAGAGUCCGUGCCGAGAACAAGUAUGGAGUCAGCGAACCACUCUGCUCCUCAGAUGUUAUUGCUCAGCACCAGUAUAAACCUCCAGGUCCACCAGGAAAGCCAGUUGCCUUCAACAUCACCAGUGAUGGUAUGACCAUUAAGUGGGAUGCUCCAGGCUUUGAUGGAGGUUCUCCUAUCGUGGGUUAUCAUGUUGAGAAGAAGGACAGGAACAGCCUCUUAUGGCAGAAGGUCAAUUCCACAAUCAUUUCCAACAAAGAGUACAGGAUCAUUGGUCUCAUGGAAGGUCUGGAGUACUCUUUCAGAGUUUAUGCUGAAAACAAUGCUGGACUAAGCCCUGUCAGCGAGCAGAGCAAACAUGCUCUUGCCAUAUCCCCUGUUGACCCACCUGGCACUCCUGUCUGCAUUGAUACAACAAGGGAUUCAGUCACCCUGCAAUGGGAAGUUCCAAAGAGAGAUGGUGGAAGCAAAAUUGUGGCUUACAAUGUAGAAAGGCGCCAAGGCAGAGGAAAAUGGCUACGAUGCAACUUUAUUGAUAUAAGUGAUACCCAGUUCACUGUGACUGGUCUGUCCCCUGGAGACAGAUUUGAGUUCAGAGUGAUUGCAAGAAAUGCUAUCGGUACAGUCAGCCCCCCAUCUAACUCUUCUGGAUAUAUCAUGACCAAGGAUGAGAGCAUUACUCCUGAAAUCGAGUGGUCCCCUGACCAGGUGCUCACUCUGAAGGCUGGAGAAAAUGUUAAGCUCAAUUGUACCAUCACUGGGCGCCCAGUUCCUCAGGUUUUGUGGUACAAGGAUGGCAAAGAAAUUGAUAAGCGAACAAUGAUUGACAUUGAGAUUACCACUGGCAUUGGCACCAGCAGUCUGUUUAUCCGUGAUGCAGACAGGAACCACCGUGGAAUUUAUACUGUGGAAGCAAAAAAUAGCUCUGGCUCUAGGAAAGCAGAUGUUAAUGUCAGAGUGCAAGAUACUCCUGGACCUGUUGAGGGUCCCAUCCGCUUUACCGGCAUAACUGCUGAAAAGUGCACUGUAUGGUGGAACCCACCAGAAAAUGAUGGCUGUGCUGCGAUCACCCAAUAUGUAGUGGAAAAACGGGAAACAUCCAGAAUUUCCUGGGCUUUGGUUACAUCCAAAUGUGAAGCUUGCUCAUAUAAUGUCACCAACCUCAUCAAGGGAAAUGAGUACCAGUUCAGAAUCUCUGCAGUCAACAAAUUUGGGGUCGGCAAACCACUGGAUUCUGAUGCAGUUAUUGCACGCAUGCAAUACACUGUGCCAGAUGCUCCUGGUACGCCAGAUGCAACUCACAUAACUGGAGAUAGCAUCACUAUGUGCUGGACCAGGCCGAGAUCAGAUGGAGGUAAUGAGAUCAAGCAUUACAUUCUGGAAAGAAGAGAGAAGAAGAGCCUUCGUUGGGUAAGGGUGUCUUCCAAGAGACCCAUAACAGAACUACGGCACCGUAUCACCCACCUGACCGAGGGCAAUGAGUACGAGUUCCGCGUCAUGGCUGAAAAUGGAGCUGGUAUUGGACCAGCCAGCAGUACCUCCAGGCUCUUCAAAUGCAGAGAGCCAACAAGUGCUCCUAGUGCCCCAAGUGUAAUCAAGGUCAUUGACUCCACUAAGUCCACUGUCACCCUGGAAUGGACAAAACCAGUAUUUGAUGGUGGCUUGGAAAUUAUUGGCUAUAACAUUGACAUGUGUAAGGCCAGUCUAGAGGAGUGGCACAGAGUCAAUAGUCAGAUUUGUAUCCACAAUAGAUACACUGCAAAGGGCCUGGUAGCUGGAGAGCUUUACAAGUUCAGAGUCAGUGCUGUGAAUGGGUCAGGAGAGGGUGAAGCUUCAGUUAUGCCACACCCUGUUCAGGCUCUGGAUAGACUUACAUCUCCAGAAUUUGACAUUGAUGCAAACUUCAAACAAACUCACACUGUCAAGAACGGAGGAAUAGUCACUCUCAGCGUCGCUUUCAGAGGAAAGCCUACUCCACUGGCCACCUGGUCUAGAGUAGAUGGUGAAGUUCCUGUCAUGGCGGAUGUCAACACCACAGACAGCUCAUCCACUCUGACUAUAGAAGGCUGCACAAGAUAUGAGGCAGGAAAAUACACCCUGUCCCUGGAAAACAACAGUGGACGAAAGUCUAUCACAUUCACUAUCAAAGUUUUAGACACUCCAGGACCUCCAGGAGCAAUCUCCUUCAAAGAUGUUACACGUGGUGCUUUGACAAUGAUGUGGGAUGCUCCAUCCAAUGAUGGUGGAGCCCGCAUCCAUCACUACAUAGUAGAUAAACGUGAGGCAAGCCGCCUUGCUUGGCAGGAGGUCAGCAGCAAGAGCUCACGCCAAAUGAUAAGGAUAACUGGUCUAGACAUUGGUGUGCCAUACUUAUUCAGAGUGUCUGCUGUUAACCAGUAUGGUCAAGGUGAACCAAAGGAAAUGACUGAGCCUGUCGUUGCCACAGAAGAGCCUGCACCACCCAAAAGAUUAGAUGUUGUCGAUACCACUAGUUCCACAGCCUCCCUAGUGUGGCUUAAACCUGACCAUGAUGGAGGCAGCCGCAUCCGAGGGUACAUUGUUGAAUUCAGAGCCAAGGGUAGUGACCGUUGGAUUGUUUAUGGAGAGACUAAAUUGCCGAAGAUGCUGGUAGAAGGUUUGAUUGAAAACACUGAGUAUGACUUUAGGGUCAAGGCCAAAAAUGAUGCUGGAAUCAGUGAGCCUCAAGGUACUUUCACCUCUGUGAUCAUAAAGGAGCCUCUCAUUGAGCCAACUGCUGAUCUCAGCAGUAUCACUAACCAGCUCAUCACCUGUAAGCUUUCCAAUACUAUCACAAUUGAUAUCCCAAUAAGCGGCAGACCUGCGCCCAAGGUCACAUGGAAACUGGAGGAAAUGAAGCUGAAGGAGACUGACAGAGUCUUAAUCAGGACCACAAAUGAGAGAACCACACUAAUAGUGAGAGACAGCAAGAGAAGUGACAGCGGCAAGUAUUACCUGAUCCUGGAGAAUGCUGCCGGUGUGAUGACUUUCACAGUGACUGUGGUCGUCGUCGGCAGACCUAGCCCACCAACUGGCCCUGUGAAGAUUUCUGGAAUCUCAUCAGAGUCUUGCACACUGUCAUGGUCAGAGCCAGCUGAUGAUGGCGGCACUGAAGUAACCAACUACAUUGUUGAGAAACGCGAGUCUGGCCAUGCUUCAUGGCAGGUAGUAAACUCCAGUGUGCAGAGAACGACAAUCAAAGUGACUCAUCUUACCAAAUACAUGGAAUACACAUUCAGAGUGUGUGCCGAGAACAAGUUUGGAGUCAGCAAGUCCAUUGAGUCUGCAGCUGUCGUGAUCGAGCAUCCAUUCAUUCCUCCAAGUCCUCCAACUCGCCCUGAUGUGGUAUUUGUGUCAGCAAAUGCCAUUGGCAUUAAGUGGGAUGUGCCAUAUUCUGAUGGUGGCAGCCAGGUGACAGGAUACUGGAUUGAGAAGAAAGAGAGGAACACAAUCUUGUGGGUGAGGGAAAACAAGCUGCCCUGCCUUGAGUGCCAUUACAAGGUGUCCAACCUGAUCGAGGGCCUGGAGUAUCAGUUCAGAGUGUAUGCCAUGAACCUCGCUGGACUGAGCAAGGCCAGUGAAGCCUCCAGACCAGUGGUGGCCCUCAAUCCUGUUGAUCCACCUGGUAAACCUGAGAUUACCGACAUCAGCCGCUCCUCUGUUUCGCUGUGCUGGACUGUACCCUUCAACGAUGGUGGCAAUAAGAUCGUCGGCUACAUUGUGGAGAGGAAGGUCUACAGCACAGAUGAGUGGGACGACAACCGCUGGCUCAAGUGCAACUACACCACAAUCACAGAGAACUACUUCACAGUCACAAACUUGGGAGAGGGAGAAACCUUUGAGUAUCGUGUCAUCGCCAAGAAUGCAGCUGGAGUCCACAGCAUGCCUUCUGUGACCACUGGUCCAAUCACAUGCAAGGAUGAAUACUCUCCUCCUAGAGCUGAACUUGACAGCAAAUUAACGCGUGAGGUCAUCACCAUUAUGGCUGGCUCCGACCUUGUCCUGGAUGGUGCUGUGGGAGGCAAACCAGAACCCACAGUGUACUGGUCCAAGGGAGACAAGAUUUUGGAUUUGGGAGAGAAAUACUCUCUGACAUACACAUCAACAAGAGCCAUGGCUGUCAUCAAAAACUGCGACAGAUACGAUACGGGUAGAUACAUCCUCACCGUCAAAAACGCCAAUGGUAUUAAGACCGCUUCAGUCAGUGUGAAGGUUCUGGACACUCCUGGACAACCUGCUGACAAGAUCGUGAUCAGCAGAGUCACUGAGGAGAAGUGUACGGUUUCCUGGAAGAUUCCUCUGGAGGAUGGCGGAGACAUCGUCACCCAUUACAUUGUAGAGCGACGUGAAACCAGCCGGCUAAACUGGGUCAUCAUGGAGGCAGAGUGCAAGUCGCUGUCAUGUGUCAGCUCCAGGUUGAUCAAGAACAAUGAAUACGUCUUCAGAGUCAGAGGAGUCAACAAGUUUGGACCUGGAGUUCCUCUGGAGUCCGAGCCGGUCAUCGCCAGAAACGCCUACACUGUCCCAUCCCCGCCGGGCGCCCCAGAGGCCACAGCGGUGGGUAAGGAGCACAUCAUCAUCGAGUGGCUGAAGCCUGAGAGCGACGGAGGCAGUGAGAUCAAGAACUACAUCGUGGAAAAACGAGAGAAAAGCAGCACAAGAUGGACUCGGGUGAACAGAACUUACACAAUUUAUGACAUCCGUCUGAAAAUCACUGGCCUGAUAGAGGGAGGCGAGUACCAGUUCAGAGUCACGGCUGUCAACAAUGCUGGAGAGAGCCAGCCAAGCGAUGCCUCGCCAUACAUUAUCUGUAAAGAUCCCACAUACACACCGGCUGCUCCAUCAACACCUCGCAUAGUGGACACAACCAAGCACAGCAUUAGCUUGACCUGGACCAGGCCCAUGUACGACGGCGGCUCCGAUGUCACAGGCUACGUCAUAGAGAUCUUAGAGGAGGACUCGGAGCAGUGGUACCGCGCCACUGCUAAGCCUAUAAAGACCAAUGAGUACGUGGCCGGUGGCCUGGCAGCCAAUAAGAAGUACAGGUUCAGGGUGGCGGCCAUUAACGGCAACGGCACCGGGGAGUUCAGUGACCCGAGUGGAGAGAUCGAGCCACUGGAGAAAAUUGAAAUGCCUGACCUGGAACUGGCCGAAGAUUUGAAGAAGACGGUUUGUCUGCGUGCUGGCGGUACCCUCCGCCUGUUCGUGUCCAUCACCGGCCGACCGGCACCUGUUGUUGCCUGGAGAAAGACCGGUGUGGAGCUGCAGAGCCGAGGCUUCAUUGAGACCACUGACAGUCACACCUCUCUCCUGGUGGAGAAAGUUACUCGCUAUGAUUCUGGAAAAUAUGUUGUGGAGGCAGAGAAUCCAUCUGGAAAGAAGACGUGCAUUAUCCUGGUCAAGGUCUACGACACUCCUGGUCCUCCUGGUUCUGUCAGGGUGAAAGACUACACCAAAGAGUCGGUUGUGAUCACCUGGGACGUCCCAAGCCUGGACGGUGGAGCUCAUGUCAGCAACUACAUCGUAGAGAAGAGAGAAGCCAACAUGAAGUCAUACAAGACUGUGACCACUGAGUGCAGGAAGACUCUGUACAGGAUCACAGGCUUGGAGGAAGGGAUGCACUACUUCUUCAGAGUCCUACCUGAGAACAUUUAUGGUGUUGGCGAGCCUUGUGAGACAGCUGAGUCUGUGCUGGUGUGUGAAGUACCAUCAGUGCCCAUGGACCUCAGCAUUGUGGAUGUCACCAAGUCCACUGUGACCCUCCAUUGGGAAAGACCACAUCAUGAUGGCGGCAGCAGGCUGACAGGUUACAUCAUAGAGGCUUGCAAGGUGGGGUCAGACAGGUGGAGUGCCGUGGCGACAGUUAAGGCCUCUCAGUCCCAGCACACAAUCCAGUCGCUUACAGAGAACGACCAGUACCUGUUCAGGAUCCGUGCCACCAACAGCAGGGGGGUCAGUGAACCCAUGGACAUUGUGACACCAGUCAUAAUCCAGGAUAUCAAGGUGAUGCCAAAGAUUGACUUGACCAGCAUCCCUCAGAAGAUCGUUCAUGUGCACCGUGGCAAAUCCAUUGACCUGAACAUCCCGAUUAAAGCCAAACCACUGCCGGUUUGCUCCUGGUACUUCGGUGGUGCCAAGCUGAAGGACAGCUUGGACCGCAUCAAGAUCGACAGCAACGGGAAAUACACACACCUCGUCAUCCGUGACUCCACCAUCGAUGACACUGGAGAUUACACUUUGGAGGUGAAGAAUGCUAUUGGCAUGGCAACUGAGGUUAUCAAGGUCAUCAUCCUGGACAAACCUGGUAUCCCAGUUGGUCCCAUAAAAAUCGAGGAGGUUGAUGGAGUCUCGGUAACAGUUAGCUGGGAACCUCCAGAGAAAGACGGUGGUGCCAAUGUCAGUGGCUACGUGGUGGAGCAGCGUGAAGCCCACCACCCAGGCUGGUCCACCGUCUCUGAAUCUGUGACCAGACCUUGCUUCAAGUUCACCAGGCUUAACGAAGGAACUGAAUAUGUGUUCCGUGUUGCUGCCAUGAAUCGCUUUGGUUUUGGCGGCUUCCUGCAGUCUGAAGUGGUGGAGUGCAAGAGCGCCAAGACCAUCCCCGGACCUCCAAGCAGGCCAGAGGUGAUUGAUGUCACCCAUGAAGGCAUGACCGUGACCUGGCAACCACCUGUGGACAACGGUGGCUCCACCAUUGCUGGCUACAUAAUAGAACGUAAAGAGGCCCGAUCUGACAGAUGGUUGAGAAUCAAUAAGAAUCCGGUCACUAUGACCAGAUAUCGUUCUUCCGGGCUGAUUGAGGGCCUGGAAUAUGAGUUCAGAAUCACUGCUAUCAACUCCAGAGGAACUGGCAAACCCAGUGAAAGUUCUGCAGUAGCUGUUGCCAUGGAUCCCAUUGAACCUCCAGGUCCUCCAGUUAAACCCAGAGUCACAGACAGCACACGGACAUCAGUCUCUCUGGCCUGGCUGCCGCCUGAAGAAGAGGGUGGUUCUAUUGUUACUGGCUAUCUCAUUGAGAUGCAAAAGGUGGACCAGGUUGAAUGGACUCUGUGUAAUACUACACCCACCAAGAUGUGCGAGUACACCCUAACACACAUGCCCCAGGGUGCAGAGUACAGGUUCAGAGUCAUUGCCUGCAAUGCAGGUGGUGCCGGAGAGCCUGCAGAGAUUUCUGGAGUGGUUAAAGUCCAAGAAAUGAUUGAUUAUCCUGACUUUGAGCUUGAUCGUGUAUACGAGGAAGGAUACGUGGUGCGGCAAGGUGGAGUCGUCCAUUUGUCUGUACCCAUCAAAGGCAAACCUAUACCCACAGCUAAAUGGACAAAGGAUGGUCGUGACAUCUCACAUCGUGCCAUGAUUGCCACCCACGAUGACAUCACUGAGCUGGUCAUCAAAGAGGCACACAGAGACGACACCGGUACCUAUGAUUUGGUGCUGGAGAACAAAUGUGGUAGGAAAGCUGUGUACAUCAAGGUGAAGGUGAUUGGUCGACCUGAUGCCCCAGAAGGUCCUCUAGAAUUUGAUGACAUCCAGGCUAGAUCAGUUCGCGUCAGCUGGAGACCACCUUCAGAUGACGGUGGAUCUGACAUCCUGGGCUACAUAGUAGAAAGGCGGGAAGUACCAAAGGCUGCCUGGUACACAGUGGAUGCCCGGGUAACUGAGACCUCCCUGGUGGUCAAGGGCUUGAAGGAGAAUGUAGAGUACCACUUCAGGGUGUUUGCUGAGAACCAGUUUGGUGUUAGCAGAUCCCUUAAGUCAGAUGGAACUGUUCUGCCAAAGACACCUCUUUGUCCACCUGAACCUCCCAGUAAUCCACCAGAGAUCAUGGACGUCACCAAGACCGCAGUGUCUCUUUCUUGGGCCCGGCCCCGGGACGAUGGUGGCUCUCGUGUCACAGGAUACUAUGUUGAAAGAAGGGAGGUUUCCACAGAGAAGUGGGUCCGUCACAACAAGACCCACAUCACUACCACCAUGUUCAAUGUCACCGGACUUAUACCCAACGCAGAGUACAUGUUUAGAGUGGUGGCUCAAAAUGACAUUGGGCAGAGUGAACCUGGUCCUGCUUCAGAAUCGGUGGUCUGCAAAGAUCCAUUUGACAAGCCCACCCAACCAGGAGAUAUUGACAUCAUCUCUAUUACUAAAGACAGUAUCACCAUUCAUUGGCUCAGGCCAGAACAUGAUGGCGGAAAGGAGAUCCUGGGUUAUUGGAUUGAGUUCAGGGAGGCUGGAGAGAGCGCUUGGAAGAAAUGCAACAAGGAGCGUUCCAAGGAUCGGCAGUUCACCAUGGGUGGCUUGAUGGAGGCCACAGAGUAUGAAUUCAGAAUCUUUGCUGAAAAUGAGGCCGGACUCAGCCGACCUCGUCGCACACCCAUGGGCAUCAAGACCAAAUUGAGCGUUGGUGAAGCUCCAGCUUUGAAGGAAGAGGCCCAAGAUGUAACCACCAAGCUUGGCGAGUCUGGCACUCUAACUUGUGGAAUCAUUGGCAGACCUUUGCCUGAGAUCAAGUGGUAUCGCUACGGCAAAGAACUGAUCCAGAGCCGCAAGUACAAGAUGAGCUCAGAUGGUCGUAACCACUCCCUCACAAUUCUGACAGAGGAGCAAGAAGACGAAGGCGUGUACACCUGCAGGGCUGUCAACGAGGCUGGAGAGAUAGAGACCAGUGGCAAACUACGCUUGCAGGCAGCUCCCCAAUUCCACCCUGGCUUCCCUCUGAAAGAAAAGUACUAUGCUGGGGCUGGUACCAGCCUCCGGCUCCAUGUCGUCUACAUUGGUCGUCCAAUCCCCCAGAUAAUGUGGUUCUACGGCAAGAAACCUCUAAAUUCAUCUGAGAACGUGAUCAUUGAAAACACAGAAAGCUAUACCCACCUUGUUGUGAGGAAUGCCCAGCGAAAAACCAACGCUGGUCGCUACAAGGUUCAGCUCAGCAAUGUGUUUGGAACUGUUGACACAUCUCUGCGUGUUGAAAUCCAAGACAAACCUUGCAUCCCUGAGGGUCCCGUUGUUGUUGAAUCCCUGCUCAGGAACUCAGUUGUGAUCAGCUGGAAGGUUCCUAAGGAUGAUGGAGGGUCUGUAAUCACCAACUACAUUGUAGAGAAACAUGAAGCCAAAGAGGGUGAACAGUGGCACCUGGUGUCUUCCUCUGUCCCUGGCACCACCUGCCGUGUCCCCAACCUGACUGAGGGCUCUGGAUACUACUUCAGAGUCUCAGCACAGAACCAGUAUGGUGUCAGUGAGCCUCUGGAGAUUCCAUCAGUAGUCAUCAUCAAGACUCCAUAUGAUAAACCUGGAAUCCCACAGCAGCCAUUCAUUAUCAGUUCUACCAAAGACUCUUGUGUCGUUUGCUGGAAGCCUCCAACUAGCGAUGGAGGAGCGAAAAUCACCAGCUACUUCCUUGAGAAACGCGAGAAGAAGCAGAACAAAUGGAUGUCUGUAACAACAAAGACAUUUACAGAGACCAGCUAUGAAGUCACGGGCUUGAUUGAGAGCUUUGAGUACGAGUUCCGUGUGAAAUGCCAGAACAUUGGCGGUGAGAGCGACUGGUCUGAGAUCUCUCUGCCAGUCAUUCCCAAGUCUGAACAGGCUCCUCGUGCUCCUGCAUUCAGAGAGGAGAUCAGAGACAUGACGGUCAAAUACCAUAGCAAUGCCACCUUUGUCACCAAGGUUGUGGGCCAUCCAAAGCCUGUUGUCAAAUGGUAUCGCAGUGGCAAGGAGAUCCUGGCAGAUGGAACAAAAAUAAAAGUCCUUGAGUUCAAGGGUGGCUACUAUCAGCUGGUCAUCACUGCCGCUGAUGAGAACGAUGCCUCAGUGUACCAAGUUAGAGCAACUAACCCGUCAGGAUCUAUCUCUACAACAGCCAACCUGGAGGUGGAAGUUCCUGCAAAAAUACACCUGCCUAAAGAACUCCAGGGAAUGGGAGCUGUACAAGCUGUGCGUGGUGAUCACGUCACCAUCAAGAUCCCCAUCACAGGAAAACCUGAGCCAGCAGUCACUUGGCAGAAGGGUCCGGAGGUCCUCUCAAGCUCUGCUUAUCAUCAAGUUAUCACUACAAGAUCCUUCACCUCCCUGGUGUUCCUGAAGGGAGUACAGAGGAAGGAUACUGGCUAUUAUGCCAUUACUGCAAAGAACAGAUUCGGAUCAGACAAGCAAACUAUUGAGGUGAAUGUGGCUGACAUCCCCGAUGCUCCAAAGGGACUUGUGGUCAGUGACAUUGCACGGGAUUCUAUCACGCUGACCUGGGAGCCCCCUGCCAGUGAUGGUGGCAGUGAGAUUAUUAAUUACAUUGUAGAGAAGUGCCCAACCACUGCUGAUAGGUGGAUUCGUGCUGGCCAUACAACAGACUGCAGUAUCACUAUCAUCAACAUAUUUGGAAAGACCAAAUAUCAGUUCCGCGUUAUUGCAGAGAACCAGUUUGGUCUCAGCCUUCCAUCUCCUCCAACUGAGCCCAUUACUACCAAGGAAGACAAAUCUGUGAUCAGGAACUAUGACGAGGAAGUGGAUGAAGACAGAGAAAUCACCAAAGAGGAAGCUGUGUUCUACAAGGUGAAGGAACUGUCUUCCAAAUACAUCAUCUCAGAGGAGCUUGCUCGCUCCCAGUUUGGAGUGGUCCACCGCUGUGUGGAGAUUGCCACUAAGAAGACUUUCAUGGCCAAGUUCAUCAAAGUGAAAGGAACUGAUCGUGAGUUAGUCCUCAGGGAAAUAGAGGCUCUUAAUGUUGCAAGACAUAAGAAUAUCAUCUACCUCCAUGAAUACUUUGAAAGCAUGGAGGAGAUUAUCCUGAUCUUUGAAUUCAUCUCUGGAGUUGAUAUCUUUGAGCGGCUUGGUACCAGCAACUUUGAGCUCUCGGAACAGGAGAUUGUCCGCUACCUGAGACAGGUUUGCUCUGCUGUCAAGUUCUUACACAGCCAAAACUUUGGCCAUUUUGAUAUCCGCCCAGAUAACAUUGUUUACGCCACAAGGAGAAGUCUCAACAUAAAAAUGAUUGAAAUGGGACAGUCUCGACUGUUGGUUCCUGGAGAAAACAUCAGAAUGCUGUUUUCAGCUCCAGAGUAUUAUGCCCCAGAGGUUCACCGCCAUGAUCUGGUCACCACAGCCACUGAUAUGUGGUCUAUUGGUGUUUUGGCAUAUGUUCUACUCAGCGGCCUUAAUCCAUUUGCCGCAGAGUCUAUGACAAAGAUGAUUGAGAACAUCUCAAACUGUGAGUACGUUUUUGACAGGGAAGCAUUCAAAGACAUCAGCUUAGAGGCAAUGGACUUUAUAGAUAGACUUCUAGUCAAGGACAGGAAGCUCCGUAUGACUUCUCAUGAAGCUCUAGAACAUCCAUGGCUCAAGAUGAAGAUUGAGCAUGUCAGCAACAAGGUCAUCAGGACACUGAGACACAGAAGAUACUAUCAGUCACUAGUAAAGAAGACUGAUACCAUAGUUUCAGCAGCUCGUGUGGCGUUCGGAGGUGCCUUCAGAAACCAGCGAGGUCUGGAAGUUGGUAAAGUUAAGAUUGGAACUGAGUACCAUGGGUUGCGUGCUGGGCCUGUCAUGCAUGCCUCAGCUGAGGAAGGUGGCCAUGUCAGAUUUACCUGUAGUAUUGUGAACUUUGACAAGAGUACUCAGGUAUCAUGGUACUUAGGUAACCGUCAGUUACAUCCAAGCCCCAAGUAUGAGAUUUCCUACAGUAAUGGCUUUGCCAGUAUUUACGUGAAGGACAUUGAAGAAUCUGAUGAUGGUGUCUACAGAUGCAAGGUGGUGAGUGAUGAUGGAGAGGACAGUGCCUAUGGAGAACUCUUUGUAGAAACUGUGAGGAGCAUCAGAGAGCACUACAUGAGCCGCACCAUCAGGAAGCUGAGGAGGAGGGUUGACAAAACUAAACUUCUCCAGAGACCACCUGAGUUCACUUUGCCACUCUACAACCGCACAGCAUAUAUUGGUGAGGAUGUGCGCUUUGGUGUCACUAUCACUGUGCACCCAGAGCCUCAUGUAACCUGGCUUAAAAAUGGAGAACAAAUCAAAGAGGAUGACAGCAAGUACACCUUCACAAGUGACAAGGGCCUGUAUCAACUCAUGAUUCACAACCUUGACAUUGGUGAUGAUGCUGAAUACACAGUCAUGGCCCACAACAGGUUUGGAGAAGACAGCUGCAAGGCUCGUCUCACUGUGAUACCUCAUCCUGUGCUUGAGGAUACAAUGAAGCCCAUGUUCAAACGUCUACUGGCUAAUGUUGAGUGCACAGAGGGAGACAGUGUCCGCUUUGAACUCAGGGUGUCAGGAGUUCCCACUCCUUCUCUUAAAUGGGAAAAAGAUGGCCUUCCUCUACAGUUUGGUCCCAAAGUUGUUGUCAUAGAGCAGGACAUUGAUUAUCAUGUCCUUCACAUCAGGGAGACUCUGCUUGAGGAUGAUGGAGUGUACAAAGUCACAGCAACCAACUCUGCUGGCUCUGCAAGCUGCCAGGCCACUCUGAAAGUGGACCGUCUCACUUACACUAGAAGAGAGUACAAGAGCGAAGAGGAGAAACUCAGACAUGUACAGAAACAAAUAGAGAAGACCAACAAAAUGGCUCAGCACAUUGCAGCUACAGAGGAACUUGUACCUCUAAACCCAACAGCACAGGAGGCCCUCAAAUUUGCUGCAGAGGUCUACAAACCCGCAGUAAGCACCAAGAACAUUGAAGGUGAAUUUGACAUCACAGAGGAGAAGACAGAGACCAAGAAGCUAGAGGAAGAGAGAAGGAUUUUCAUGCCCUAUGAAAUUCCUGAGCCUGUGGUUCAUGAUCCUAAAGCUCUGGAUGAAGACAAAGCCAUUAAGCAGUUUGUACCUCUGUCUGACAUGAAGUGGUAUCGCAAGAUACGAGAUCAGUAUGAGGUAUCAGAGAGAACAGAAAGGAUUGUGCAAAAGAGGCAGAGACGUAUUCGUCUGUCCAGGUGGGAGCAGUUCUACGUGAUGCCUCUCCCCAGAAUCACUGACCAAUACAGACCAAGAUGGCGCAUUCCCAAAUUGACAAUGGAUGAUUUGGAGACUGUUAGACCUGCCCGACGUUCACCAUCUCCUGAGUCUGAAGUCUCCUUUAGAUCCAGAAGGAGGUCUCUGGGAGAUCUCAGUGAUGAAGAGCUGCUGAUGCCUGUGGAUGACUACCUGACAAGGAAGAGAGUUGAGGAGGAAACAAUGAUGCUGGAAGAUGAACUUGAGCUCGGUUUUUCUGCCUCUCCUCCUGGUAGCCCCAUUCGAGUUCAACGACGUGUCGUUGAACAUGAGGAAAGGAGGCAGGGAGUCAGACAUGAGGCCGCUGAGGUUGUAGAGACAAAGAAGAAACGUACUAUUUCUCAGUACACAAGAAGGAGAAGGUCACUGUCUCCUACCUACAUUGAGCUGAUGCGACCAGUCUCAGAGCUAAUCCGACCACCACAUGCUAGACCUGUGGAAACAGAGGGAGAGAUUGUGGGGAGGAGAUCCCCUACUCCAGAGAGGACCCGUCCUCGUUCUCCCAGUCCUAUUAGGUCAGUGGAGAGGUCUUCCCGCUCCUCCUCUAGGUUUGAGCGGUCGGCACGCUUUGACAUCAUGUCCCGUUAUGAAGCCAGGAAAGCUGCUCUGAAGUCUGAGAGGAAAUACCAGGUUGUGAGUCAAGCACCUUUCAGCCUUGAUCAUGCUCCUCGUGUAACUGUCAGGAUGCGCUCUCAUCGCAUCCCAACUGGUCAGGACACAAAAUUCACCCUGAACAUCCAAGCAAAACCAGACGCUGAAGUUGCAUGGUUCCACAAUGGAGCGGAAAUCUCUGAACAUGGUGAGAAAUACAUCUUUACAAACAUGAGUGGCGUUCUGACCAUCACUAUCCUGGACUGCCAAGAAGAAGACAGCGGAACAUACCGCUGUGUGUGCUCCAAUUCAAAGGGUGAGGCAUCUGACUACGCCACCCUGGAGGUGUCAGGAGGCGGAUACACUACAUUCUCCUCCCGCCGCAAGGAUGAGGAAGCUCCUAAAGCAUUUGUCCCUGAAGUCACACGCAUUGAUCACUAUCACACUACGCACUUUAAAUCUGGCUAUACCUCUCAAACCUACCUGGAGGUGGAAGAGAGCAAGUCAAAGCUAACAGAAACACGUGAGGUUGUCACACGGGAAAGAAUUGGUGCCUCGGCCGAGAGAUUCUCUUCUGGUGAGCGAUUCUCUUCUGCUGAGAGGUAUGACUCAUCUAUCAAGUAUGCCUCCACUGAAUAUCUUUCUUCUAGUUCCUCAUAUUCUUCAGAGAAGUUUUCUUUAACUGGAAAGCAUGCAACAUCUGAAGAUAAACUGAAAACAUCCUCUACUGCUUCUGCUCUUGAGCAACUUUCAUUGCCCAAGGAGAAAUCUUCUCUUCCUGCCAAAAUCCUCACCAAGCCACAGUCUGUGACUGUUGCAGAGGGAGAGACAGCCCGGUUCUCUUGUGACAUCGAUGGGGAACCUGCACCAACUGUGACAUGGAUACACGACAACAAAACAAUUGUAUCAUCUCUUCGUAUCCAUGUCACCACAACUCAGUACAAGUCCAGCCUAGAGAUUUCAUCUGUGACCAUAUCUGAUGAGGGCAGUUACACUGUGGUCGUCGAGAACUCAGCAGGUAGACAGGAGGCUCAUUUCACUCUGACAAUCCGCAGGCCACCUCCAAAGGAGGAAACCAAAGCUGUCAAAACUACUGAGCCACCUGUGAAGUCACCAGCACCCAGUGUUAAGUCACCUGAGCCCUCAGCUGCAUCCCCUGCUCCUUCCUCAGCACCUAGUAUAAAGUCACCAGAACCAAGUGUAAAGUCACCAGCUGUAGCAUCUCCUGCACCCGAAGUUAAGUCACCCACACCAAGUGUAAAGUCUCCUGAACCAGAGGAAGCAAAAUCUGUUAAGAGCAUCAAAUCUCCGGAGCCAUCAGCACCCUCUCCAGCACGCAGCUUAAAAUCACCAACUCCUGGUGUAAAAUCUCCUGAACCGGAAGGAAUCAAGUCACCACGUGGGCUAAAAUCUCCAGAACCCAGACUAAAGUCACCACCACCAGUCAAAACUCCUGGAGGUGUGAAGUCACCAGAACCUGAAGAGGCAAAAUCUCCCCGUGGUGUUAAAUCACCAGAACCUGCAGGUAUCAAAACACCAAGAGGUCUCAAGUCACCAGAACCCGCAGGAAUCAAAACACCAAGAGGCAUCAAGUCUCCAGAACCUCCAGGUAUCAAAUCACCAAGGGGAUUGAAGUCACCUGAGCCUGAGGGAAUCAAAUCACCUCCAAGAGUAAAAUCACCUCCUCCAAUUAUGUCCCCCAAGAGGGUCGUGUCUCCUCCCACUGUGAAAUCCCCGACCCCUAAACCUCCCAAAGUCCUCAGCCAGCUAACAGCUGAGGCCUGCGAGGGUUCAGUCAAGAUGUCCUGCGUCUGUGAAAGCAGCGUCAAGGAGGUGGUGUGGUACGUUAGUGGCAGGAGGCUUUCACAGAGCAGCCGCUUUGAGAUGCACUACUCUGAAGGAUCCUGCAAUCUUCUGAUUCAUGAGCUGGCAGAGAGUGACCAGGGAGAGUACACCUGUGAGAUGAUUUCAGAUGGAGGAGUGUCCAAAUCCUCCUUCUCCUUCAGUGGUCAGGUGUUUCAGUCCAUAUACAAGAAAGUCACAGCUUACCAAGAGCAGCAAGUGGCGCUUAAAGGGUCAAUGAUGGUGAGUCACCAGGAGUCAUCAAAGGCCUCGUCCAUGAUGACAAAGAAAGAAAUUCACACGAUGGAGGAGUCUUCGGCCUUUUCCUCCUCUGCCCACCAGACAAUGAUGUCAUCCAUGAUGGAGUCCAGCUCCUUCAGCAGCAUGGCAGCUGAGAUGAAGUUUGAGACCAUGUCAAUGUCCAGCAUGUCCUCCAUGACAUCUGAGACGUACGCCAUGAGCUCCAGCAGUCUCACAGAAAUGACAUCCCACAUGGAGGGAACCUCAAUGAGAGCAAUCGGUUCUGCUCCGAGAAUCGAAGCUUUGCCAGAGGACAUCAGCAUCGAACCUGGCAAAGUCCUGACGGUCGCUUGUGCGUUCUCCGGCGACACCAAGCACAUAGAGUGGUCCCGCUCAGGCAAGACGAUCGACUUGUCCACGGGUGGACGAUUCCACAUCGAGACCACGGAGGACCUGACCACCCUCAUCAUCACAGGGGUGAAGGAGGAGGACGCCGGUGCCUACACCCUCAGACUGUCCAAUGAGCUCGGAUCGGACUCAGCAACCGUUCACAUCAGGAUUCGAUCGGUGUAAAAACAAAUAAUCUGAUAUUUCAAAUGUCCCCUUUUCCCUUCUUUCAUGACUUUUUAUUUAUUUAUGAGAAACAGUAGUCUACUUGAUAAGGAUCUGGAAUAUUCUUGUAAAUAGGAACUAUUUUUGUACCAAACCUGACGUUAAUUUAUGCCAAACUAGACUAAAGUCUAAAGUUGUAAAAUGUGCCAUAUUGGAUAACUAUGACUUAGGAUGUUUGAUCCAUUUUUCUUUGACAUGUACAUAAUGUAUAUAGCCGAGUUUACCGGUUAUGGGAAAUGUAUGCAUUGUUAUUUAUGACAAUAAUAUUAACUGAAACUUAAAGAAACUAAAUAUAGUUUAACAGGAGAAAGUUUCCGUUGGAACGAAUACCCUGCUAAACUGGGAAACUAAACUCUGUGCCUCAACGAUAAGUUGAAGUCUUUAAGUUUGCCUCAACAGGUAGAGAGGCUCCCUGUUGAUGUUAUGAACCGGAGACAAAACUUUUGAGCGCGCCGCUGCGAAGGGAGUGGCGCUUUAGUUUGUAACAGGAGCACGAGAUCCUGAGUGCUGUUUGCAUCUACCCUCAUGCAAGCAGGAUGACUGGACCUCGUGCGCCGACUGAUUAUGUCAUACUGCCAUUUCUAUGACAGGCUCACAGUGCGAGCGGCCUGCACUGCUUGAGCCCAAAGUGUUUCUUUUUUGUUUUGUUUUGUGCUCUGCUUCUGGAAAACGACUGUCGACUCAGACUCUUCCGUCGUUCCAUCAACCUGGCCAGAGUCCUGCCGGCGCUCGUUUUCAGAAGCAGAGCUGCCUCUCGGAGGUCUGCAGUGUGCUUGUGUGUUAGUUUGCAGAGGUUCACCCGUCGGUCCACAGGGUGGCGCCAAUGAGACGACCAGCAGCCACAAACAACAGCUAAUGCACGCCGUGUCCUUUGGUGUCAUCCUGCACUUUGUUGGAUUGAAGUUAGUUGUAGCUUUCAGUGUUUUUGCAGCCUCCUUGAGUUUUUCUGCAAUUAUUGAUUUAAUAAAGCAUGAUCAUCAGCACUA